AUGAAGGACACUUUGCCAGGCAGCCGGAGGCUAAUAAUAAUAAUAAAAUUAAAUUAUUAUCAUUUAUACCCCGCUCACCUGGCUGGAAUUCCCCAGCCAGUCAGGGUAGCUCCCAACAGAAUAUUAAAAACAUGAUAAAACAUCAAACAUUAAAAACUUCCCUAAACAGGGCUACCUUCAGAUGUCUUCUAAAAGCCAGAUAGAAAGCUGACUGGGAAGAGAGCCCAGGAGGCUGGGUGGCUACAGGAAAUAUAGGCAGCGAGCGAAAAGGAGGGGAGCCUGAAGAAUGGAGAGAAGAGACCCAUCUCUGUGGAGAGAGAGGUGGCAAGAAACCAGGGGGAAUUUCGCCUAAGGACAGGAAGAGUCAUGCACUGCAGGUAUGGAAGAAUAGGGCCCAUAGACUGGCACGGUGCCAGAUUUCUUAAAUUAACUUGAAAUGAGGUGGAUUUCUAGUAACUACUGGAUAUGUUAAAAAAGCACAGGUGCCCAUGCAGGUCUUUGGAGCAUUUCACGGUUCACCUGUCUGAAACUUGAAAAUAGGAUUCGUUUGUAAUUGCCUGGCCUACUUCCUCCAGCAGCUACCGACUGACCGUCUCCUGGUAACAUUUAGGAUACAAUCUGUAAUUGGUAAACUGCGUUUCCGUGUGCUCCGGCUUCUGUCACGGUGUCCCGUUGCGCCAGAAAUGUUUAGUCAUGUUGGCCACAUGACCCGAAAAGCUAUCUCUGGACAAACGCUGGCUCCCUCGGCCUGAAAGCGAGAUGAGCGCCGCAACCCCAUAGUUGCCUUUGACUGGACUUAACCGUCCAGGGGUCCUUUACCUACAAUCCGUAAUUCACAAUAUCUGUCUACUCAGUAGAAAGGGUAUGGAUAGUAUGAGAUGAAAGUGCACAUGCUCUGAGGCAUAAUUCUGUUACUUCACACUUUCCAGAGCUGAUCCCUGAUUAUUUCUGGUCUGGAUCGCACAUGCAUUUUCACUGUUUAACCACAAUGAUGUGCAAAUGUGAAAGGGCCAGCUAGGCUAUGACAUCAUAUUGCAUCUUCUCUGAGACUGUGUGUACGCCAGAGUGUUCUGUUGUGCUUUUGUGAACAUUUGUCCACACAAGAGCCGCUUCAACUGAAGUCUCUCAAUGUCCACACUAGUGGAUGACACUCAGUGGGGAAUGUAUAUGAAUGUGUGUUGUUGUCCUGUCCCCUCAGUUAGUAGUAGUAAUAAUAAUAAUAAUAAUAAUAAAUUUUUAUUUAUACCCCGGCCUCCCCAGCCAAGACCAGGCUGAGGGCGGCUAACAACCAAUAAUAAAAACAAGUUGAUUAAAAUACAAUUUAAAAGAUUAAGAUACAACAUUAAAACAUUAGGGUGCAAUUUCUUCAUAGGAGGAGAAAGGAAAAAGAAAGAGGAGAAGGGAAUCAAACUGAUUCUAAGCCAAAGGCCAAGUGGAACAACUCUGUCUUACAGGCCCUGCAGAAAGAAAUCAGAUCCCGCAGGGCCCUGGUCUCAAGAGACAGAGCGUUCCACCAGGCCGGAGCCAGUGUUGAGAAGGCCCUGGCUCUGGUUGAGGCUAAUCUAACUUCCUUAGGGCCCGGGUCCUCUAGGGUGUUGCUAUAUAUGGACCUUAAGGUUCUCCGUGGGGCAUACCCGUAGGUAUGAGGGUCCUGGGCCGUGAAGGGCUUUAAAGGUCAAAACCAGCACCUUAAAUCUGACCCUGUACUCCACCGGGAGCCAAUGCAGCUGGAAAAGCACUGGGUGAAUAGUACUUUCCCCACCCUCCCUGAGUUUCAGAAACUUAAGCAUGCAUGCAAGUACUUGUUACCUUGUACUUAAAUAUUUGAAGUACAAGUUUUCUGUUUGUGCAUAUACAGGACUCGCAUAAAGCUGUGGGUUUAAAAAAAGUGUUUGUUAUAAUUUUAAUUUUGUAAAUCACAGGGUGAAUAUGGAUCACGGCUUCCCUGGAUUUCAGAUCCAGUGCAGAAAGGGGGCAAGGUUUUCCUUGCAUUGUCCUGCUGGUGAUAGAUUGAUAGUUUAUCACGUGGUUAUAUAUAUAUACCUAGAUAAUUUUGUUGCCCUUUAUUCAUUCAUAGUCUCCAUUCCCAACCCCCCUCACCUGGGUGUAAGCCCCAUUGAAUUAAAUAAGAAGGACUUCUGAGUGGACAUGGUUAAGCAAUCCAUCAGUUCUGCUGAUGGGUUGGGUCCAGUCUUACAGAAGACGGACUGAAAUCAUGGCGAUUAGUUAGUUGUGAUCUAAUAAUGUGAAAGACAUCUAUAGUUUGAAAAUAAAGUGGUGAAUGUUGCUGUUUGCACCUCCAAAAACAAAUUUCUUAGUUCAGAUGCAGUGAUAAAAAGCUGACCAAGUGAUAGUCGUAUUUAACUUAAAUCCUACUGAUUUCAGUAGGCCUGCUCUAAAGGAUGAGUUAAGUCUGGAUCCAACGCUAUGUGUGUAUGGAAUUAAUACAAUACUUACAAGUACUUGGGAUUCUUUACAGAUCUGUGUGUUUUCCAGGUCAACACCCGGUACUUUUACUUCCAGUGUACUUUUUCUGAUACUGAAUUCUGCUACGGUAGUGAUAUCCAGUCCGCAGUGCUGCAGUUUUUCAUCUGGCACUCCAUCCAUGUAGGGCUAACAGCUGCCAGAGAGAUCUACUCAAUGCCGUUCUCCCAGAAAAUGCUUCUGAAUAUUGAACACUUUGCACAAAAAAAUGUUUCUGAAAUUUAGAAAAGGGGUCUAGCCAUUUUUCUUCCCUUAAUUCAGUAUUACUUACUAACAGCGCAGCAAAGGACCAGCGGCAAAUACUUCCCAUCGCUUUAAGCAAACAAUUGCAAGUUGAAGAUCAAAAGAAUAGUUAACACCCCACCCCACCCUGAGUCACUUUCUCGAUUCAGUUGAGGUUCACUUAUAUUAUUCUGCCAUAUUAUUCUCCCCAAAAGGGGAAAUCCUACUAACACAUAUUUUUUUCUUCUUCCUGUCUUUGUACUCGCCCUCACAAAUCCAAAAAUCGAAAUCAUAGAAUCGUAGAAUUGUAGAGGGGGAAGGAACCCAAAUUAUAUUUAGGUGCUGUUGGAUUCUUUGGAUUUGGGGAUGGGUAGGAAUAAUAAUAAUAGUAAUAAUAGUAAUAAUAAUGUUUUAUUUAUAUCCCGCCCUCCCCAGCUGAAGCCAGGCUCAGAGGAACAUAGGAAGCUGCCUUUUACUGAGUCAAGUAAAAGGCAGCUACUAGCAGUGGCUCUGCAGAGUCUCAGAUGGUGCAAGAGCAUUCCUAGUACUACCUGUAGAUGCCGGGAGUUGAACCCAAGACCUUCUGCAUUUAGCACAGAUGCUCUAACACUGGGCUACAGUAGAGAGAAUGAAGAAUGGAAUACAGGCAGACCUUGGAGAUUUUGCAGGUUUUGUUCUAUUUUAUUUUAGAAUUAUUUUUUCCCCAAUACAAUGGUACCUCAGUUUAAGAACAGUCCUGCUUAUGAACGAUUCGGUUUACGAACUCCUCCAAACCGGAAGUAGUGUCCCUGUUUGCAAACUUUACCUCAGUCUACGAACGGAAGCCGAACGGUGGAAGGGCACCUGCGGUGGAAGGCCUCAUUAGGGGAAGCGCGCCUCGGUUUAAAAAUGGUUUCAGUUUAAGAACAGACUUCCGGAACGGAUUAAGUUCAUAAACUGAGGUACCACUGUACAAAGUUAUAAAAAUCCAAAUUUAUAACCAUAUACAGAGAUUCCUCUGAAUCUCAGGACUCCACCCCCCAUCCCGUUUUAAACAUUUAAAACUGCAUCUUUUUCCAAAAUAUUAACUUUUAUAUUAAUCCAUAUUGUCCAUGGCAAUUGUUACACUACAAGUGAAAUCAAAAUCCUGCCAGUGUUUCCAUCUGCUUACAGUGGUCUCUUUGAUAACUCACAAAUUUUUCCCAUUCUUUUGUAAAGUUUUUAUCCUCUUGGUUCCUGAGUUUUCCAGUCAGCUUUGCCAUUUCGACAUAGUCCAUCAGCUUGGUUUGCCAUUCUUCUCUGAUAGCGACUUUGUCUUCUUUCCAUCUCUGGGCUGGUAGCAUCUGAGCGGAUGUUGUUCCAUACGUAAAACGUCUUUUCUGGUCCGUUGGGAUGUCAGUACCUGUAAUUCCUAAUAAAAAAGCUUCUGGUUUUUUUUAACAAAAGUUAUUUUAAACUUUUUUUUAUUCCAUUAUAUAUCAUCUCCCAGAAAGCUUUUACCAUCUUACAGGUCCACCACAUAUGGUAAAAGGAACCUUCUUUUUCUUUACAGUUCCAGCAGGUAUUUGUACUUGUUCCUAUGCAUUUUUGCCUGCUUAGUAGGAGUAAAAUACCACCUUUACAUCAUUUGCAGGUUCUGUUCUAGACCACUGCAAUAAAAGCGAAUAUCGCAAUAAGCAAGUCGCACCAUUUUUUCGGUGCAUAUAAAAGUUACGUUUACACUAUACUGUAGUCUGUUAAGCCAGGCACCUCCUGGCUGCAGGGGCAGGAGGGGGAAGAACCUGACUCCAGCGUCAGCCGGCUCCAAUCCUGUGGUCAGAAGAUGGGCGGUAGCAGAGGGGGACUUGCUUCCCCUGGAAGCAGCUAGGCUGCCUGCAGCUCCACCCACGUCCUCGUAAGGAGCAAUAUCCAUGAAGUGCAAGAAAUCAAAGCUCAAUUAAGCGAGGUGUGCCUGUACAUACUAAACUCAGAGGUGGUUUUUUUUGCACCUUCUGGGGGCUCUUAGGUUGCAACUGGAGGAUUAUCUUCUACACCAGGGUUUCCCAAACUUUGGUCUCCAGCUGUUUUUGGACUACAACUGCCAUCAUCCCUGACCACUGGUCCAGCUAGCUAGGGAUGAUGGGAGUUGUAGUCCAAAAACAGCUGGAGACCCAUGUUUGGGAAACUAUGUGACGCUUAUAAAUUUCCUAGUGACUAAAGACACAAAGCACUAGAACUUCUCUCACCCAGCUUCUACAAACUUUAACCGGCUUUGGUAGCCCACCAUUCACUGUUGCUAUAGACACUAUAUCUUCACUGGCAUGUAGAAAGGAGAGGCGUCUCUCGGUUCGUGCUGGGAUUUGGAGAUGCAGAGAGUUUCUCCUGCUGCUUCAUGUGUCUCAGAGCCUGGCAUAAAGUAAAAAGCUGACCCUUUCUCAAGCUUUCUGCACGUACUCAAUAAUUUGGGAGAGACAUGUUGGAGGUUGUUCAUCCUGUCCAGCAUGAAGUGAAAGGCACCUCCCACCUUGGAUGUUUUCUGCUUUGCAAUGAGCACCCAGGAAGGGAGAUGAUAUUAUUAUUGUCAUUGUCAUUGUCAUUGUUGUCCUUAUUUCAAUUUAUAUACCACCCUUUAUCCAAGGAUCCCAUGGUGGUGUACAACAUUAAGAAUGUAGUUUAUACAGCGUAAUAAUAAAAGCAUAAUAAAAGGUAAAAGGACCCCUGACCAUUAGGUCCAGUCGUGACCGACUCUGGGGUUGCGGUGCUCAUCUUGCUUUAUUGGCCGAGGGAGCCGGCGUACAGCUUCCAGGUCAUGUGGCCAGCAUGACUAAGCCGCUUCUGGCGAACCAGAGCAAUGCGCGGAAACGUCGUUUAAAGCAUAAUACGAAGCAUAAUAAUACACAGUGCAGUGGUACCUCUGGUUACGGACGCUUCUGGUUACGAACGCUUCAAGUGACGAGCUCCGCUAACCCAGAUGUAGCUGCUCCUGCUGGCGAACUUUGCCCCAGGAUGUGAACGGAAAUCGCACGCCAGAGGCCCCAUUAGCAAAAGCGCGCCUCAGGAUAAGAACAGUUUCAGCUUAAGAACGGACCUCCGGAACAAAUUAAGUUCAUAACCAGAGGUACCACUGUAUAAUAACGAAAUAAUUGUAAUGACAGUCCCCCCUCACAUUUAACGAGGCAUAGAUUAUUUAAUGGCCAAAUGUCUGGGUGAGGAGGAUGUCUGGCGCCUAAAGACAUGCAAUGAUGGUGCCAGACAAGCCACUCUGGGGAAAGCCUUCCACAGAUGGGGAGCUACCCAUUCCUGUGUCGUCACCCUCUGAACCUCUUGAGGAGGGGGGUAGGGACAUAGGGAAGGGCCUUGAAUGACAAGUGCAGUGUCCUGGCUGGUUUGUAUGGGGAGAGGCGGUCCUUAAGAUAUUGAGCUCCUGAGCCAUGAAAGGUUUUAUAGGUCAGCACCAGCACUUUAAAUGGGGCCCAGAAACUAAUCGGUAUAGUGGUACCUUGGUUCUCAAACUUAAUCCGUUCUGGAAGUCCGUUCCAAAACCAAAGCGUUCCAAAACCAAGACGUACUUUCCCGUAGAAAGUCAUGCAAAACGAAUUAAUCCAUUCCAGACUUUUAAAAACAACCCCUAAAAGAGCAAUUUAACAUGAAUUUUACUAUCUAACAAGACCAUUGAUCCAUAAAAUGAAAGCAAAAAUCAAUGUACUGUACUAUAAAAAAUAAGACAGUAUUGUAGAGGAUAAAAAUGAAAAUUUAUUUAUUUUUCUUCCCUGCACUGAUGAUAGUCAUUGUUUGGAUGGGUGGGUUUCAUCCAUUUCUGCAGUCACACAAUCGGUCAGUAGCUGAACUAGGUUCCACACAGUGACAAAAACAAAUUAACCAAAAAAGCCUCAAAAACAAAAACACAAAAUAAAUAGCAAAAACAAAAGCACCAAACGGAAGUCUGUUUGACUUGCGAAAUGUUCGAAAACCAAAGCGCAGCUUCUGAUUGGUGCUGGAACCCCAGAAACAAUAGCCAACACUUGCAUUGGACGUUCGGCUUCUGAAAAACUUUAAAAAACUGGAACACUUUCUUCUGGGUUUUAGGCAUUUGGGAACCAAAGAGUUUGAGAACCAAGGUACCACUGUAUUAAAGUGCUAAGUAACUAGAGACAGGUGGCUGCCAGAAAGGAAUUGGUAGUCACUGUCGGCCCCCCCAGCCAGUCACGGCCAUUUGUGGAGGCUUGCCCUGAACCCCUUUGUCCUCUUCCUCUCCUGCCUUUUGCAGUGAGCAGGACUUGGGGAGCAAAGUGGAUAAAAAUGACCAGGAUGCUUCGUUGCUGCCUCCUGAUUCAGCAGUAAAGGUGCAGUCUGGUAGCCCUGUGGCUUUCAUCAGUUUGAGAGCUGCCACCUGUCCACUUUCCUGGAUUGUUAUUCUCUGCUUGGAAGGUUGCAUGUUGCAAGAGCCUUGCAGGAGGCAUACAUGUUAACUGGCGGCUGAACCUGGGUUGAGCUUCUGCACCAUCAAGUUUCCAGUAAAGGUAAAGAUAAAGGGACCCCUGACCAUUAGAUCCAGUCGUGGCUGACUCUGGGGUUGCGGCGCUCAUCUCGCUUUAUUGGCUGAGGGAGCCGGCGUACAGCUUCCGGGUCAUGUGGCUAGCAUGACUAAGCCACUUCUGGCAAACCAGAGCAGCACACAGAAACGCAGUUUACCUUCCCGCUGGGAAGUGCUACUUGCACUUUGACAUGCUUUCGAACUGCUAGGUUGGCAGGAGCAGGGACUGAGCAACCGGAGCUCACCCCGUCGCGGGGAUUCGAACCACCAACCUUCUGAUCGGCAAGUCCUAGGCUCUGUGGUUUAACCCACAGCGCCACCCGUGUACCCAUGUUUCCAGUAAGCCUCCAUAAUUGAAUUGCUGGGUAUGUGGAGUCAUCUCACAGGCCUGUUUGCAUGACUCAGCUUCAGGUGAAACUUCCCUUGCAGUCCACGUUUGAAGUUUGCCAGGCACCGGGCGCAUUUUGCACCUGGCUAUCGGCCACUUGCAACCAAGUGAAGAUGCCCAGGUACCAGAAUGGCGCCUGACGUCUCCACCCUCUGGAGGUGCAUCGUGCCUGGGGACUCUUGGAUCUUGACUGUUUUCACACACUAAUACCACAUCCUGUAGAAUUCUACACAGUCCUGUGUAGCGCAGCGUAACUUUUAGGGUGAAUAUUGACAAGUAGAGCCAGCCUGCAUCAUCUGUCUCAUAAGAGGCCCUGGCUCACAUUAAAGUUUUGUGGGGUUGGUGCACUAGGCCAUGACCCAUCCUUUUGCCCUGCCAGUGUGUUUAGCCAUCAUAUUUGACCAGUAAGUGAACUCAGAUUGUCCAGAGAGCUAAACUGAAUGAUCAUCCAAGCCCAUAGUGGUCUCUGGAAACCUGCCUUGGCAAUCAUUGUGUCUGUAAAUAAAUUAAGGUGUGCAUUGGCUCCCUACCAUUCAUUUGCUGGACUACAACUUCCAUCAUUCCUGGCCAUUCACAAUGCUAAUGUUUCAGGAUCAGGCUUUUUGCACACAGCUGUAAGCUUCUAUAAAGCCGUAAGCUUCCAUGCAGGUUAGUAGUGACACACAAACACAAAAUGUGACAUUGUGCACCUGACGGCAUUUCCAUGCCGUUUCCUUGCAUUUUGCACCUGGACAGAGUUUUAACCUCAAGUCUUCUGUCCUUCCUGGAAAUGUUGUUGGGGUUUUUUAAUUACUAUUGCAAAAUUAUUGUGAAAAAUUCACGCUGCCAUUGAUGCCGGGCGGGCAAAAGGCAGCUCAGAAUGAAAAGCUUUGUAUGGACGAAAGGGUGUGGCUUAGGAACCAGAUGAUGGGAGAAGAAAAAUGCUCUUUGUUCUGCAGUCAGGUAAAGCAGGUGGCUUUGCUAACUAGCCUGAUCUGGAAUUUGGUAUAAAAAUGCAGUGAAAACUUGGUUCUCGGUCGUAUUUGAAGAAGUAAACCUGGAAAAUGUAGUAAUUGCCAGUGGUUCCACUACAGCUCCGGAUACGUGGAAUCCACUAGUGUAUAAGCUGCAAGUUUGCUUUUUUUAAAACCCUAUUUUGUUUCAUUGUUGUUUAUAAUUAGCUACUUUGAUUUACUGUUAAAUUACUGCAGUUUUUAACACUUUAUUGUCCCAAAAACCUCGUGUAUCUGGUUCAAGCUUUGUCAUUUUUCUGUAGUAUAGAUGUGUACAGUGCAUACAAAUUAUAUCAUUCAACCGACGGAGGGGGUUGUGUCGGGUGGGACUGCUUUGCUGGAAUAGUGUGAAAACAUGUGUGUAGCCAAGGGGGGUGGGGGGGCAACUGCCCCCCAUAAUCAGUGAAAAUCAAUACAAAUGAGGUUCUCCCCCCCAACAAAGCGUCCCCCCGCCCCAAAUCCUGGCUACGCCCAUGUGUGAAAAGUGAAUAGAUGGUGAACUGAGGGCUGUUGGAUGUGGGGGGAAUGGAUUGUAGUCAUACAUUUUUCUCAAAUCUGAAAAUUGGAAAUUAGAUUUUUUCCCCCUUAUAGCUGGAGGUCUAGACAAGUAAACCUCCCUCCUCGAAUCUACUUUAUUCUUCCUUUUAUUAGCCUGCAUUUGAAUUUAACCCAUGUUUUAGAUCGAUCUUGUGAACAAAAUCCAUGCAAAAGAACAUAGUAAAUAUUCAUGGUGGAAUCACUGCAGGCUUUUUCUUUCUGUCUUUUUUUUUUUAAGUCCCUGCGUAAAUCGGGAUUACAAAGUCUUUGUUUGCGUAAAGCAAAUUGAAACACGUACACAACCCAUUACAAUAAGAAAUGAACAGGGUGUUUCUCCUGUUCUCUGUGAAUCCUGUGCAAAUAGCCAGAUUCCGUGCUUUUGAAAUUCUUUUGAGUGCAGGUAUUUCCCCAAUUUUUCAUCGCCCCUGGUUCCCUUUCUGGAGAUGAAUGAAGACAGACCAGUUUUUCAAUUGAAUCUUACACUGGCCCUUGCGGUGACUCGCUGGCCUCCGCAGCAGUGGCUGUUCACAAUUUCGUAGUCAAAAAAGCAACCUUUCAGAUCAGUUACCUCCCGUCAAGAGCUAAUUUUCCAGCAGUCAGGCUUUAUCUAGAUAAAUAAUUAGAGAGGGAGAUGAAGACUGUCGUGCUGAGUCUGUCUGUCUGCGACACAGUUAAUACAGUCGAUCUCUGUGUUUUUUCAUUUCUGCAGAACACUUGCAGUGCCCGUCUCAUUAAAAAAAAAUCUGUAUAGAGGCAAUGGGCAACAAAGCCAAUUGCUUUGCAUUUGUCUCGGAUGAAUUAAUGACACUUCUCAUGUAUUUGUCAGAAGUAAGCAAACAGCUGCAUCUUGCAUCAGGAACAGAGAAAAUCCUGCCUUGCUGGCUUAUUCCAAGGCCUUCUACACGGCCAUGAAAAAGCACCCGGUGCAUAGUCUAUAAGAAUAUGUAGCACUGUAUAUUUUAAUUUAAACAGCAAACAAAAUCAGUUAAACUUUAACAUUCGCCUUUUCUGCAUUGGACAAAAGAGCCUUUUUCGCUGCCAUUCCCUGGGCUGAAAGCUAAAUUUAGCUGGGAAUCAUUUAACGUGACAGUAGAGAGACAGGAGAGAGAUGCACACAUGUACAGAUAUUUAAUGAGUAUACACUAUUGUGAAAUAUCUUGCACUGUAGCUGCGAUUCUCUCUCUCUCUUUCAUAGAUCCCCAUUCACUUGAGCUGUAUUAUUGAUGCAAACUCCAAGGAACAUGUAGUAGUAUAUUGACAAGUACACAUCCCCCCAUGUACUGCUAUCGAAAGGCUGUUUGGAAACCCUUUAGUUCUCUCUAUUCCUUGGUGGUAGCUUCGGCAACAUUUCCUAGGAAGAUCUGGUUUUAAAAACUGAUCGAUAUCUCAGUGCUUGUGUCUGUUGCCCACUUUAAAGUGUGCUUGCCCUACACAAUACCUCGAGGGGGCAUGCCACUUUCUUAGGAAACCCAGGUAUUUAAUAAUAAUAAUAAUAAUAAUAAUAAUAAUUCUUCACUGCCUAGCCUUUCAGCAUGCUUUAUUAUCUCAUUCUUUCACAAAUCAGAGGGCUGAAGUCUUCCCCCUGCUCCAAAUCCUAAAUAUACUGUCUCUGCCACAGAAGACACAUAAUUUCCAGCCCCCUCCAUUUAAGUAGCAUGCGGAUCUUUCGCCUACGCCAUGGAUUAUUUUAAUUCUUGAUUCUGUGCAUCGUUUUACAUAAAGUAGAAAAGAUGUUCCAAAUGAACAUUUCCAACCAUAAUAAUCGUUUUUAAAAUGUUCUUUUAUUUGGGAAGUAGCCCUGUGGCUGGACAUCUCUGCUGCACUUCUUUUCCGUUACUGCAAUCGUUCACCGCCCUGAAUCAAUUUCUGCGACUCACAUUGGUAUAUUGAAGGGUGGGGUCCCAGCAGCGGAUAUGCAUAUGGUGGAAGGGGUGGAGAAAUGUGGCUGUUCUGCCAGCCCAGGGACCAUGGAGGCAGUUGCCUGCUAUCUUGUGGUUUUUCCUUUUUUUAAAAAAACAAAAACUAAAACUCCUUUGCGCUUCCAUAUGAUAGGAAAGCAAAAGGCUUUCUUUCCAAUAUAAUGGAGCCAUUAACAUCUAUUAAUAAUGCAGACAGGGUAAGUAGCUGGAGUUGGCGAUCCCAAGGGGCCUCGUGAAACAGAUGUGCACUGUAUCUUCCCGGAUUUGAUGGCUGCUGGGGUCGAGGGGGUCGCUGUGGUUCCUGUUUAUUUCCUCUGGCAGUGGUUUUCUAAUUUAAGCACCUCUGUCUCCUGGCUACAGUAGCCUGCUGUGAUGCAGAGGUGGGGAGAGAGAGAGAGAGUGGGGAGAGAGAGAGAGAGGGAGAGAGAGAGAAAGAGAAAGAGUAGGAGAUGGGUGCCAGCACAGAUUGGUAGUGCCUCUGCACAGCUCCCAAGCUGACCUAUUCCCCCUCUUUGCCUUUUCUUCGCAGAGGCAUCCGUGUCGGGGGAAGCUGAACAGGAGAGCGGCUUCUCCUUUUGUUAACGUGUUGGAAAGGUAAGCGCCUUCCUUGCUGCCGACUUGGAGUACUGCUGUGUUGUGCAUGCAUCUUACCGGAGACGGGAUAUAAAGCCCCCUGGAAAACCUGUCCCGUCCUGUGUCAUUCGACACAAUGCUGUAAGUAAGCCUGAAAAUGGAGAUAGCCUUAUUUCUCUCCUCCUCCUCUGGCCCACCCCCCAACCCCCCCGCUUCGUCGUCUUCUUUUUCCAAACAAGACCCGGUGUUUCAGUUUGAAUCUGCUCUGUUCCUGACAGCUGUUCUGAAUUGACAGGGGCAUUUGGAGAGAACGGAUUCCCCACCUCUUUCAGCUGUUUAGGGUUAGGGGAAUGACAGCAGGCUGCCUUUUUAAAAAAGAAAGUUCUGAAAGGAAGCUUUCCAUUGUAUCUUUGCACUUCCUGGGAUCGCGCAAUCACCCACCUGCCUAAACAAAAGCUUUUGUUCCGUGUGCGCUGAUUUCUAAUAUGCUAUGUAAAGCAGCCAUGUGAUUUGCAUGAUUUCAGGGGGCUAGGCUCGGUGUAAGGCAAAACAGCAGAUGUAAAUGUCUGUAGUUGGACACAGCUGGGUUGCAGCAUUGUCUUGUGCGCUCGCAGUAUAAUGCAGAGGAAUGCAUUUCCGGAUAGAUUGUCAAGAGACAUGUUUUAAAACACUGCCACUGCCUUCCAUCACUCAUUCAGUCCCCUGCAGCAACAGAAUAGUACUGGAAGUUCUGAGCUGUGCAGGGCAAAUAGCAUAACUUGUCUGGAACGAGAAGAGUAAUUUCCCGUAUUAUAUGGGUUGCCAAACAUUGUUGCAAAUAAUGUGGAAAGGGAAACCCGGCUGCAUUCGCUCUUUCCUCUUGUCUCAAGGCAAUCUCUGCUUGCAUUGAGUUCUUGGGAUGUAUAUUGUGCAUCGGGUAGCGAGAAAUAAUAAGGAGAUGGUGGAUUUCUCCAUUUUCUUUAGGUGAUACAGGAAUUGUGUGUGUGUGUGUGUGUGUGUGUGUGUGUAUGUAUGUAUGCAUCACCUUGUCUGUAAAUUACAGCAAAUUGGAACUAUAAUCAUGUUCUUGGGCAGUAAGUUUUUUUUAAAAAAGCCAUUGUGGCUUUUUGUUCAUUCUUCAUCCAUAUUCCUCCUAUUCCCAUAAGCAUUGAUGCAUACAAACUGUCCCAAUGUAAAAAGUGUCCCAUUAAAAGAAUUUUUAAAAAUAGCCUGUAUCAUCAGUAACAAAUGUAUUCUUUAUUUUGACAAACGUUUUAUUUUAUUUUUUUAAAUCUGCAGACUUCUCCAUUUUUCUUAAGCGUGGGGGAGUUCUGAUCUCUCAAAACUGAGCUUGCUUUGUUUAAUUUGCAAAGUCUACCAUAUGCAUGCAUUCAUGUCUGUAACAUCCCCGUAGGUUAAUUCAAGUCUAAGGGUAUAACAAAGGGACAAAAGAGAUGUAUUAAUAUUUUUGAAGAAAAAACUGAGGACAAAAUACAACUUGGACUUCUAAAAAUACAUGGGUAGUAUUGUAAUGGAGAUGUAUUCUUGACAGAUAUGUAAGUUCGGCAAUAAUAUUCACCUGUUUUAAAAUGGUAAAGAGAUCCUGUUUUAUGAGUUCUGUUGAUGACUGCAUUGAACACCGAUUCAUGAUCAAGCACCAUUUUUAUUGGGAACCUUCUGUUGCACUAGGCUGGAUUUGCAAGGAUAAUGAAAGUUAAAAAUUAGAUUUGUUAGGGUGACAAAACAGCAGAGUAUAAUAAUAUAGGUUAUUUUCCUUUAUCAUAGUGGGUGAGGCCAAUGCUUCAAUUUAUUGAUGAAUUCCACAGCAGGGCUUAUAUAGGGUGAAAAUAGUUUAUCAACUUUGCUACUCUGAUCUGUGGGUUUUAUUUUAAAAACGGGAAGGCUAAAGUUAGUUCUUCAGUUGCCAUGACUAAUUCUUUACCCCCUAGAAUUAUCCUAUUGUUUCCAAUGGAAUGAUUGCAUUUGCAAAGGUCCAACUUACUGCUCCUCAGAAUAAGGGGAGACUCUAAACAACUAGUGAUUGCUCUAUGAAAAUCUUGGUUUUAUUUUAUGCAAAACGAAUAACUUUAAACCUUACUCUGAAUUCACAUACAUACCAGUUCAGACAAGGAAGGCUCCAAAAUGGAUUGCUGAAGUCUUAACACAAUGUCAAAACUACUAAAACUUGCAAUUAUGUUUUUAAAAAAAUUUCCUUGUCUGUUGUGGCACCACAAUUCUAUGUACUUCUCUGAUUUGGGGAUAUUUAUGUUUUAAGCAAGUACAAAAUGGCGUACAGAUUCAUAUAUAUAUAUAUAUAUAUAUAUAUAUAUAUAUAUAUAUAUAUAUACACACACACAUACAUACAUAUAUACACACAGAUAUAUAUUCUCAAACCUAAGAUUUAAGGGGAGAAAUGUACAAAACAGAAUCCUAAAUUCAGUAUAGUGGUGGUGUUUGUAUCUCUUGGUAUUCUUGCCAAGUGUGUGGUUUUCUUUUUUUUAAGGAAGCAGAAGAAUAAAUAAAUCUGGGAAAUUCUCAUUAUGCCUGUUGAGACACCUUUUGCUGUAAACCUACGUUCUAUAGGAAACAAAGGAAAGAUCCUCUUUCCUUUGUUAAUAUCGUUUAUCAUCUUUAACUCAUUAGCUGCCGAAGGUGUUACUUGAAACAGUGAGCCUUUUUCCCUAUCUGUAACCUUUGUAGCUGGAAUAUACACAAAUGUCAUCGUGUAUAGGAUUGUAGAUAUUAGCAGAGGAUUACUAACCAUAAUAAUAAAUGCUUUACAGAGAAAAUUGGAGAUUAACAUCCUAUACCACAAAGGUCUAUUACACAAAUAGAUAGACCUUGUUGUGUUUGGUUUCAGCUCUUGUUAUUUUACGCUGGGAGAAAGAGGAGUGGAAUGGAAUAUACUGAAGUGUCACCAAGACAAGUACUUGCACAAGAGUGAUUUGAAUUAGCAGUUCUUGGGAGUAGAGAGAGACUGUUUUUUUGUUUAAGAAGUAGCAAGUGAUUUUAACAUUGGAGCAAACUCCAUUCUUUAUAUAACAUGCAAAUAAGUUGUUUUUCGGAAAUAGUGCCACAAGCUGAUAUAACAAAGAAAGACAGAAAUCCAUUGCUUGUCUACACUGUUCUUAUUUGCUUUAAAAUGUAGCAUUUUAAAGUCUGUUCACAGAUUUCUUUGUCAGAUAGCAUUCUUGUUGUGUGUGGCUCCCUCCUCCUGCGUCUUGAACUAGUGAGACAUUGCCUCUGAUGUUUAAACUUUGAUUGAAAACACACACACACACAGUGAAUGUUUCAAUACGGUGUUUUGUUUAACCAGAAUACCAACAAUACUUCAUGGUAAACUUGCAAAAUGAUCCUCUGAGAGGACUUAGGUUUCGUGUGUUUUUCUUGUGCUUUUCUCAAAGGGGGAAGAAACGCUUCAAAUGAGCAGAACCAGUUUGGCUUUUAAAUGCCUUUUUAAAAACAUGAUUGAACACUUCUGGAAAAGAUUCUGAUUCACAGUACCUAGUGGUCCUUUCAACAAACAGUAGUGAAGACAGGCCAUAGUUUAUUGGUGACACCUGAAUGCAACCACUGGGUGACCCGCCGUCUUGUUGAUUUGUGCAAAUUGGCCCUUGGCAUGAUUCUUCGGCACAGGCAUGUUCCUGUGUUGUGUGAACCCAUGCCACGAGUGUUGACCUGCAAAUAUGAAACAGCCAUUCACAAACCAAAUGCCACACAGAGAGCUAACUUUCAACAGAGCCAUGAGAUGUCAAGUGAUGGAUAUACAUGUGUAAAUUCAAGCCUCAUUUAUAUAGCGCACCUCAUCAGGGGUGCUUUAGGGAGCAAGGCAAGCAAGAAGACAGGCCCGGGGAGUUUUCGGUCUUUAUUUCUUUUUACAGUAGGAGAUCACAAAGGGAGAUUUGCACCAGGGGGCUGAAUGUGAGCAAAGGCUGUUACGUGUACUUUGGGUUUCUGCUGACAUAGGGCUAUGGAAUUCGAACCAAAGGCUUCAUGGAAAAUAUGAUGUUCUAGGAGGACAAGGGAUGUGGCACCAAGCCUAAUUCUCAGUGAGAUAGGAUUAGACAUGUAUAAGGGUGGCGCUGUGGGUUAAACCACAGAGCCUAGGACUUGCCGAUCAGAAGGUCGGCGGUUCGAAUCCCUGCGACAGUUUGAGCUCCCGUUGCUCGGUCCCUGCUCCUGCCAACCUAGCAGUUCGAAAGCAUGUCAAAGUGCAAGUAGAUAAAUAGGUACUGCUCCAUCGGGAAGGUAAACGGCGUUUCCAUGCGCUGCUCUUGUUCGCCAGAAGCGGCUUAGUCAUGCUAGCCACAUGACCCAGAAGCUGUACGCCGGCUCCCUCGGCCAAUAAAGCAAGAUUAGCGCUGCAACCCCAGAGUCGGCCACGACUGGACCUAAUGUUCAGGGGUCCCUUUACCUUUACCUUUAGACAUGUAUAAGACUGCAUUGUCUCGUCUGUUACACCGAAUGCAAGGGGUGCUGUGCAUUGAGAAAUGGUGCGGUUCUUCUGAGUCUGUACUGUGCUAGUUGAGCGCAUAGGCAGUUUCCUAUGUAUAUCAUGCGCCUUUUAGUGGUGCUUACACAGGAUAAAAGUGUUUCAGACUAACCCAUUGGGGCUGCCCCAAAUCUUCUUCCCACACUGCAUUGUUCUAUGCAAAGCAUUGGGGGGGGGGAGGUAUUGUGGGGCACAGAGUGUCAUCAUUUUGCUAACACCAGUCCCUUCUGUCACAUGUGAACUUCUUAUUGGAUGUAGCCCACAAGUCAUCAGUGCCUGCUUGUCCUGUUUUGAUUGAUGUGUUUCAGCUUGAAGACGAGGGCUGAGCCCCAACUUUGCUAAUGAAGCAAUUGUAAGAUUGCUUUUUUUUCUUUUUUUUUUCUUUUCUUUUUAUUAAAGCACUUUUUGGACUAUACCAUCCUUGAUCAUUUUUGGCCAGCCUCUAACAUCACAAUUUUUGGAGUAAGGUGUUAGAGCAAGUUGGUGGCAACUCAACUUCAGACUUUCUUGGAUGCUCCUGAUUAUUUAGAUCUUUUCCAGUUUAGAUUGAGGUCCAUUUUGGGGUGAAACUGGCUUGGUGGAUGCCCUACACCAGGCACUAGAUAUGGUGGGGACUGUGUGUCUGUUGGAUUUUGGAACUCUCCGUACCUUUGAACAUGGAAUCCUUCUGGGCAUGAAGCAGUGUUCUGUGGUAGCUUUGGUCCAAUCUAGUUAGAUGGUGGUGUUGACGGUCUUCUGUUGGAUCACUUGGCCAAUGGGAUCCCUCAGGGCUCUAUUUUGACCUCCAUUCUGUUUAGCAUCUCCAUUAAAACUGCAGAGAAUGGUCAUUGGGAGUUUUGGUGUUGGAUGCCAACAGUAUGCUAGCAAGGCCCAGCUGAGCCAAGGAGCCUGUAGGGAUCCUCCUGAACUGGUAGCAUCUAAGUUCAGUGAUGGAUGAGAUGGAGGCUAAAAGACAGAAGAGUUUGAUCCAACUGAGACAGAAGCAUAUCUAAUUAGUAGAUAUGCUGACCCAGGAUUAGAGGCUCAGGGCAGCACUACAGUGGUGCCUCGCAAGACGAAAUUAAUUCGUUCCGCGAGUUUUGUCGUCUUGCGAUUUUUUUCGUCUUGCGAAGCACGGUGUCGGGAAAGUUUUGGAAAAGCUUCAAAAGUCACCAAAGUCUUCAAAAACCUCAAAAAAGGCUACCACACCGCGUUCUAUGAGUUGCUCCUCGAAGUCAAGUCGCAACUGUAUUAACGGUGUUAAGAAAAGGAAACAAACUUGCAAGACGUUUCCGUCUUGCGAAGCAAGCCCAUAGGGAAAAUCGUCUUGUGAAACAGCUCAAAAAACGAAAAACCCUUUCGUCUAGCGAGUUUUUCGUCUUGCGAGGCAUUCGUCUUGCGGGGCACCACUGUAUCUCUAAAAGACCAGGUUUGCAGUUUUGGGGUUCUAUUGGACCCAGUGGAGUUCCUAGAUGACCACCGAGACAGUUAUGGUUGGUGGGGUGCCUAGUCAAGCGUAGCACCUUGACUGUGGAACUCCAUCCCAAGAGAGAUUAGACCAUACUCUUCUCUGUUGCCUUUUAUAUGGUUGGUUAAGACAUUUUCAUUCCAGCAAACUUUAAGUCUAGUUGUUUUUUAAAAUAGUUUUAAUUGUCUUGCAGUGACUUUUAACGCUUUCUGCUUUUAAAAGUGUUUUGAGAUUUUACUGUUGUAAAAUCAGCCUGGGGGUGGGGGCUUGCUAGUACAGUGGUACCUCGGGUUAAGUACUUAAUUCGUUCUGGAGGUCCGUACUUAACCUGAAACUGUUCUUAACCUGAAGCACCACUUUAGCUAAUGGGGCCUCCCGCUGCUGCCGUGCCGCUGGAGCACAAUUUCUGUUCUCAUCCUGAAGCAAAGUUCUUAACCUGAAGCACUAUUUCUGGGUUAGCGGAGUCUGUAACCUGAAGCAUAUGUAACCCGAGGUACCACUGUACUGAAAAGUGGUAUUAAAAUGUUUUUGUAAAUAACAAACAAAAAUCCCUACAUACACAGGCACUUGUAAAUUGGAAUCUGUGGCCGUCUAGAUAUCGUUGGGUGCCAGUCCCCACCCACCCCAGCCACCAUGACCAAUGGGAAUUGUGGCCUUCCAGAUGUUGCUGAACCACACCUCCCAUUGGCCAUGUUGGCUGGGACUGAUAGAGGUUGGAGCCCAACAUCUGGAGGGCCUAAGGUCCCACAUCCCUGUCUUAUGACUUACAGGUAUUAAGCGCACAAAAAAGUAGCACAUACAAUACCUCAAAAUAGCCCUGUGCAGGUAUGACAUAGAAAGGCAAAUAGAGCAGAAAAUUAUACCCUGUUACCAGAGGUUGUUUGUUUGUUGGUUGGUUGGUUUUGCAUUUGGAGAGGUGUGCUUCUAGUAUGAUUAGGUAUUGGUAUAUAAUUGAUGACACUAAAGAGGGUGAGUUGACCAGUAUGAGCUGCAGGCAUAGGGGUACCCUUUUCUCAUAAUUAUUGAAUAGUUUUGUAGUAGUCUUGGAGCUAAACACAAUACCAUGUUGAAUUCAUUGUGAAUUAAAUGGAGUAUAGAAAUUUUCAUAUCAAAAGUGGAGCCGGACUACAGGGCCUAUCAAGUAUUAUGAGAGCUUUGUAAUUGGAUUACAAUUAGCACAUGUGACUUCAGCUGUAUAACAGGAGAUGGGCUAUAUACUGAAUUGCUUCUAUUUUCAGUACUUAUUUCCUUACCCUUUAUGACAGGCUUCUUCAAACUCGGCCCUCCAGAUGUUUUUGGCCUACUACUCCCAUGAUGCCUAGCUAGCAGGACCAGUGGUUAGGGAUGAUGGGAAUUGUAGUCUCAAAACAUCUGGAGGGCCGAGUUUGAGGAAGCCUUCUUUAUGACACGGAGAGAAGUGUGACACACAAGCUGCCCAUUCAACUUAAAACUAUCUACUGAAUCCAGGGGUCAGCAAACUUUUCCACUGUCCCUCAGACCUUGUGGGGGGCCGGACUAUAUUUUGAAGGGGGAAAAAUGAACAAAUUCUAUGCCCCACAAAUAACCCAGAGAUGCAUUUUAAAUAAAAGGCCACAUUCUACUCAUGUAAAAACACGCUGAUUUUAUCCGUGGGCCAGAUUUAGAAGGCGAUUGGGCCGGAUCCAUCCCCUGGGCCUUAGUUUGCCUACCCAUGACUGAAUCCAUCUCCCAAAACGAGGCAAUGCACUCCUAAGCAGACACUAGGAACAGCUGGAGCAAGUGGUCUUCCAUGUUACUGAACCCCUCUACAUAUUUUAACAAAGGCGCUUUUGACAUAUUUAACUUUUUCUUUAUCAUCAGUCUGUCUGUCUGCAGAGCAGCGGCCUCAUUUCUGUCUCCCUCUCUCUGGCGACAGUACUAGGACGAGAAAGAAUUCGUAAUUCCAUCAAAAUUAAAGGGACUUCCUGCAAAUGCAACAGCCACAUUCAGACAAUCAAAUCACACAAGUGGUGUGUGCUUUCUGUGAGUGGGGAAAGAUGCUCGAAAGCUAUACUUGGCUAUAGUUUCCCAUUGUAUCAGAACUGAGAAACUAUGGGUAAUAGCUUAGGGGCCCACUGACUAGCAAAUAGUAGCAUCAUGACAUUUAGUGGUAUUUCUUUAAUCGUCAAAGGGUUUAGCAAAUAAUUAACAGGGUUCCUGGGAGCUACUUUGUGGUUCCGGUUGAACAAGGACUUGAACCAUUCAGGGGGAAAACUCUACCACUAUUACCACUAAGUAAUACGCCCUGAAAUGGUAACUAGCCUGUGUUCGGUUGGAUUCAUUCUGAGUGUUCUGCCACUGGCAUUCUAGUCUGCUGCAUCACUCCAGCUCCCUAGUAAACCAAGGAACCAAUUGGGCUUUGUUCCAGCUUGCUCCAGCCUGUGCCCUCCAGCUGUUUUUCAGUACAACUCCCCACACAGCUGUGCUUGCUGGGGCUGAUGGGAUUCUAAACAUCUGGAGGACAUCAGCUUGGGGGAAGGCUGCUCAGUUCAGAGGGAGAGGGAACUUGGUGAACCUAUCAAGUGCCUGAAUCAGCUCCCCAUCCCAUCAAGGCAAAGGUGGGGAACCUGACUACAACUCCCAUUCUCCCUGGCCAUGCUGCUUGUGGAUGAUGGGAGAUGGAGUCUAGCAACCUUUGGAGGGCCACAGGCUCCCAACCCCUCCUGUAUUGUGUGUCUUCAGACCACAGGUUCUCCAUCCCUGCCAUAGCCUGGCACGGUUUGCAGAACUGGGGAAAGGCUGUUUGCUCCUUUGAGCAGCUCCUAUGCAAGUUCUUAUAAUACUCUUCCCCAUGAGCAAAGGCCAGACUUAACAACCAAGGCCUAUUACUCUACCUUGGAUCCCCAGCUGUUGUUGGACUACUUCUCCCAUCACCCCUGACCACUGGUCCUGCUAGCUAGGGAUGAUGGGAGUUGUAGUUUGAGAAAUGUGGCAACAGUGUCUCUCAGACUUGGGUCUCCAGCUGUUUUUGGACUAUAGCUCCCAUCAUCCCUGACCACUGGUCCUGCUAGCUAGGGAUGAUAGGAGUUGUAGUCCAAAAACAGCUGGAGACCCAAGUUUGGGAAACACUGCAAGGCAAGUUGUUCUUGCAUAGAAGCAACAUUUCAACAGCAGAUACAAGAGGACAUAUGGUUGCCCCUGUGCCUGCCCCUCCCCACAAAACAAAAGUCAUUUUGCUGGCGAUUUCUACAAUACAGUGGUACCUCGGGUUACAUACGCUUCAGGUUACAUAUGCUUCAGGUUACAGACUCCGCUAACCCAGAAAUAGUACCUCGGGUUAAGAACUUUGCUUCAGGAUAAGAACAGAAAUCGGGCUCCCACGGUGCGACAGCAGCAGGAGGCCCCAUUAGCUAAAGUGGUGCUUCAGGUUAAGAACAGUUUCAGGUUAAGAAUGGACCUCUGGAACGAAUUAAGUACUUAACCCGAGGUACCACUGUAUAGCCUCUUGGCUUCCAUUCGGGGUCGUCCGUAUUCUCAUGCUCCUCCUCAAGCAGCAUCUAAAAGGUAUUCCCACCAGUUCCUUUGCAAUUUGCAGGUGCACGAACACUCUCUCGCUUUGUUUGCCUUUCUGGGUCAAACAAUAUGAAUAUUUGCUGUGGGGAGAGUUGCAGCAACAAAAAGCUAGAUAUCCGCAGGGUAAAAAAUGGCACUGUUUGCUUUAAAUCAGCUCUCUGUCUUCUUCUUUUUAAGUCAACUAGCUAGAGGUUUUGCAUUCACACUACGCUCUUCUGUCUUUUUGUUCUCAGGGACUGAAUGCUUGACUUCCCAGUCUUGUCCGUAUUAAAUGAGAGCUUGUAGAUAUCCAUACAGUAUAUACAACAACAAAUUCUUUACCUGGCUGCUGGUGUUAGGGUCGAUGACUGAUUCUAAAAUGCAUGUGGGUUACGCACAGGUGACUAUCCAUAGGGAACCAUCCUUGGCAUUAGCCACACCUAUAAACAGGUUGUGCUGCCCUGGCAUCCAUCCCGUUCAUUGCUCUCUCUUCAGUCCAAUCCUUUCUCUUUUUUUUUCCCUUUAAGAAAUGGGGUUUAAAAUUGCUUUCUCUCCCCCUUUUGUUCCUUCUGUUGAAGAUAUUAAUUAUGCCUCUAUUACGGCUCUGCUAGGUUGUCGUGUACCGAAAAAUACUUUGGCGUUUUGAACACAAAGGAAAAAAUAGCAUUCCCUUCAGGAAACUGCUUGCAGUACUAUCCGUUAGAGGUUGGAAUGCUUGGCUGUUGUAUCUGCGUGGGAAGAACAAAGAAGGGAAAGUUGAAUAGGUGCUGGCGCCACCUUUCCUCCCCCACCCCCCGUCUACUUGUGAGCAGGGCGGUGUGCUAAAAACCAGCAUUCGUUGCUCAGGAGAUUCUGUUUCUGCACCCAGAAAGGCUGGGUUCUGCAACCUGCAUGAAUUAAUGCCAAGGUGCACUGCAUAUCUUACUUCGGAUCAUUUAUUCUGCCACCCACAUGACAAGGGAAAAUCAAAAGCGUUCCUUCAGGCUGGAAAUUUUAUCUAGCGACACCUCUCCUGUGAGUUCAGCAGCCAUAUCAUCUCAAGCAUGAAAGGAGCAGAAGCUUCCUUUAAGAAAAAAGGGGGGGAAAGACAACAGCAAUUAAGGGAUUCUGAGAAAGCAAGUUCAAGUUCAAGUUUAUUGCGGCCAAAGCCAGUGACACUAAACAUCCCAAGAUCAGACAACAAGAAAUCAGCAACAACUUCAGAAAAGAAAAAAGGUUACACAAGGGAACUUCGCAGUGUGCCAUUCAACAGAAGAGAUUUACGUUUCUUAAUUACUAAAGUGCAAAAUUUAGCCACCUCAUAUGAUACUGAGCUUGAGGAAUCUUCCAGGAGGUAUUUUCGAAGAAUUUCAGGGGAGGAUUCCAAAUAAUAUUGAAGGGGUAUAAAUUUUGAUAGAAGCGGUAAAAUAAGUUGAGCUCGUUCUUCACUAUAGAAUUCGCAAGAUAGAAGAAUGUGUGUGACAGAUUCUACCUUAUUAGACAUACAAGGGCAGAGACGCGCAUGCAUUGGAACCCGCGUGAAUUUGCCGUACAGCACUGCUGAGGGCAUUGUCUCAAAGCGGGCUCUAGAGAAAGCCCAUCUAUAGGCUUCGCUAGUGAUGUUGGUUAAGUAAGGGGCAGCUGUAAAAUUAGGCCAAGCUUUUAAACAUCUAUACGUCUCUGGGAGUAGGGCGCCUUCUUGUUGUAAUUCGAUAUCAUAAAGUCUCCGAGUAAUAGUAGCUUUUGCCUUGUUCAGAGUUCCAAUAAAAAUAUUUUCAGGGUUUAGGCCAAUUUGUUUGAUCUUGUUAGUUAUUUGCAUAAGCCAAGGAGGAUAGGGAACUGCGGCCAGGAAGCAAGGUAAUAGACCCUUAGGAUUGUAAUGGAUUUUCAGCCAGAGGGAUAUUGCUUGUUCCCAGACUUUUAAUUCCACUCUGGGCAGUCCUGCCUCUUGCCUUAAGACUGCAUUAGGUGUACACUUAGGGGUAGCAAAUAAUGAUCUUAAGAAUUUAGAUUGUACUGUUUCAAGGGUCUUAAGGUUGGCAGAGGGGCUAAUUUGAGAGCCAUAUAGAAGUUGGGCUAAAGAUUUUGCCUGAAAGACUGUUAGGGCCAUCGGGAGGAAGCCAGCUCCUUUCCUUCUGAAUAAUCUAAGGAUAGCAUUUGCACUUCUUUCUGCUGAUAUAGCUGAUGUGGUCAAGUGUGCUGAGAAUUUGGCAUUAUAAGAGAAAGUAAUGCCUAAAUAUUGGAAGGUCUUAGUCUGUUCAAUGGCGUUUCCCUUUACGCUCCAAUUAUCCUUCCUGAAGGAGCGGUUAAAAUGUACAAUUUUGGUUUUGGCAAAGUUAAUUGUUAGCAGUUCAGUGUUACAUUGGUCACUAAACUUUCCUAAGGCACGUUUCAGACCCACUUUGGUUUGAGAGAGAAGAACAGCGUCAUCCGCAUACAUUAAAAUUGGUACUUUUCUGCCAUUAGAGAACACAGGGGGGUGGGUUUCAAUUUCACGGCAGCAUGUGACCAGGGAGUUAACAUAGAUGUUAAAUAGGAAUGGGGCUAAUAGGCAUCCUUGUCUAACUCCUCUUUGGACUGGGAUUUCUCUAGAGAGUCUGCCGUCCUGUGCAAGUCUUAUCUGGAGGGUAUUGUUCUCAUGAAGCUUAAUCAUCAGAAGUAAUAACCUUCUGUUAAUACCCAUAUUGGCCAAUUUGGCCCAGAGCCUGCUCCUAGAUACAGAAUCAAAUGCUGCCUUUAGGUCCACAAAGGCCGCAUAUAAUGACUUUUUCCAAUAUUUCGCAUACUUAUAGACAAAGUAAUCUAACACCAAGCAGUGAUCAAUGGUGGAACGUCCGGAUGUAAACCCUGCUUGUUCAAUUUCUAGCAAGUUGUUAUGAUCUAACCAUUCCCAUAAUUUUAGGCAUAGAUGUUUUGUAUAAAGUUUACAGAUCACAUUCAGGAGACUAAUUGGUCUAUAAUUAGAUGGAUCAGAGGGGUUGCCCUUUUUAAAUAUGGGAACAAUUAUAGCUAGUCCCCAAUCUUUAGGGAUUUCAGUUGUCUUGUCUAUAUAUGAAAAUAGAUUUGCAAGGACCGGGGCCCACCAGUUUAUUUGCGCUUUCAAAAGUUCAGCGACAAUGAAAUCACUUCCUGGGGCUUUGCCAGAUUUCAUUUGUAGAAUUAGCGAAGCGAUUUCAGUUUCAGAUGUUGGGGGCCAUGGUGUAUCAUUAUCUAAGGGGAUGUUAAGCGGCGCAGAAGGACGAUCUUCCCUAAACAGCACUUUAUAGUGCUCUUCCCAUGAAUUUGCAGGGAUUAUUGUGCCCUCAUUAGGAGCUUUGGUUUGACUGGAGAUAAUUUUCCAGAAAUUAGAAUUGUCUUUUUCUAUUGACGCUUUUAUGAGGGCCUGCCAGAUGAGAGAGUCUGCGGUUCUUUUUUGGUUUUUAAUAACUCUUUGUAGUUCUUUUUUUAAGUUGUAACUCCAAUUUAGUGAUAGGGUUAGGAUUUUGCUGGAAGACCUUAAAGCAUUCCCUGAGUAUAAGUUUUGCCUGAGUGCAUUCGUGGUCAAACCAUUUUUGUUGGUAGGGGAGUCAUUUUGGUUAGAUCUUCUGGGUCUUGACAAUAACGGUUGGAGUUUUCGGAUUAAUGUGUUAUAAUGGUCAAUUGGGGAGGUCUCUUCAGUGUCGUUGGAAGUCAGAUCAGCCCAGAGGAGUUGACCUUCCAUUGAUUGUGUCCAAAUACCAAAAUGGUUAUUAACAUAAGGGGACCAUUUAAUUCUGGAUCUACCUAUUUGUUGUAAAGCGCUAGGAUCAGGAGUCUGCGGGGCAAGCCCACAUCUAGAGGGUUCCCAAAAUUCAGUCCUUUUAAGAUUUAGGGGUAAAUGGUCACUUUCGGUUCUUAUAUCUACAGUAAAUUCAAUAUAUUCAUCGAAAAGUUCUUGGGAGACAAGGAUGUAGUCAAUAACAGAAUGCCUUAGGCCUGACCAGUAAGUAAAUUGGCCAGGGCAGUCCCCCGAGGAGAGGCCGUUUAAAAUAACAAGGUUUAAUCUAAGUGCCAUUAAAAAAAGACAUGUACCAGCAAAAUUGGUGACUGGGUCAAGUGAGUGACGCCUGAAUAGGGGCCAAUAUUCAUCAUUAGCAUUUAGGGGACCCAUUCCACUUUCCUUGAUUAACUGUUCGUCUGAGUGGCCUAGCCUUGCAUUAAAAUCCCCACCAAUAAUUAAGGAGGCAGAGGGAAACUUAUUUGAGACAAGGAGAAUGCAGUCUUCCAGUUCGUUCCAGAUGUUUUUAAGAUCAGUUUGUUUCAUAAGUGGGUGAAUAUAAACAUUGAUGCAUAUGAUCUUAAAAUGGGUGGAGAAUAUUUUAACGGCCAAAAUCCAUUUUUUAUCGAUUUUCAAUUGGAUAGGGGAGGCUCCUAGAUCUGUCGAUACGAAGGUGCUCAAACCUCCCGCCGGUCUUCCGCCUUUUGGGCCGAUUGAGGCAGGGGAAUGGAAAGCAAAGUAAUUGUGUAGUUCGAAAGGAUUUUGCAUCCAGGUUUCUUGGAGCAGGAUGAUCUUGAACUGUGAUACGUAGGUUAAAACGUCUUUGUCCCUUGUUUUCGAUUGCCAUCCAGCAACGUUCCAGGAUAGUAGUAGGGGUGAGAGUCAUUUUGUCUCUUCAAUAGCAUCUAGUGUUUUCCCGGGUCGUGGAAGAUGCAACCAUUGGAUGGUUGAGUCUCCGGUAAUGUGAUUAGGGCGCCACAGAGAUUUCGGCGUGGAUUUCAGAUGGGCAGAGUAGAGGUGUGUGUUCUGCCGUGACCUGAGGAGAUUCAUGACCCAUUUUUCGCUCCAAGUUAGGUGGAAUAUUUGCCUCUUUUAUGGGCGCUAGAUCUUCAAAGUUGCGGAGAUAGAGUAAUAACUCAUCUAGUCUGUCCGUUAUCUCUGUUUGUUCGGCUUUUGGCAGAUGGGAGAAGGAGACAAGUAAUUCCUGCUCCAUCGAAUUCUCAAGAUGAGUAGCCUUUGAUAGGAGGGGCAUGGGGGUCUCUGUCCAACUAAUUAAGUCUGAGGGUGGAGAGGUAGAGCUCGUAGUAGAUGGAAUGCCCUCAUUUUUAAUUGCUUUCCUUUUAACUGGAGAGUAGGGAAUAAGGGGGCAAAUCUUAGUGUUGAUAAAAACUCUUGUGAUAAAAAUUCUAUAAUUAGUCAGGUAGCUUCGUAAGGACAUCAUAUAAGUUGGAAGCUUUUUAGAAUCAAAGGUGAUUCUGAGAAAGCACAAUUCUGCACCCAGUAGAAUUUUCUGCAUUCUCUCCUCCCGACCACCCCAGCAAUCUCAGCAUCAAAUUGCACAAAACCUUGGUAUUUCCUGCUUUCUUACUGCUACUAGGUGGUCUUUCCUUCGGGGAAUGGGAGAUUGCCACAGAGACCUUUUUGAUGAUGCAAGGCUCCAUUGUUUCCUACAAUGCAAGCUUCUUGAGCAUCUGUUAGGAGACUGGUAUCUACCUUCUCCAUCAACCCCCCCUCCCCCCCGUCCUGUCAAUGUGUCUGAAUUGGCUUGGUCGAAGGCUCGGAUUGUGAGUGUUGUGGUGGUCAUGGAAUCUAUGCUCUGUUUUCAAACAUUCUUACAAUGGUUUAUACCACAACCUUCCCCAUCCUGUUGUCCUCCAGAUGUUUUAGACUACAACUCCCAUCAUGCUCCUGACCAUUAGCCAUGCUGCCUGGGCUUGAUAGGAUCUGCGGGGGCAUAUAAAAGCCCCGCUGCUGCAUCAAGCCAAUCUUGUCUAGCAUCUUGCCUUCCACAGUGGCUAUCCAGAAGCCUCUGGAAUGCCCUCAAGCUGGUUGAAGAAAGCUGGCUUAUACCAUCCUUGUGCUCUCACCCCUUCCUCCUGACUGACCAAUGAUCAUACCAUCAUGCAUUCUGCCUGUGAACUUUUUUAGUGUCUGCUUGGGCAGGGAGUGGGAGCAACAAACCAAAGCGGAUUUUCCAAGGAACCAUUAUUAACAGGUGCUAAGGAAGUCUGAAAGCUGUGAAGACUAGUGUUGGGUGGUAUAUCAAUAUAUUGUCCAAAACUGGCUUGAAGUCCAUAUCGUGAAAUCCGUUUCAUUAUUUUUGAUCUGGCAAUAUAACACGAAUCAUGAUGGGUGCCCGUGUGUUCUGCAAAAAUUGCAAUCUGGGGAAAAACAUGAAGCCAGCCAAUGCCUCUAUAGACCUCCAUCCUUCAGACACUGCGAUAUAUCAGUAUAUUGCAGUGUUUAGCUGGUGAGAUAUCACAAAGUUGAAAACCAGAUAUCACCCAGCCCUAGUGAACACGUUUGUGUGUGUGCACUAGAGAAGCUUAAUUCUUUUUAACAAAGAGGUUGCAUCUGUUUUUGCUGACACAAAACAAGAAUAUGUUUGAAGGUAUGACAGGAGCAAGCCUGUGUUACAUAUCUCGAAAUAAUUGCAUCCCAUUGCUCUUCAGCCUGGUCAGAGUUCAGUGGUGUGCUUCUCCCAAGACUUGUUCCCACUUUACUUUCCCUUGUGUAGGAAAUGUAUGCAUUUAAGUGCUUUCCUGAACUGAGGUCAGUAUCUGCAUAUUGAGCAGCAAAGUGCCUCCACUCCCCCACAACCGGUCUCUUCCUGACUUUUUGACAGCACACUUUUUUAAAAAACUUGGAAAGAAGCUGCAAAAUAACGUGCAAGAGUUGCUGCUGUCUCAGACCACUUUAGGAAGAGUGUUCUGUCGUCCAGGCAGUGAAACAGCACUGCUUCAGUUAGAAACUGACGCCAUGAUGACUGUGACAAAAUGUACAAUGAGCCUAGGGCUCGCUGGUUCUAAAAAGCGUGUUUGCACUGGUUUAUUUUAUUCUGACUGAUCUCGAUAGCCCACUGGUGAUAUAUAUGAUUGCCGAUUCUUUCCUUUCCCUCCACCAAGGCAUUUAACAAAUGCAAACAACUUGGGUGUAGAGGGGUGAGUGUGCAGCACGUCUCACUUUGCAGCUAUUGAGGGUUUAACUAUGCGUUACAUUAAUGGCAUAACUUGCAGGCACGUAAAGAAAUGUUGAAUUUUUAAUCAUGGAUAUGUGUGUGCGCACACACACAUCUGCAUUGGAAACACUGUGCAUGAGUAGUGGAGAUUUAACACACACCCCUCCAACUGUGAUCCUCAUGGAAAUCCCCCCCCCCAUCUGCAUUGCAAUUAGAGACAAAAGAAAUCUCUCACUGAAAGCAACUAGAAUCAGCCCCACUCCCAAUCACUAGUUGCAGUGGUGGGUGUCAGGAAAAGAUUUCCAUUGGAAUCAUGGCUGGAAGGGAAAGAGUUAAAGCUCUGACUUCCAUCACCCAUGUCGUCCAUGCACCCAUGCUCCUGAUGGAAAUUAAGGGGAGGCAUGCAAACACCUGUUUCCUGGGGCAAUACAGCCUGGGAGUUGCUAUGUCCUGCUCAGGUGUCUCCUUGCUAUUUGCUGUUGGAUCCUGGGGUCAGCACCUCUGCAGCUUUCAUCAUUGGUGCUCUUGGCCUUAGUGUAACCUCACAUGGGACAAAGGGGUCCUGGUAACUGUUUGUGGUUGAAGCCACAGCACAUAUGCUCAUGCAAUACAGUGGUACCUCGGGUGAAGAACUUAAUUCGUUCUGAAGGUCCAUUCUUAACCUGAAACUGUUCCUAACCUGAGGUACCACUUUAGCUAAUGCGCCCCCCCCCCCCGCUGCUGCCGCACGAUUUCUGUUCUCAUCCUGAAGCAAAGUUCUUAACCCGAGGUACUAUUUCUGGGUUAGCGGAGUCUGUAACCUGAAGCAUCUGUAACCUGAAGCGCCUGUAACCUGAAGUGCCAGUAACCUGAGGUACCACUGUACAUGUGUUUACUCUCACACUUUGCAUUUCCCCUUUGACAUCUCUCUCUCUCUCUCUCUCUCUCAACCUGAACUUGGUGGGUUGGGCAGGACUGGAAAAGGAGGUGGAAUGAGCUUGUUUUUAUUUAUCUUUGCAUUUCCCGUAAUUUAACUCCAGCAAGACAUAAGACUACCAUUUCCUGUAAUUCUGCCACGAUUAAUGGCUGCAUUCAGUCUGAUAAAUCAUCUGCCGCAAUAAUGGAUGCACACAGCUGCUUAUAAAAUGUCACUCAUAUAUGCAACGUUUAGGGAUGCAACAAUUAAUCUAACUGAUUAAUCAAUUAAAAAACCUUUUCAAUGCUCCAGAACCUGAACGUUUUUAAUACUUUUUUUUUUUGCAGUUUUUUUAUCUUAAGUGGCAGGUUCCCUGAUAUAGGUGGCAAUGCUUCUUCUAACGUGUUGCUGCCUGUGGCCAUAAAUGCAAGCAUCACUCUAACACAAAGAACUUUUUAGAUUAAGACUUGCUUUGAUUCGUAUGUAAAUCUUAAAAAAUAAAUUGAAACACGGCGAUUCACACAGGAGGUUUUUUAAAUAAAAUAUGUGUGGAAGCUCUAGCCACUUUCAUUGGGCUUUGUAAAUUGAAAUAGUUUUUCUAAAUUCUCAUGGUACACAAAUCAUGCACGCAGUGCCCGAUUUACAUAUAAGCUAAACAAGUUAUAGCUUAGGGCCUCACUCUCUUGGGGGCCCCCAAAAAAUUUAAAGGGAAAAAAACCUGGAUGUACAUUUCCAAAAUAGGGACGCAGGUGGUGCUGUAGGUUAAACCACAGAGCCUAGGACUUGCCGAUCAGAAGGUCGGCGGUUCAAAUCCCCACGAAGGGGUGAGCUCCCAUUGUUCAGUCCCUGCUCCUGCCAACCUAGCAGUUUGAAAGCACGUCAAAGUGCAAGUAGAUAAAUAGGUACCGCUCCGGCAGGAAGGUAAACGGCGUUUCCGUGUGCUGCUCUGGUUCGCCAGAAGUGGCUUACUCAUGCUGGCCACAUGACCCGGAAGCUGUACGCCGGCUCCCUUGGCCAAUAAAGCGAGAUGAGUGCUGCAACCCCAGAGUCAGCCACGACUGGACCUAAUGGUCAGGGGUCCCUUUACCUUUUACAUUUCCAAAAUACUGUAUAAGAUAAAAAAGCAAAAUAAAACCUACAUACAGCAACAGUGUUUUGUUUUGUGUAGGCUCCUAUGAUGUAAGUAAUGGGCCCCGCUUGCUAGCCUGCUCCCUAAAAUAUCACUGGUUUGCUCAUUUCUAUAUAUAGGGUGCCUACAUUCUGCAUGGACUGGUUGCAUGGCAUAUAUUCAACACAAAAACAGCGACUUUUUGUUGUUGACAAAAGACAGCUGGACAUAUAAAGGGCCCCACUACCUUCAGUAGCUAUGGGCCUCAUCAAACCUAAAUCCGGCCCUGCAUGCACACUAUACCUUUAAAGCAUAUUUCAUAGAAUCAUAGAAUUGUAGACUUGGAAGGGACCCCUAGAGUCAUCUAGUCCAAACCCCUGCAAUGCAGGAAUCUUUUGCCCAGUGUGGGGUUUUGAACCCACAAUAUCAGGCUCUACUCACUGAGCUAUCCGAGCUGUCGUAUUUGAAGCACAUUUCCCUACUCCAAUAAUUCUAGGUGCUACAGUUUGUUAAGAGUUGCUAAGAGUUGUAACUCUGUGAGGGGAAACUACAGUGCCCAGAAUUGUUUGAGGGAAAGAAUGUGGUUCAAGUGUGCUUUAAAGGUAUACGCAGGUGGAUGCAGCCUCAGUCUGACUGAAAACUCAGACUGAAAACUCAUUGACUUGGAAAAACGCCUACCUGAGACCCAGGAAACCCACUUCCCGUGAGUGUAGAUAUCACUGAUAUCGGUGGCCAAUGAUCUGAUUCACAUGAGGCAACGUUUGUGUUUCGCUGGAAAAAAACUAUACGACUGCCGGUGGCUGUCUUUGUCGUGUGAUGCAUUCUGUGCUAUGUUGUGGACAUAGAUGAGAGUUAUUAACCCACCUUCUCUUCCUCAGCCCCUUCUCUCUCCCUCCUUAAUUAAACAGCAGCAUUUAACAGCAGCAUUGCAACUAGGGCAUUGCAACAAAAGGGCGGUGUGAUAACAAAUUGAACGUUCACAUCCCAAUGGGAGCAUUUGAGACUAUGGUGCGGAUGCAUAACAGUUGGUGUGUUUCAGUGUGCAGCUCUUUUAAAUCAAAGUAUAAAAAAACUCAAAAGCAAAACUGGAGGGUUUAUUAUUAUCAUUAUUAUAAUGGUGCCACCCAGUAAGAGGGCUAUCGAUGGAGCAGCUGCUAUGUUCCUACCACUCCUCGGCUCGGUCCUUGCCGAAGUUGCUUCUGCUACUACUGCAGGCAGAAUUUUAUGGGCAGAAAUGUGUGUCCUUCAGUAGAAAGUGGGCGGGGUGGGGGAAACUGAUUGGUUUAGAGGACACGAUGGAGGUAAGCGUUCAAAUUGCUCAAGUAUAAAGUGGCCCCGUCUUGGAGAUGGCCCCAAUAUGGUACUACAGUGGUACCUCGGGUUAAGUACUUAAUUCGUUCCGGAGGUCCGUUCUUAACCUGAAACUGUUCUUAACCUGAAGCACCACUUUAGCUAAUGGGGCCUCCCGCUGUCGCCGCGCCACCAGAGCACGAUUUCUGUUCUCAUCCUGAAGCAAAGUUCUUAACCCGAGGUACUAUUUCUGGGUUAGCGGAGUCUGUAACCUGAAGCGUAUGUAACCUGAGGUACCACUGUAUUCCUAAUGUGGCUAUUCUUAACAAGAAUGUGGCGGGGUGGUAUUUCUCAAAAGUAGAAACAGUGGAAUUCUGCUCAGAACCUGAUGAAGCAAGCCCCCAAAUCUGUUCAUCCCGCCCCCCUAUUUUUAUAGGGAAUUUGACAGCAGUUCUGCCUGAGCCCUUUAACAGGAGAUGUGCAUGGUUGAAUCUGGAACAUUGUUCGUGUAGUUUCUCUUAUACCACUGAGCUUUAGUAUCAAUACUGUUUACUUACAGCUGUCUUGGAAUUCAACCCACUAGAGAUUCAGUUCUCAGUUUCAACACUCUGCUUCCACAUACAGUGGUACCUUGGGUACUUGAAUGGCUUGGCUCCCAAACAAGUCGUCUCCCAAAUGCCACAAACCCAGAAGUAAGUGGUCUGGUUUUUCGGAAGCCAAAUGUCCAGCGCGGCUUCCGAUUGAGUGCAGGAAGCUCCUGCAGCCACUUGGAAGCCACGCUUUGGUUUUCAAACCAUUUCGGGAGUCAAAUGAACUCCCGGAACAGAUUAAAUUUGACAACGAAGGUACCACUGUGCUAGAUAUAGUUUGUAUCCUGGGCUGCUAUUCACUGUUGUUGUUUAGGGUCUGCCUCACUCACAUAAAUCCCCUGCCCUACCGGGUGACUGAAUAGAAUCAUAAAAUGGUAGAGUUGAAAGGAACCCUAAGAGGCAUCUAGUCCAUCCCCUUGCAAUUCAGGAAUUUCACCUAAAGCAUCCAUAACAGAUGGGCAUUCAACCUUUGCUUUAAACCUCCAAAGAAGGAGAAUCCACCACUGUCCUAGGGAGUCCGUUCCACUGUUGGACAGCUCUUACCAUCAGGAUGUUCUUCCCGGCUGGACUGAAUCCACACAUCCCAACUGAAGCAGAUUCUGAAUCUUAUCAGGCCAAUUGUGUUGACUAGAAGAACGCACACAGGCUGCGCUGUUGGUGCCAAGUCUGUUAUAGAGGCCUUUACUGAAGUGGUUUAUAGCUGCCUUUGAGACAGUCAAGCCAUUGGCAUGGAUCGGAUGAUUCUGUGACCACUCAGGCAAAUAACUUGCUAUUCAGUUCAGCACUCUGGCAAUUUCACCUUCACCAUCCUAGAAAACUGGUUGGUUACUUUGUCCCUGCUGAAGUUUUGGAAGCUGGGAUAGGGAAAAGCAAGGCUUUGAGCCACUUUUCGCUUCAUGACUAGCACAGACAGAGGCAGGCUGCAGACAUUGCGAGCUCUCCCUGCUCACUAAGCCCUGCUAUCUCUCCAGCUUCUGACACCUCCUCCUUCUGGUCUUCUCCCUCUGACCACUCAUGGUUGUCCCACCACCACUUUCUGGGCUCUGAGCCUUUUCCCCUUGGGGGUUCCCCAGUUGGUUCCUCCCACCAUUCCUCUACGUCCAACCAAUCCAAGACAUGGUGACAAUGUUAUUCCAUACCAUUCCUCACUGAAACUCCUCCUUUUCUGUGCAGCCUUAUAUCUCUGGGGGUGAUUAACCUUAGUCAAAGGAUCUGUGAAUCACAGAGGCAGGCACCUGGGCAAACUUAAUAAUAGCCUCUCCUCCAAACCCAUGGCAGAGAAGCGAUGGGGUGUUGGUGGUACUGCUGAGCUCCCUAGUAGUGGGGUGUUCAAGGUGUACUGCUGUCCAAUCCUGCCUCACUCUCCUUACCAGUGUACAAGCCAACCCUGGAGCUGGCUUUACUUUCCAUUGACUCUUAGCACUUUUAACAUGUUCUAAUUAAUUCCAUUGAAAGAGCCAGUCUUUAAGCUUUGGUUGUGCUUCAGGCUUGCACCUCUCUCUCUCUCUCUCUCUCUCUCUCUCUCUCUCUCUCUUUUGCUGGAGAUCCACGCUAAACAGGUGACAGCUCACACUUCUGCAGCCAAACCAUAAAAUGUAGGGCAAAAACUCCCUCCCUUUUUUUCUUAUUAAAGAAAAAGCCCCUGUGUACUCGGGGAAAGUUGGGAGGAGAGAGAGUGUGACAUUCAUGAGCUACUUCCCAGAUAACAGCUGAUAAUAGUUCUAUGGACAGACUGCUGGGAACGAAGGAGCUUAGCAGAGGCAUAAUGUGAGAAAUCAGGUGAGUUUUAAUCAGCUCAGGAGCACUGCGCAGUCCCAUGGGGAGGAAAUGGGAACUGGAACUGGGUAGCCUGAAACAAAAAAGCAAUGAAAAAUGAACCUGAGAGCAAAAGAUACAAGCUUCUCUUUUGCCAAGGGAAAGCAAUAUGCUAGCGGUUCUGUUUAAAGCCUGCCCGAAUGAACCCAGGGCAGUGAAAUCUCCCGUCUGCGUUGCUAUUCUUUAAUAGACCAUUGCCUAUUACUUUCUUAUUUUAAGGCCCUUUUGUAUUGUUUUGCUUAAAAACGCAUAUAAAAUGGACACUGGAGAUCUUGGUUACAAGAGAACCAGAGAGUUAUCUUGGGAAUGGCUUUCAAAACCCUUGAGUCCAAAUACAGAAGGAUGAUAUAUAAAUCUAAAUAAUAAUAAUAAUACACAAUCCAGAACAAGGAAAUGGACUUAAAGGGGCUUAGCAGGAUAGAAAGUGUGCUGUGGAGCAAGGGAUUUGAUGUGGUUCUCCCACUAUCUAUUCUGACAAGGUUUGCAUAAUUUUUCUCUGGAGUGGAGAACUGGGGAUUGCAAAGAACCAAGAGGUUAAUACUAUAGUCAUGUACGGUCGCUUUGUGCAGAUCCUACAGACUUGGGGCUUGUCUCCAAGGGACAUUCUCACGGGUCUAGUUUGGUGCGUUAACACUUAGCGAGGGAAGCAGUACCAAUGUUCCCCUAAAGAAAAAAAGGUGCCUGCUAUGGGGACAGGGUUUCCAAUGGUAGGAUCGUUCCCUCUGGGAGGGCUGCUCCCCAUCUUGAGUGGCAAUGGUCAUGGGGCAUCUAUGCUAGCCACUCAUAGGAACUAAUUGCGUAGGUUGUGGUUGGAUGAAUGAGAACAUCUAAUCCUGGAACACAGAAUUCCUGUGCCAACAUAGAUUAUUUCAGCCGGAACUGGACUUUAGCAGUUUUUCACUGUGUUCCUUUUCUUGCCGAAUGCUCGUUUCUUGCCAAAUGCUCGUUCUUGCCAAAUGCAGUGUGGGCUGGAGGCUAAGAGCAGCUCUGGAUUCAGUGUGUGUGCCCAGCAGAGAGUCAUGGCCAGUAUUAACUCCCUGGAACUUGUACAGUGGUGCCUCGCAAGACGAAAUUAAUCCGUUCCGCGAGUGUCUUCGUCUAGCGGUUUUUUCGUCUUGCGAAGCAACCCUAUUAGCGGCUUAGCGGAUUAGCGCUAUUAGCGGUUUAGCGGCUAUUAAAGGCUUAGCGGCUUAGCUGCUAAAAGGCUAUUAGUGGCUUAGCGGCUUAGAAAAAGGGGGGGGGGAGCGAAAAAAAAUCUCAAGACUCGCAAGACAUUUUCGUCUUGCGAAGCAAGCCCAUAAGGAAAUUCGUCCUGCGAAGCAACUCAAAAACGGAAAACCCUUUCGUCUAGCGGGUUUUCCGUCUUGCGAGGCAUUCGUCUUGCGGGGCACCACUGUACUAUAUUUGUCCCUUCCUAUAAGUCUCUCUCUCCCUCUCUCCCUCGUUCACAUGCACACACACAUACUCUCAAAACAUAUUUUUAGUUGUAUACAUAAAACCUUAAAAUAGGAACAAUAGGAGGCUGACCAGGCUGCAUGUACUGAAUCAGUCUGUUGGCUCUUCUAGCUCAGUAUUGUCCACAUCAGGGAUGGAGGACCUGGCGCCUUUAAGAUUUUGUUGGACUCCCAACUCCCAUCAGCCCCAGCCAGCAUGUCCAGUGGUCAAGGGUGAUGGGUGUUGUAAUCCAGUGACAUCUGGAGGACCACAGUUUCCCCAUCUCUGACAUAGACGAUAGACCUUGUAAUAAUAGCCUUGGGCUCUGUGGAUGCACCUAGUUCUUUCUACUUUAUAAACCUACACAUUUUGAAAAGGUGCCUUAGAUUUUUAUGUCUCCAAAUAGCUUUUUAAUCAAGCAGAAGAAAGAAGAGUAAUAGCUGGAUUUACUGUUUGAAUCAGUUGAGAGCCAGCAUGGUUCCAUGAGUAGAACUUUCAUCCUGACUUCUGUCCAAGUCGAGCAUAUAUCCUUGGUAGGUGAUUCUGAGUGGGUUCCUAGCAGCUUUGCCUUCCCCUGGCUUCCAACUGGAUCUAGUAGUUAAGUUCACGGAUACAUUCCUGGUUAGAGACUGGAAGUGUGGAGGGGGAUACUUUUGAGGCAGAUAUGGGACAGGAUGAACCCACUGAAAAUUUUGAUGAUGUAGGUCUGGCAAUAAUUUAACAUUGGUCUUAAUUGGAGCACAAAAACUGAGUACUUUUCUCCCCCAGGAUACUUCCAAAGUACCUAGAAGCUGGUACUAGAUGUGCGUCUUCCUCAGCUUAUAUUCUGCAACUCAGAGGUCCACUGGCUUUCCCAAACUUGAGUCUCCAACUGUUGUUGGACUACAACUCCCAUCCUAGAUCUUUGAAAGCCUGGGGAAGUUAAAAGGCACCCAAAAUAAAGGCGCGUCAGGAAGGGGCCAGGCCAGUCUCUCUGGGAGCGCAUUCAGUAACUGUGCUGCUGCCAGACACUGGCUGCAGGAGACAAGCCUCCACUGUCAGAGAGUUUUGGUUCAACAGCUCAUCACCAGGAUGUCCUGGGUUGCAGAAGUUUACAUGUAUAUCCUUUUCUACUGUCUAUUGUACAACCAGCUACGCAAAUGCGUGCUAUUCCCUUUUCUGGGUAGUCUAACAUCACGACACAAUGAAAAUAUCAGGUUCUAUCUGUUUGACAUUAACCCGGAAGUAACUGCAAGGGUGGCUGAGUUUUUGUCAAUAGUAUCUCUUAGAGUGGUGAAUGGCACUAUUUAGUGGGAAGAAAACCCAAUGAAAAGCUUCGUCAUUAUAUAUUUUACAUGGCUGUUUAUUUGUAUAUAUUUUAAAAUUUUAUAUAUGGAUGUUUUAUGGCAUUUCCAUGCGCUGCUCUGGUUUUGCCAGAAGCGGCUUAGUCAUGCUGGCCACAUGACCUGGGGGGGGGGGGACUGUCUGCGGAAGCGGACAAAUGCCAGCUCCCUUGGCCUUUAAAGUGAGAUGAGCGCUGCAACCCCAGAGUCGCUCGCAACUGGACUUAAUUAUCAGGGGUCCCUUUACCUUACACUUGUAAUGCCUAUUAAAAGUUUGGCGUAGUAAGUAGUUUGAAUGUGGCAGAUCCUGCUCCCAGCUAGCCCUGCAGAGGCAGUACAGUGGUACCUCGGGUUAAGAACUUAAUUCAUUCUGGAGGUCCGUUCUUAACCUGAAACUGUUCUUAACCUUAGGUACCACUUUAGCUAAUGGGGCCUCCUGCUGCCACCGUGCUGCCGGAGCACGAUUUCUGUUCUCAUCCUGAAGCAAAGUUCUUAACCCGAAGUACUAUUUCUGGGCUAGCGGAGUCUGUAACCUGAAGUGUAUGUAACCUGAAGCGUAUGUAACCCGAGGUACCACUGUAGUUGGAAGGGACCCAGUGGUUCCUUCUUCCGUUGCUGUAUGACAGCACAGCAACCAUCAAGUAGCAAGAGGAACCCAGUAUUUAAUUAAAAUACGUCCUCUUCAGUCAAGGGGCUCAAGGUGACUGCCAGCCAACUUAAACAAUGAGACAUUAGCACAUCCUAAGCAUAACUUCCACAGCACAAUCAGCAUGGUGGAGGAAUCGGAUCAGCAAGUUCAAAGGCGCAGUGCAGGUCAUCAAGCCAGCCUUCCCCGAAAUGCUCUGCAAAAAAGAGCUUGAGGGAAGGACAUUGGUGGCAGUUCCAGGGAGGCCUCCCAUGGGAAGACAUUCCAUCACUGUGGUGCCAUGGUUCAUCAAGCCCAUCUCUGCCUGAUCCUGACCUCACGCCUUGGGCUUCUGACCCGGAUCUCGGUAUCAAAGGUGGAGGAAGAUCAGGAGCAAAUGCCAGCUCUGGGUUUCGGAGGACCCUGCUACAGAACACCCUUGGGUCAUAGAAUCAUAGAAUUGUAGAGUUGGAAGGGACCCAAUGGGCCAUCUAGCCCAACGCUUUGCAAUGCAGGAAUCUCAGCUAAAGCAUCCAUGACCGAUGACCAUCCAGCUUCUGCUUAAAAACCUCCAAGGAAGGAGAGUCCAGAACCUCCCGAGGGGUCCCUGCUGCCUCUCCUCAGAGUCUCCCUUCUUGCUGCCUCUCUUCCUUGUCAUGGCUCCCACCUGCUUGCAUGCCACUCUCUGCCCAUUUGUUCAUUUGCUUGUUGCCCCUGGCAUCUAUAUAGUGGGCUCUUCAUUUAAACUGUUUGUCCACUUCUCUCCUAAAGCACCUGGUGGUUCGUGAAGGCUUCUAAGAGAGCUCAGUGGAGGUAUGCUAUCCAGAGACAACUUGGGGCUGGCUUAGGGAAAUAUCAAGGGGUCAAUUGCACCCCCACCUGACCAGCAGGUGUGCCCUAGGUUUUCCUGAGAACCCACACAGCCUCUGAAGAACUGUAGCUCAGAUGGGAAGGGCACUUUACUAUACUUGCAGAAAGUCUCUGGCAUAUCCAGGUUGGGCUGUUAACGACCUCUAUCUGAAACCCUGGAGAGCUCCUUCUAGUGCAUAUAAACUGAGCUGGACAGACCAAUGACCUGGGAUAGCUCAGCAGGUAGAGCAUGGUACUCGUAAUCCCAGAGUUGUGGGUUCGAGCCCCACAUGGGGCAAAAUAUUCCUUCAUGGCAGGGGGUUGGACUAGAUGACCCUCGUGAUCCCUUCCAAUUCUACGAUUCUAUAUUCUGAUUCUGUAUAAGGCAGCUUCCUAUGUUCACAUGAUAAUCUACGCUGGACACCAGUAAAUGCUAACUGAUCUCCUCAAAACCCAUAAGCGCCAAACUGAAAGCGAUGCCAUGAAUAAAAAUUUGCUGAGGCUCGCUACCAAAAUAGAAUGUUUUCAGGAAGAGGUGCAGUUUUUCCAUAUUCAUUAGACAGGAGCCUUUGGACUUGCUUUUUAUCUAAUCAUUCUGGGCUGAUUUUUCCUUUUUUUAAAAAUGCUUCUUGAAGGUAAGAGUGUUAGGCCUCUUUACCCACUUCCCCAAGUGCUCUGUUUCUCUACAGACACUUGCUUGGAAAGUUAAUUACUCUAUUCUCUUUACAGUGACCUUGACGGUUGCUUCGUAUCUGAAAGGAAUGGCAUUUGGGUUUUCUAAUUUAGAAGCACAAAAGCGGGUGAGAGAAGACAGGACUAGUACCUGAUUCACUCUGUGAAAAGAGCCACUCAUGUUAAAUUUAUGGGCUGCUGAACCUGGAACCAAAGAUAACAUUAUUGGGCUUAUGCAUUAAUUAUGAUUAAUGGGACAACAGGAAUAUCAUUUGGGUCACAUCAUGUAUAUAUUUUAUUUAUUUCCAUGUUAGAAUUUCACAGAAUUGCAACAAAAUACAUUAUUUUUCCAGGCGCUUUCUUAAACGGCUUGUAAAUUACUGUUUGAUUUUUUUUGAGCAUGCAUAUAUUUUCCUCCAGUCUUCCCAGGUCCACUGUGACAGGAUGUCAGAAGAAACAGGACUUCCCUAACAGAGUUUAUAGAACUGGCAAAAUUAACUGCGGUAAUAAGAUAUCAAACACACCAGAAAUUAAGGGCACAGUGGUUAUGGUUCAAAGAAUAUAUGAACAAACACUGCUCUAAAGAUAACAUGCUGAUAUGUUUAGACUAAGCUUGUAAGGUGACUUGAUGUUAUACCAUAAUAGUACGAUAAAAGAAUUACAGUGAUAAAUAAUAUGCAAUGUAAAUAAGAACUUAAAUGACUCAAAGAUGAAGAGUGCUGGUGGAGGGGAGUCCAAUGGGUGUGUGUACUUUAUUGUUUGUUUGUUUGUUUGUUUGUUUGUUUGUUUGUAAAUAUGCUUAAAUAAAACAUUUAAAAAUGUGUGUGUGUGUGUGAGAGAGAAACAGGACUUCCAGUUUUCUCAUAUUUCCUUCCAUCUUCUGAUGGCACCUUUUUGUCAUUCAGGAGAUUAUGGAACUCCUCAGAUCAGGAAAUCUCAUUAAAAGAGGAGGAAGAGCUGCUAUUUGCACAUGUGGCUGUUAAGGAGAGACAAAACAGAAGGCAAAUGGAAUGAUUCUUCCACGCCCCCAUUGCUUUACACAUAUAUCUCUGUUCCUUAUCUGAGACCCAUUUUAGAUGUUGCAAUAAAGAGGAACAAUGAGGAGUGCAACUGAAUUACUUCCCGUUUCCUUCUUUUCCACCCCAUAAAAAGAGGCACAAGGUGUACCCACCUUGCACAUUUUUAAGGCAUGAAAAAGUGCCCGCUUUUACAUUGGUAAGUAGGAGUCACAAUUUUUUUUUUAAUAUGCUUUUUAUUAAAUUUUCAUUUUAGAUACACCAACACCAACAAACAAAUAUAUCAAAUCUUUUUACAUCUAUCUUACUUUAUGCUCCAUAGAGCCAUUGACUUCCCUCCUUCCCUUCCGCAGGUUUUCUUAUUCCAAUCUUCAGUUCACAGUUUCAUUAGUAAAAGACUAAACCAUGACCUAAGAUUUAUUUCAGUCCUGCUAACGUCUUCAAAUUUCUACAGGUCUCACUUAUAUAGACCAUAAAUUUACUCCAUUCUUUUUGGUACCUUGUUUCCUCCUGACUGCGAAUCCUGUGUGUCAGUUUUGCUAGUUCUGCGUACUCGACCAACUUCGUCUGCCACUCCUUUACAGUCGGUAUCUCCUGUGUUUUCCACUUUGGGGCUAUCAGAACUCUGGCUGCUGUCGUAGCAUACAUGUAUAGUCUUUGGUCCGUCUUCUUAAUACCCUCUCCUAUCAAACCUAGCAGUAGUUCUUCAGGCUUUUUGGGGAAAGUAUAUUUAAGCAUCCUUUUAAAUUCAUUACAGAUCAAUUCCCAAAACUCUUUCAUUUUAUCACAUGUCCACCACAUGUGGUAAAAAUCACCGUCCUUUGAGUCACAAAAUUUCAUUGGCUUUCACCCAGAGUGUCGUCUGAAGGAACACAAGGCCACUGCCUUGCUGAAAUUAAGCAGGUCUGGGGUUUGGUCACUGCACUGGCAGAACGUGUUUUCAUGGCGCCAAGGGUGUGGAGGGCAAACAGAGCCCACCGCGAGCCAGCCCAGCCCUGACGCCAACAGACACACAACACUAUCAAACCUAUAGUUACGUAAAUCCAACUAACAAUAACACCCACAACGUAACUGGCUGUGUUUAACUAUAUGAAUUCUUUAUACAUCAUAUAAACAUACCUCUUUUCACAUUAUCAAAUUAAGUAGAAGCAAUUAAAGACCAACAUUUUGAACAGGAAAUACAAAUAGAUCAGUUCUUAUAUACGUAAUGUCCAAAUAGAAGCUUUUUUGUGUUCCAUGUAUGUCUUUACGAAUACAAGUGUCAGAUGCAACAACUUUAAGAAGCAGUACUUGCGGCGCUGUGGGUUAAACCACAGAGCCUAGGACUUGCCGAUCAGAAGGUCGGCGGUUUGAAUCCCCGCGAUGGGGUGAGCUCCCGUUGCUUGGUCCCUGCUCCUGCCAACCUAGCAGUUCGAAAGCAUGUCAAAGUGCAAGUAGAUAAAUAGGUACCGCUCCGGCGGGAAGGUAAACGCCGUUUCCGUGCGCUGCUCUGGUUCGCCAGACGUGGCUUAGUCAUGCUGGCCACAUGACCCGGAAGCUGUACGCCGGCUCCCUCGGCCAAUAGAGCGAGAUGAGCGCCCCAACCCCAGAGUCAGUCACGACUGGACCUAAUGGUCAGGGGUCCCUUUACCUUUACCUUUACUUGCAGAAAAUGAACUUGUUCUUUGUAAUGUUCCACAUAUGUAUUUGCAAAGUAUAGUUGUUGUAUGCAGGUAUCAGACGAAAGAACUUAAGAUAAGGAUUCCUGGAAUAAUACCUUGUUUCGCCCUGCCAGGCUUCGUCAGCCGUGCAUACUCUAAAUAAUACAGAUAAACAUAAUAAUGUAGGUUUUUUUUAACAAAUUAGGAAAGAAAACAUAUAACACGCAUAUUGAACAAUGGAUCUACGUACCAUAUUUUGUGUAUCAGAGACAUGGAACAGGUGACAUGUCGGAUUCUGCAGUAAACAAUCAGUAAUCCCAUGUUUGCUUUUAUAGAGAGACACAGUGUUAAUUCUAGUUACAGGUGGCAGCAAUCUACAGCAGACACCAACAGAGAAACACCAUUCCUGAGCCACUUUGCGACACUGGAAUGAUCCUCAUCUCGCAAAGCAGCACAGGGCUGGCUCGGGGGGGGGGGCAGCAUGAACAGCACACUCCCCAGAAAAAUGACCCAGGGUAAUCGCCCUGGCAGCCCCUCACCAUGCUACGUUCCUGGGUUACUACUUGAAUGGAAAGCUCCCUCUCCCCCAACCAAGUUCCAUGAUAGAUGAAAAGUAGGAUAUCAGUGUAAGAAAAUUAAUCAGUUUUAAAUUAACCACAUAAUCACCCUUAAUCACUCAGAGGUACAGGAAAAUUUUGAUUUGGUCCACAUUAAAAGACAAAUGUACCUACCUCACACUUUCCAAAACAGUAUGAGAACCGAAACACAACCAUUAUUUGAAAUUUGCUCUUCUCCAAAGUUUGCAGUGCAGUUCUUCGGACAAGCACUGUGUAAAAAAAUGCACUUACUAGAGUAAACUCUGCACAAUUCAAAGUGUUGGUGCUGACCAUUAGAACCCUAAAUGGCCUGGUCCAGGAUACCUGAAGGAGCGUCUCCACCCCCAUUGUCCAACCCUGACACUGAGGUCCAGCUCCGAGGGCCUUCUGGCGGUUCCCUCGCUGCGAGAAGCCAAGUUUUAGGGAACCAGGCAGAGUGGCACCCACCCUGUGGAACACCCUCCCACCAGAUGUCAAAGAGAAAAACAACUACCAGACUUUUAGAAGACAUCUGAACGCAGCCUUGUUUAGGGAAGCUUUUAAUGUUUAACAGACCAUUGUAUUUUAAUAUUUUGUUGGAAGCUGCCCAGAGUGGCUGGGGAAACCCAGCCAGAUGGGCAGGGUAUAAAUAAUAAAUUAUUAUUAUUAUUAUUAUUAUUAUUAUUAUUAUUAUUAUUAUUUACUAUUUUGGCAAAAGGAACAUAACAAAAUGCUUAGUAUUAAGGAUAAUUUGUUUGCGAUAAAUUGUUCAUUAGGCAAAGUUGCAUAGAAAAAAUGUGUAUAUUGAGACAAAUUUGCACCGGAAUGCUGAUGAAUUUUAAGGAGGACUGCCUUUUUAAAAAAUUGCAAACUAAUGUGAAAAUGUGAAGCACUAAACUUGAGAUUGUAAAAAUGAUUUGCCCAUCACUACCCUAUGUAAAUUUCAACACUUUCCUAAGAUUUUGUUUGUUUGUCCAGGUUUUCCAUCAGGAUUUCCACUUGCUCACAGUGAAGAGCCAACAAACAGAGAUGCCAUUUCUGCAAAACGAAAAGAUGGAACUUCACCUUGCUGCAGCGUCAGGCUCCAUCCUCCCCAACUUCUUCAAUAUCAGUAGGUUUUCUUUGUGGCCUUUAAAACAAACAAAUAUAUUUUAUAUCCUCACAGGUGGAGUUGGAAUGUUAAAGAAGUCCACAUUUAAUGCAGUGGAUCAUGUCCUUAUUCAAUCUGUAUUUUCACAAAAGCAAACUCCUUAAUGAAAAUUUGACACACCUUAAGUCCUAUUUAAACAAAAUUGUCAGUUUGGGCAUAAUGCACUGCUUUCUUUAUGCAUGCUGAUGGCUGCAUAAUUAUGCUGUGAUAAUAGCAAUUAUUUCCAACUGUUGGUGGAAAACAUGUACAGUUUAAACGCUGCAGGGUGUGCUUACUGGGUGUUUGGGCAAGCUUUCUGAUAAGAUUACCUAAUGAACAAGAUGGGCCGAAAAAUGGGGAGAUGAGAGGUGGGACUUGGUGCGGAGGAAAUAAAUCUGAUUGGUUGAGAUGCAGUUACCAUUCUAACUAGGCUUGUGCAUGUUUUUGCCAUUUUGCAAGCCACACUGGCAAAAAGGAUCAAGGAACUGGAAGAGUUGAGCAAGAAUCACUUGACAGGAAAAUGGAAUGAUGGAGACAAACCAUUUUCUGCUUCUGCAUCUUUAAAAAAGCACAAACUCAUGGUUAGAAUGCUACUGCAAAGCAAUCCUUCAUGCAGCAUUUGAUUUAUUUGUGGGGAUGUUAGACAAUGUUGCAUCAAAACAGCAUUUAAUCAUAUAUGGAAUUUAUACAGUGCUUUAGAGCAGGGAUUUUUGAUGUAAUAAGGUUAACAGUGAUGUGAAUGAGCAGAUUUUUCCUUUUUUGAAAGAAGUAAAUAAACAUGACAUGCUCAUUUGGAUGUUUUCCUCCUUAAAUUAGGUGUUCUCAUUAUUUGCUUUUGGAAGCUUCUUCCUGUGAGUAAAAGCCUGCAUUAUUUAAAUAGAUUAAAAAUGCAUAGCAGAUGUACAGCACUGGCGUUAAUGCAAGGCUGGCCAUCUCUGCAGCCUGCCUGCUUCACAGUCUUGAUUUUUGCCUGAUUUUACAUGGUGAUGCACAUUGAACAUUACUUAUUCCCGUGCUUUAUUCCGGCUCAGAAGCAUGAAGAAUUCAGGCAUGGCAGGCAUAUAGUUACAUCGUUAAAAGAAAAAGGGAAGAGUAAUAUUUAGUAGAACAUCGCUAGAUUUAACUGCGGCAGCUCUCUAGCAAGAGCUGCUAUUGGUGUGAUACACCCAUAAUAAUUGCAGUAAAAAUGAAUGCUGUUCGGUGUUGUUUAUUUGACAACACUGAUGUGUGUGUGUGUGUGUGUGUGUGUGUGCGCGCGCGUGUGUUUCCUAGUAUGUCAGGCCUUGCAAAUAAGUCUACAAAGUACCUAGCCCAACAAAUAUUCCAACUUGUACCAUCCAACACAUACUGAUACUAACUGUUUGUCUGCUGGGCUGUAGCUCCUUAGUAAGAGCCUGAGCUUUGCAUGUAAAAAGUCCCCAGGUUCCAUCCCUGGCAACUCCAGGUAAGAUUGGAAAAUGCUUCCUACCUGAAACCUUGGAAAGCCACUGCCAUCCAGUGUAGAGCAGGGGUGCGGAGCCUAAGCCUGGUGGGUGUGGAAGGAGAAUAAAUGCGGACCUCCAGCCCUUUCUGUCUGGCCCUCAGGGCUUUCCUCAGGCCACACCCAUAUUCCCAGGCUGUGCCCCUCAACAGCCUUGCUCUGAUCUAUCCUCAAGUGUUUUACGCCUGGAUGGGAUGAUUCUUUGCACUGCCCCUUAACCUGUCUGUGUGGAGGAUAGAGAUAAGUGUGGGGGUGUAAGUGAAGACAUCUGCAUACCUGGAAAAUAGUCUGCUGCACAAAAGCUAGGAGUCACACCUGUUCCUGCAUUCCCUUUUGCAUUUUGCCCUGCCCAUAUAACACUGGUCCUGAAAGACCUACAUUGGCUCCCAGUGCAUUUCCAAGCACAAUUCAGAGUGUUGGUGCUGAUCUUUAAAGCCCUAAACACCCUCGGCCCAGUAGACCUGAAGGAGCGUCUCCACCCCCAUUAUUCAGCCCGGACACUGAAGUCCAGCUCCGAUGGCCUUCUGGCGGUUCCCUGAUUGCAAGAGGUGAGGUUACAGGAAACCAGGCAGAGGGCCUUCUCGGUGGUGGCGCCCACCCUGUGGAACACCCUCCCAUCAGAUGUCAAGGAAAUAAUCAACUAUCUGACUUUUAGAAGACAUCUGAAGGCAACCCUGUUUAGGGAAGUUUUUAGUGUUUGUUUUAUCAUAUUUUUAUAUUCUGUUGGGAACCGCCCAGAGUGACUGGGGAAACCCAGCCAGAUGGGCGGGGUGUAAAUUAUUAUUAUUAUUAUUAUUAUUAUCCCCACCAUUGGCAUGUGUCCACUGGAAAGGUUCUCCGUGGGGAAAGAGCAUUCCUCAGGCUGUUGAGAGGCACCCUGGGAUAGACAAUAUAGAGCUUGAUAAACACAGAGACAGCUACCUGUGUUUCUAGAACUCUGAGGCAGAGGUCACAUUUCUUUUACAUUAGUCAUGAAAAACCUGAUUUGUUUUCCUGAAUUGCGUCUUAAUUGCAUUCUAAUUGACCCAGGUUAGCAAAGACAUGCUUUCAGGCACGAGGGAGUGGUGUUUCAUAGCUUUGCGGCCAUGUUGUUUAGAGCAACCUUGCACUCCAGAUCGCAGGCAGGGAAUUUAAUUUCCUUAAAGUCAGUAGAACUGUGACAACAGUGGUGGUAGAAUCUGGAUACUACAGUGGUACCUCAGGUUACAAACGCCUCGGGUUGCAAACACUUCGGGUUACAGACUCUGCUAACCUCGGGUUAAGAACUUUGCCCCAGGAUGAAAACAGAAAUUGUGCGCCAGCAGCAAGGCGGCAGCAGGAGACCCCAUUAAUUAAAGUGGUACCUCAGGUUAAGAACGGUUUCAGGUUAAGAACGGACCUCUGGAAUGAAUUAAAUACGUAACCAGAGGUACCACUGUACACUUGUCUUCAGAGGCAUCAUACUCAAAGCAUCCUGCCACCUAUUUUUCAAAUGGAUAGAGCCUAUGAGUUCACUCUGUGCAGCUAGGCAAUUAUCACCAGUAUUACACUGAAUUACACUGAGCACAUGUAUGCCGUGCCAUAAGGUGGGCCAUGACAAUUCAAGAAGCCUAUCUUACUCUUACACGUGAGCAAAGCCAUCUUUUGUGCGGAAGCUGUGAUACAUUUCUCCUGCCUAACUCAGCAAGCUCCACCGCGCUCCUUCCUAACAGAAUACUGGAAAGGCGUUAGCAAUUUACGGAAAGGUAGAAUCAAGGAGGUGGGGGAGUAGCGCAGCAUAAUAUUUCUGUAACGCUGUUGAUUUAUGGAGGGUUCAAUGAUUGUGUGCAGCCCUAACUUCAUACACAGUGUGGCCCUACAUGAGAUUUAUGAUGGAUGUUUUUCUCACGUAAGGUGAUAGACAACGUAUGCCGAUGGCUUAGCUUAUUUAGUUAAUAGUUUUUAUCUGGCAUAAGCUGCCGUCCGUAGAAAGCAUACCCUGUGUAAUUGACAUGCAUUGUAGUGACUAACUUGCAGCAUUACUCAUGGGUGUCACGGCCGAGAUGCUCUUCUGUCAACAGCAGUUGCAACAUAUUAACGAGGCGCAGCAAGAGGAGCUACAGGUGUAAAUCAGGCCUGUCAAGCAUUGUCUGGGCCAUUUUGUAAUCAAUGGUUUAUUUAUUACUGCUCCCUCCCCAAAUCGAAAACCGUACAAGCAAGAAGUCAUGACUGGACUCCAGUAUUUCAGGGGAAUCAAUGGAAUUAAUCAUCAGCAUUUUCCAUCCGAUAUUGAAUCAGCUCAGGUACUGGAAUGAUAAAUGACUUUAUUAUCUGGAUGGAAUCAACAUGAAAUGAUAACCCAGGCUUGGUAUUAAAAAUACUUUCGAUUUCUCUACACCCAAAGCUUACAUUCUUCGAUAAUGCUCUUCUACCCACCCCCACCCCCCUUUCCCCUAGUAGCUGUCUGGAGAAAAUGAAAUAAAAUUAAACACUGAAAUGAUUGGAUCUCAUGCAAUAAGCACAAAGAACUUAUAGUAGUGGUAGUAGUAGUAAGUGGUGUAAGGGAUGUUAGGGGAGGGGUAGUAUGGGGCACACAUACUCCUUCUGGAGUAGUUUGUCCACCUUUGGUCCCCACUCUGUACUCAGCUAUCACCUGUGGGUCCUAGAAGCUGUCAGCAUGCGACAGUGGUCACACCCCAGGAAAUGGUUUUGAUUGGCUGGCUAAACCAGGUGAAGAUAGCUGAUGGGUCUCAAACCCUUGGUGAGUUAGGGACUUCCCUACAUAGACAGGCUCCUGCAGAUUGAGCGGACUAGACCAAGAGUGGGUCCAAAGGUCAAGAAGGUGGUUUCUGCACGUGCUGUAGAGGGAAGUGAGGGGCAGAUGAGGCUUGUCAACCUGGGAAGAUAGCCUAUCUAGGAGAAGGAGAACUCUGAUCCUCAACCUCCGCUGCCUUGCAGAGUAUCUUCUGGAGAAGAAAAGGCUCAGUAAGACCUACACAAAUCCAGAGUGGUUGGAUGGUGUCUUGUCUGCCUCCCUCUGGCAGCUCCUGCAGCCAAGCUGGUGCCAAAUGUAUUGUUCUGCUAUCCUUUGGACCACAUUAGCGAGGCCGAGAGGGGGGUCUUGUCAUCUGGGCAGCCCAGGACCUCCUUUGAGGAAGGUCUGAAUGAAGGGUGGGAUAUGGCUCAGCAGGAUUCCACUCUGUUAUUUUGCAAACUCACCCCACUUACCUGGGGGUAAGCCCCAUUGAAUUCAAUAGGGCUUACUUUUUAUUUAUUUUUAGUUAAAAACACAUUUAUUCAAUAGUUACACUUCAGCUUUGUCCACUGCCAUAAUACCACAGAACAAUCACUCCAGUCGCUUACUUUUGAGUAGACGUGGUUAGGCUUGUGCUGUUAAUUGCUACUUUAAACACGAUCAAGAAAAUAGAGUAAUAAAAAAGGGUCAGAGUUAUGCAAGGGAGGGGGGAGUAUUGUUGCGAAAAUCAAAGAGAUUGAAAUGCCACUAUCCAGACAAUAGAAUUCAGAAGUGCCAGCUGAAAGCGAACACCAAGAUCCAUUGGUAUUAGAGGAAGCUGCUGGAAAAGAAAGCCAGGAAGUAAUUAUUCUGGUUUAAUAGAAGAUGAAGUAUAACUGUCUCCUCUGGACACUAUAGAGUCAUUGCAGUCUGACUAAAUUCCAUCUAUUUGGUGGAGCCAUAUCACUAAUCAGGAGGGAAGCUGUGUGACAGCUCGCUCUAAUGAAGUUUGUGUCAUUUUAGCAAGAUAAAUGGCUGUGGUUCAACCAGGCACCAUUCAGUUAACUCUCCGGCUGCACAAACGGCUCUAUAAUGUUCUCUUCAGUGCACAAAGAGGACAUAGAUUUGCCACGUUCCAAACCUCAGCAUCGCAGAGGGAACAAAAAGCUGUUGCCUCUCUGUCCAUUUCGAAUCUAACCUUUUUAUAAAGCACAUUUUCCGUGGCUGGCCGGUUGAAUUGGUUUCUCAAGUGACGGGAGCAAUCUCUGGCAGUUAACUGUCCCCCACCCGUAAGGAAGCAAUUGUUUUGUAACAGAACUGUCUGAAAGGAUUUCCCCACCAAUCCCCACUCUCCUUAAAGCAAAUGUUUAGGAUCAACAAGAUUUAAGUUCAUGCAGGUGUACUGGCAAAUCUGCUCCAGUCUCAAACCUGGUCGCUAGGCACUUCCUUCUCUGAAAAUGCUGAAGAUCAAGGGAUGAUAAUAAAGUGUGUUUUGCAGAGAAAGCCGACACGUUGUGCAUAGGACAUUUCCUCUCCAAGACAUUCAGAUGUAUUACUGCAUUGGCACAGUGUGCUUUCAUCCAUCUUCAGGCACAGGUGUGACUUCCAGCACCCGUAUCUUAAGAAUAAUGCAAAAACUGCCUCGGAGGAGAAUUGUUAAAUGGUUGCCAUCUGCUGGAUUUAUAUUAGCACAAUUAGCCAUCUCCCCCUGUUUCCUUCUUCUUUUCCUUUUUUUUUUUGCUCCACCCAACCCAUUUUAAAGCCCAGAAGGGCAAUGGCAGGUAGAAAAGCUCAACAGCCUAACAGACUCAGCUGUGAUUCAGUCAUAGAAUCAUAGAACUGCAGAGCUGGAAGGGACACUGACAGUUACCUAGUCCAACCUCCUGCAAUGCAGGAAUUUCAGCUAAUGCAUCUCUGACAGGUAGCCAUCCAACCUCUGCUUAAAAAACUCACAAGGAAGGAGAGUCCACCACCUCUUAUAGGAGUCCAUUCCACUGUUGAACAGCUCUUACCAUCAGAAAGUUCUUCCUGAUGUUUAUUUGGCAUCGCUUUUCUUGUAAUUUGAAUCCAUUGGUUUGUGUCCUACCCUCCGGAGCACGAGAAUACAAGCUUGCUCCUCUUUCCAUUGGACAGCCCUUUAGAUAUUUGAAGGUGGCUAUUAUAUCUCCUCUCAGUCUCCUCUUUUGAGAGGAGUGCUCCUCUGAUUGGACCAGAAAAAUCUACAGUCCAAACCUUGCCUCAGUCAGGAACUUAGGGUUGGCUCACCUAGUCUCAGUCCCCACAUUACAGGGGAGGCUUCCCUCGCAGACAUUGUGGUCCUUCAGGUGGUACUAGACCUUAGCUCCCAUGUUCCCUGAGCUUUAUCCAUGUUGACUGGGGCAGAUGGGAGUUGGAGUCCAGAAACAUCUGAAAGGUUGAGGUGGCCUUCGUAUUGUUUCUAUACUAGGUCUGGGCGAUAUAUGGUUUUCAACAUCACAAUAUAUCACCAGCUUCAUGGUUUUCCCCACAUCGUGAUUUUUGCAUAGCGUGCACGCACACACCCACACCAUGAUUUGUGAUAUAUUGCCAGGUCAAAAAUUAUGAAACCAAUAUCAAGAUAUGGACUUCAAACCGCUUGUUGGAGAAUAUAUUGAUAUAUCACCCAGCUCUAUUGUAUACUGUUUUAUGUUUUAUUGUACAGUGGUACCUCAGGUUAUAUACGCUUCGGGUUACAGACGCUUCAGGUUACAGACUCCGCUAACCCAGAAAUAGUGCUUCAGGUUAAGAACUUUGCUUCAGGAUAAGAACAGAAAUCUUGCUCCAGCGGCGCGGCAGCAGUGGGAGGCCCCAUUAGCUAAAGUGGUGCUUCAGGUUAAGAACAGUUUCAGGUUAAGAACAGAUCUCCGGAACGAAUUAAGUACUUAACCCGAGGUACCACUGUAUAUAUUGUUGUGCACCGCCUUGAUAUUGCAUAUGAGUUUAUAAAUAAAUAAAAUAACAAGUAUGUGAGGGCACAUGUUGCCCUUAGCCUGAUUUCAUGCAGGUGGGCAAAGAUGGGAAGAGGAGAUGACAGAGACAGGCAGACAGUGAGAGAAGCAAGUGACAAGAGAGGAUGAGCUGCCCUACCCAUUGCUGGCAUUGGCUCCACCCACCGCCUCCAUGUGGCUGUUAUUACUAUUAUUAGUUUGAUUUAUUACCUGCCUCUUGCCCUAAGGUUCCAGGGCAGGUCGCAACAUUUUAGGAUACCAUGUUAAAAUGGUUUAGAACAAGUUGCAAUCACAAGAACAGGCUGGGUCCCCUAAAUAUGCAUCUCAGAGACCCCAGGGUAAAGAGGUGCAUCUUCAGCGCACAAUGAAAGCUGUAUAUUUAUUAUUAUUUUCAUUAAAAUGUAUACACCACUUGAUUGUUUAUUUUUUUAAAAAAAACUCCCCUCAAAGUGGUUUACAAAAAAAGAAGUUGCCAGACUCAUCUAUGUGGGGAGGGAGUUUUGCAACUUAGGGGCCUGCCACAAAGAAGACCAUCUCUUGGGCUGCUGCCAUACUGAACUUCUUUGAGCAGUGGAACUACCGAGAGAGCCCUCUGCUGCUCGUGACACCCGAAAGGUUCAAUAUUCAGUGUCUCAGAUCUUUGGGGCCUAAGUUGUCGAGCACCUUGAACUGGGCCAGGAAAUGAACUGGCAACCAAUGCAGCUGUUUUAAAACCAGGGGUUAUAAGAGUUCUAACAGGAACUCCAGCUCGAUCUUGGACCGGUUGCAGUUUCCAGGUCAUCUUCAAGGGCAGCCCCACAUGGAACACAUUGCAAUAAUAUAUUACUCUCUCAGGGAGUGUCAUUAUUGACAGUGGGGGAAAGUUUCCCAUCCCUGCUCUAAAGCACUGUAUAAAUUCCAUAUAUGAUUAAAUGCUGUUUUGAUGCGACAUUGUCUAACAUCCCCACAAACAAAUCAGAAUGAGUGGUCAUUAAAUAACCAACAUCAUCUAAUCUCCCUGCAAACAAAUCUAGAUGAAUACACAAUAAACAGGUCUUCUGUUGGUUGAUUCUACCUGCAAAAGCUCGGCAGUUGCACUCAAACUACCAUCAGUAACGGAAUAUUUUUCUAUGGUUUAUAUACCAAAGCAGCCCUUCUCAGCAAGUAAAACUAUACAAAAUUCCUCUCCGUUAUUUGAAUUUUGCACCAGGCAAAGUUUGUGUUCUAAAAAUAUAACUAUGGAUAACAGAAGCCCACACAGUCUAGACCUCAGUUUCUGGAGCAGACUAUCACUAAUUUCACAUGGCACGUGCAUGAAAGGUGAAAAGGGUUGAUGCUGCAGCCCCACAUCUUGUGAGUGCAGCAGAGAUUUGCCUUAUCAUUUGCACUUGCUUACCAGCACGCGGGUGGCGCUGUGGGUUAAACCACAGAGCCUAGGACUUGCCGAUCAGAAGGUCGGUGGUUCGAAUCCCCACGACGGGGUGAGCUCCCGUUGCUCGGUCCCUGCUCCUGCCAACCUAGCAGUUCGAAAGCACGUCAAAGUGCAAGUAGAUAAAUAGGUACCGCUCCGGCGGGAAGGUAAAUGGCGUUUUCGUGCGCUGCUCUGGUUCUCCACAUGCUGGCCACAUGACCCGGAAGCUGUACGCCGGCUCCCUCAGCCAAUUAAGCGAGAUGAGCGCUGCAACCCCAGAGUCGGCCACGACUGGACCUAAUGGCCCUUUACCUUUACCUUUACCUUACCAGCAUGGUUGCAGAAGAUUCGCCAACAAGAACGGGGGAAAUGGGAAUGCUGACCUAGUUAGCAGAUGUCCGUGGACAAAAGCAUCUUCAGAUGCUCUAAUUUGAUUAUCUUCUCAGUCCGAGACAACCAGCUACCCACAAGUACAUGAUCAUGGGACAAGAGCAUCCAAAUGUUGGCUGUGAAAAUUUGCUCUUAGCUUUCUGCUAAGUUACUUUUACUGGGAAAUUCAAGGAAGCUUUGGGGAGCAAACUUCAGUUGCUUUUUUGUUUUUUGUUCUUAAACCUGCUAGUUACUGAACUCUGAGCUAAAACACAGACUAAUUUUGAACCAUUUGGUUUUAUUUACACUUGGAACUUAAUGAAUCUCCCUGCGACAAAGUCACAGUUUUGCCGAAGAGGGAUCUGAAGGGAAGCAGUUUCUUUCGCCACCAGCAAUCAACAGCCAAUGUCCUGAGAGAAAUUUGGUCAUCGUGUCUGGUUAAUUUUAUUUAGUUUCUCUGUCCUCCGGUCAUGUACCUACUUGUUCUGUGUGGUGGGCAUCAGGUGGGCACUGUGUGAAUAUGGGAGGUGCAAGUAACCAUUUUAGGCUGGUGAAACCUUGCACGGCAAGGUUAAUGGUGUUAUAAGCGUACAAACAUUUGUCAUACCUAAUCCACCCACUUGGCCACUGUGGGUGGUUCAUCUGGCACCUUCGUUAUAUAUCUUCAUUAUAUAUCUUUAGGCACCAGGCAAAAACAUUCCUCCUCAACCUGUCCUUUGGCUGAUUAACAUUCUACAGCCUUUGAAAUGUGGGAAAGUGGGUUAUUAUUUUGCUGUUUUUAACUAUUUGUAUUUUUACCUUAUAUUUUUAUCUUGUGAAAUGCCCUGAGAUCUUGUGAUGAAGGGUGGUCUAUAAAUCAGUCAAUCAAUCAAACAAACAAACAAAACUUAUUUUCCAAGUCAAAUUCAGACAUUUCAUAUGAGUCUGUCAAAUAAGCAGUAUAUUUGGGAUCUAGGCUGGUUUUGUUGAUGCUUUUUAAGUCUAAUUUACUACCUCCUCUUCUUCUUCUGAAAGUAAAAGAAAAUUUCAUCUAAAUCCCAGUGCUAAGUGAGUUUUUAAUUGAUACUGCUAUUCAGAAGAAAUACACUAAAUCAGACGAAAAGAGCAUGAGCAAAAAUAGCAAAGCCUGCCUCUUGUACAGCUUCCUGAAUUUCUGAUUUUUCUUCUUCCAGUGUUGCUAUUUCCCCCCACCCCCGGUUUUAAAUUAUUCAGUUUACAGCAGUUGUCAGGUGUGUGUGUGUGUGCAUGUCUAUUUGUGUAUGGAUAUUUAUAUGGUUUGGGGCGGGGGAGGAAUAACAUUACUUUUCCAACCUUUGUGGCGUUAUUAUAAGUGCAAGUCAAGGGUUCAUACCUGCAUGAGAGAAUAAAUUCUCCCCUCUGGAAUGUGCUAAUAGAAAUAUGAUCGCAGGCCAGGCCAGCUUAAAAUACAAUAUCAUAAAGAAUGCCAAGUGGGAAAGGGAUGGUACACAUCACAUCAUAGAACUGGUCUUCCAUAUAAUCAGUUUCAGAAUAUGGGGUUAUGUUGGUAGAUACUAUAGAUGUGGGAAGGUGAAUUUGAGGUGAGGGGGAAAUUGUCGCAGCAACAUCUGAACCCACAUUGCAGCAAAUGUUCUGUUCAAGUUCAGUUAAAGAAGAGAGGGCAAACUGCAAUUAAUUUUUUUAAAAAAUCAUUUACAUUUUAGAUCUUAAAAGUUGCAUGGAAAUGGCAAAGUUCAACAUUACCAAUUCAUUCAACAUUCUUUAAUAAGUAUUGGACGAGCAAUUCCAUCAUGUCAGCACCAGAAAUGGGACCUUAGUAGCAAUGGAGAAGCAAUCAGAUGCAAUGACUUUGCUCCAAAAGAGAAGUCUUGGUCAUACAAGGAGGCUUUUCUGCUCCCUCUUCGAGGGACCCGAUCCCCGCUUGGGGAAUAAAGACACGUGGACACAGAAUGUAAGGUUAAUGGGUAAGGUAAAGGCCACAACUUUAUUGAUUACAGCAUGUGAGAAGGUAUUGGCUUAGGCAUUGGACCACGGAACAUUAGACUCCACCCACUCGAAGAGGGGUGAGUCUGAGGAGGGGUUAACCACCAGGAGGGGGAGCCUGUUGAUGCUAAUCCAACUAUAGGUUCUCUCCUGAUGUCACCGAGGGUCGUGCCAUGGCCCCCCCGCCACAUGGGCAUCUGACAGGAUCCACGACCGCCGGAUUCCUUUAGCAGAAUACCCAAAAUUGUCGGGGAAGGCAAUGGCCACACCUUGCCCCCCGAAACACCAACAACACAUUCCAAUGCCUAACCGCCAAAUACCACUAAAGUUGUGACGGUUGCUACAAGGUAGGCGAAAAAAACCAAGAGGCCGGGCCAAUUUAGCCAAUUGGGAAAAACUCCUACCAGGCUCCCUGGUUAAACAGGGCGACCAAGCAGAGGUCCAUAGCAAAGUCUCUGGAACAGCUAAUCUAAAGGGAGUGGAGGGUGGGUGACUCGAAGAAAAUGUGUGUGCAAUGGUGGGGAUGGCUGGCGCGGCUGCGUUUGAGCAGCAAGCCAUGCCCCCACGAGCUUCCCUAUUGGGUGCCCAACCGGGAAGGGGUGUGGCACGCCAGCCCUGGAGUUGAAACAGGGGGCGGGGCGCCCCCUGCAUGACGCGGGAAUCGUCUCCCGCUCACAACCCCUCCCCUCCUGGAAGGAGGAAAGGCUUUACGGCACUCCUCAUAACUCUGAAGAAUAACCUCUAGAACACAGUUUCGUAAAUGGGGGCUGUGCUGUAGGGGGUGCCGGUUUGGGAGAAGGAAUUGGAAACCUGCGACACCCACCCACCCCCUGCAUGCAAAAGGGCCUUCUGCUCAUGCAAGGUGCUCUUUGGAUCCUUCCUAAACAAUGACGGUUAAAAGGAGAUUGUGUUGCACACAUAUAGGUGACCUGUAUGAUAUUAAAAGAAAAUGAUGAUGUGGGUAGUAAUUUAAGUAGGUGAAGGCACAGUUCUGGAAAACCUGCUUAAGACUUUUCAGCCUCUACCUUGCCCAAAUAAAGGGGGAAAGAAAAAAGUCAGUUGCUUAUUAUUAAUAAUAAACUUCAUAUUUUUGCACAUCUAAGAGGUAUGGGCUAUGCAUACCAACACAUAUUGCACACCAAUCACUGCCCCACCCAUUUUGCAAUGAUAGCCUGGUGCUGCUUCAAAAUAUAAUGUACUGUUAACUGGGGUUGAAGUUCCAAGCCCAAGCUAAGCAAAUGGAAUCUGUGGUUGGAUAAAUUCCUUCACAUUAGCUGUGUACAGUGGUACCCCGCAAGACGAACGCCUCGCAAGACGGAAAACCCGCUAGACGAAAGGGUUUUCCGUUUUGGAGCGCUCAUAAAACGAAUUUCCUAUGGGCUUGCUCGCAAGACGACAGCCCAUAGGAAGUCUCAGGGACAGCGGGAAGCGCAGCGCGUCUUCCCCACUGUCCUCGGACCUCCUCCGAAGCCUGGCGGCGGGCGGGGACACCUCCUCCCGCCGCCGCCGGGCUUCGGAAGGCUCCUCCGAGCCGGGCGGGGGAGGGAACACCUGCCGCCGCCGCCCGGCUUCAGAACGGUGCUCCGAGCCGGGCGGGGGAGGGAACACCUCCGCCGCCGCCCGGCUCGGAACGGUGCUCCGAGCCGGGCGGGGGAGGAAGACCUCCUGCCGCGCCCGGCUUCGAACGGUGCUCUGACCGGGCGGGGGAGGAAGACCUUCUGAAGGCGGGCGGUGGCGAAGUCUUUGCUCCCUGCCUGCCUGUCCCGGAGGGCUUUGAAGGCGGGGAGCAAGACUUUCGCUCCGCCCGCCUUCAGAAGAGGUCCAGGACCUCUUCUGAAGGCUGGCGGGGGCAAAGUCUUUGUCCUCCUGCCUGCCUUCCCAGGGCUCUUAACUGCCCUGGACAGCGGAGAAGUCCUCCGCUGUCCGGAGUGAUUUUAAAUGCCGCCCGCCAGCAUUCCAAGAUCGCUCGGACAGCGGAGAAGUCCUCCAGCUGUCCAGGGUCUUACAAAUGCAUGGGGUGGGACAGCAAUGCCCUGCCCCCAGCCUUCAGAAGAGUCCGGGACAGACUGUCCCGGACCUGGUGCUGAAGCGGUUUCCAAGAACACAAUGUGAUUGUUCAAUGCAUUCCUAGGAAACGUGCAUCGCAAGACCGAAAACUAAGCAAGACGAAGAGAUCUGUGGUCGGAUAAAUUUCGUCUUGCGAGGCACCACUGUAUAGAAAUAAUCCCAUCAAUUCCCUGGUUUGAAUUUUUCUUCUUCUUCUGUAGUUGGAAAACAUAUGCUUCUGAAUAUGUUAUAUUGAAUGAUCCUGUUUUCUAAAAAAAAUAGUUCCAGUUAAAUCAGUUAAGCUGCACUGAUUUACAGUGAGAGUACUGUGAUGACCCAUGGUGUUUUGAUUUUAAUAGUUUUCGCAUUUAAACAUCCCAAAAUUAAAUCAGCAGCCUCCAGAGAAAUCAGAAGAACUUGAUAUUCCAAAUCAUCAUUUGUGACUUUUCUGUGAAUCAAAUAUUUUCAAAAGAAAGAUGCAGGAAGUGAUUUUUUGUAAUAUAUAUAUAUGUUGUUUCUUUUCUAUAUGUAAUUAGAAGAAAAUAAUAUUUGCAGAAUCUGGACUAUGAAUGGCUCAUAAACAUGGGAAUAAUUCACAAAACUGAUUCAUAGCACAGAUGAAUAUUCAGAGGAUUAAUUGCCAAUGAAUUAUUCAUUUAAGAUCUACCAAAGUAACAUGUAUUUUGAAAUAUUGCCAUGAGCCCAGAUAAACAGCCCUGUGGGGAAGUAUAAAUAUCACAUCCGCAGAGAAUAACGAAUUAGUCCUUACAGUGUCCGGCAAAAGAUUUAAGUCCGCCAGAUUUCAGGUAACUCGCACACUUGAUGUUUUAUCACAUGAGGCCACAUUGAAAAAGACCAAGAGACAUUCACUCGUGGACAAUUCACAUUUCCUUGGUUCUGUUGAACUUCGUAACAAAAUGCUGUCUUGAAUCAGCUGCUGUGUUGGACCAGUUUGCAUAGAUUAUGUCACUUCGAUAAAAGCGUACCAAAUUAUUUCCCCCGCUGGCACUGACCUAUACUCCACAGUCUUCCUAAACAUUAUAUGGGAGACAUCAGGAUGGGGAAAGUUGCACCACCCUGUUCCAGUCACAGUGCUAGCCAGCUAGCCAGACAUGGCUUCUUCCUGCUGAACCCGAGCCAACCUGAGAUGUCACUGUGCAUCAUAGACACAGGAAGAAGCAUUCGUCUGUGAGUCACAACAGCAUGUGGUGGGUUGGGUGGGUCUACAGGUUAUAUUAGACUCUUCCCCGACUGAAUAGGGCUUUAUAGUAUUAGAGCCCUUUCUGGGAAUAUCUAGAAAAGCUUAUUUGCAAACAUAGUGGGGGGUUUUUUAUGCUUUAUAUUCAUUGCUUUUAAGUGAAAACAUUUUGCUAAUUUCCAUAGCUAUUUGUAUACGUGACUUUAAAAAGGUUUAAAAUCUAAGCUCUCUAAUUCACUUAGGAAUGGCAGAAGUCUAAAACAAGGGAGCAUGUUCCUUUUUGUAUGCACGGGCUAAUUUGACUGUGAAGAUGAAUCUGUGCUAAGGAGAGGAAACAGGGAUAAAAAGGUGUUUGGGAAAUGCGGGGAGAGAAGUGAUCAGAGCAGAGGGUAUGUUCUGCUUGUGGUAAAAUGGAAAGUUGUCUUUUUAAAAUAUUCUUUGCCAUUCUUCCAUCGCGAGUGACCUAUCCCCUUUCCAAUUUUUAGUGAUCAGUAUUCUUGCUACAUUGUAGCAUAUAGGAACACCCUCCUUUUAUUAAUUUGAGAUAUAAAUUGUCAGAAUACCCAAAAGAAAGGCUUCUGGCUUCUUCACAAAUAUUUGUCUAAACAUAUUUUUUUUUAUUCAUCAUAGACAAUGUCCCAUUUCUUUUUAAUUUUGUCACAACCCCACCACAUGUGGUACAUUGUUCCUUCCGUUUGCUUACACCUCCAACACACAUUUGAGUUUUAUAUAUUUUGGCCAAUUUGCUGGGUGUUAUGUACCAUCUAUAUAGCAUUUUCAUAAAAUUUUCCUUUAUUGUGUAGCAAGCUGUGAAUUUUAAGUCUUUUCCCAUAAUUUUUCCCAGUUGUCCAUCUGGAUGGAAUAACCAAAGUCCUUUGACCAUUCGAUCAUCACUUCUUUGACCUCUUCAUCCUUAACCUCCCAGUCCAGCAGCAAUCUGUACAUUUUAGAUAGUAUUUUCUUUUUGUUUUGUAAUAAGUCUUUUUCCAACUUAGAUAUUUCUGUCUCAUACCCAAUUUUCCUAUCUGCUUUGAAAACAUUGUUUAGUUGGUGGUAUUGUAACCAAUCCGUAAAAUAAUGUUUGAUUUCUUAAAAAAAAAAUUAGCUUGAGUUGGUUUUGAUCUUUCUCUAGAAUUUCUUUAUGUUACCCAGUUUUGUUUCCAUGUUCUUCAUUUUUACUGAAAUGGCCUCUAGAGGUGACACCAGGGUGUCUUUUGUUCUAGCAAAUUUUUAUACCUGUCCCAUACUGUAUAUUUCCAAAUUAUAUUAUUUAGAAAGCCCUUAUGAACUUUUACUUUUUCAUAGCCACCCAAUGCAUGCCACCCAAAUCUGUUGUCCCAUCCUUCCAUGUCCAAUAUAUCAGUAUUUUGCAGAGUCAUCCAUUCUUUUAACCAACAAAGGCAUGAGACCUCAUAAUAGAGCUUAAGAUCUGUAGUGCAAAACCCCCUCUUUCCUUAAUAUCCAUUAGUAAUUUAUAUUUGAUUCAGGGUUUCUUCCCUUUCCAAAUAAAUUUUGAUAGCUCCUUCUGCCAGUCCCUAAAACAUCCAGCCCCGCCCUCCAAUUGGGAUCAUCUGAAAUAGAACAUUUUUGGGAGCACAUUCAUCUUAAUUGUUGAGAGUCUCCCCCAAAGCGACAGGUUUAAUCUGUUCCAAAUUUCCAAAUCUUUUUUGAUCGUUUUCCAUAUCUUAUUAUAGUUAUCAUUGAAUAAAUUGAUAGAAAGUUGUCAAUUCUCUAAUAGAGCAUAAUUAAAUCAUGCAAUUCUGAUUGCGUAUUAAUUUUCAGUACACUCGUAGCAGUGUUGCCUGUUGCUAUUCAAAUGUGCUGGGACAUUUGCAUACCUGUUUCCCUUCCAUCUAAGGCCCUGCAGUGGUCCUUUGCAACCAGUUGUGCCAGGAAAGCAAUUUCGCCCCAAUUUAGUUCUUUAUUUAAAGCCUUUCUUUAAACAAAGCAGUGUCCAGAGUGGCUUAGACUAAAUGAUAUAGCACACAGGAAACGGGGAUGGACGUUGCUGGACUGCAGCUUCCAUCAUCCCUAGCUAGCAGACUCAGUAGUCAGGGAUGAUGGGAGUUGUAGUCCAACAACAGCUGGAGACCCAAGGUUGAGAAACACUGUCUCAUUAUGACUGACCCCUGGGAUGUUUCCCUUACUUUAGCCUUUGGGAAAUGCCAUGUUAAUAAUGUGAGAGUAGAUAGAGACCCUUCUUCGGGUCUCCUAACAGUUACAUCUAUGAGUUGGGGCACCUGUAGGCCCACCUUGCUUCUAAUCUACACAACCUGUAAAUGCACCUGUAUGAACCUUAAGGCACCAUUUCAUGCACUACCUGGCAUUUUAAACAUUGCAGCUACUGAAAUGUGUAUUGGAACUGCCAAAAACCUUUUGUAGGACAACUACAUUUUUCUAGUCUAGCUAGCCCAAAGGGACAAAUAUGAGAACGAAAAUGUCACAGUCAUGUUCCUAUAUUUUGUCCCUGAAAUGUUGGAGGGUAUGGAGGCUAAACAGCUUGGGACCAGGCUGCCUGAAAGACUGCCAUCUCCUGUACAAGCCUGCCCAGGCACUGGAAUCUGCCUGAGAAACCUUCUGUCUUGUCCUGCCAACAUCUUGUGCAAAUUUGGUGGAAACUCCAGAAAGGGCCUUCUUGGUGGCUGCACCCAGACUUUGAUGCUCCGCAGAGAGAGGCUCAUCUAGAUCUCUCCUUGAUGGCCUUUCCAGCAGCAGACAAAAACCUUUCUAUUUAAAUAGGUGUUUGCUCUGCUGAGCUGCUUUGCUCUUCUCUCCCAUUUUGUUUUUAAGCUAAGGGUGGCAGCCAACCAAGUCAUUCAGACACAUUCCUGCAUUGCACAGGGUUGGACCAGAUGAUCAUUGGGGUCCCUUCCAACUCUACAAUUCUAUGAGUCUAUGAUUAAAAAACCCAUUGAGUUCAGUGGGCCUACUGUGAGUUUGACUAAGACAUCACCCUAUAAUUUUAACGGCCUGCUGUUGUUACAUUUUAAUCAGCUCUUUUCUGAUUAUACAGUUUUAUUUGCUUACUUUCUGUUUUAUUGUUUUUAGCCACCUUCGGCUUUUUAUUUAUUUAUUGGGAAGGUGAUGUAUACAUGUAACAAGAAAGAAAUGUGGUAUGUAUUCAGUGAUUCCAUGCCACUUUGGCCAUAAAUUCAAAGUGGCUCUGUUUUCAUACGGCUGUUGUUUUUCCUGCAGCAAAACAAAACCUUGUCCUUUGUGAGCACACAGUGUGGCUGGUGUGCUUGCUGAAUUGUAUCUUUAGGAAAUUAAACUGAUCAAAUUGCCUUUUACUGAGGAUACUGUUUUGGAAAUUUGUCAUUCCCCUUUCAUAGCAGAGACAACCUCUAUAAAUUGCAAACUGAAUGGCGUCCGAGUGCUUUCUGUCCCUAAGUAGAGACAGCUGGUAACACAGUUUAUAAGCAAUUGGUGUCCAAAAGACAGUCAUUUGUGCUGUCUUCCCCCCCACUCCAUAGACAAUUUGCCCAAAUAUACCAACUGAUUAUGUGAAAUACAGUAUAGCUAUUAACCAAUAGAGCAGAAUGCUUCCGUUGCCUAGUAACGUAACUCAAUUGGAAAAAAAAGGAAAUAAAAAUAGAAAACAGACCUGCUCGUUGCCAAGUAAAAAUAUUCCAACUUGCAUCAGUUGAAGCCUGGAUUUGAAAUUUAUUUUUAAAGUAUAGCUAAGCCAAACAUAUCAAGCAGGCAAACAGCACCCCUUUCUUCUCUCUAUCUGGCUGAAUAGACAUUCAGGGCAUGGAGGAUAUUCAUAUAAUCUGAGAGUUUGUGUAUCAGUGUAACUAGUGAGGGAAUAAAUGGCUUAAUGGAGUACAAAUUAUUUUCAGAAUGAAUUUGGUUGAACUUCCAGAGGAUCCUUUAACCACAUUACCAUCAACAGGGGGAAUAGCUUCAGCAUCUGUUAACUCAAGUGUAAUUUAAAAAAAAACCAGCCAAUUUUCUUGAGCAGAUUAAACAAAAAACAAACAAAAAACCCCACGCAAAGUAUACGUAAAUAUUAUGCACUUAUCACAGGCCUAGCCCUACCAUAAGGUACAGUGUUUUGAGCUUCAUGAAAGGCAGAAAAUGGUUAGAUAUUUAAUUUAUUACGAUUGUACUAUUCUGCCAGGGAGGGGAAGAAACACUUGUGCAAUUUUUCUGCCUCAGGUGCCAAAUAAGAUGGCCAGGCUUGGAUACUGAGCACCUGGGGCAGGGAGUUGUAGCAGGCAUAAUGUCUUCAGCUAACCCUGAGGCACAGGGAUGAUUCAGAGCUGCAUUUUAAGGACACGGCUGCACUGCGAAUCUAAUUACUCGAUACCCUACCUGUUAACACCCUCUCCCAUCUAGAAUUCUGCAUGUGCUCAAGGCAUGGGCAUCCACAGGAAUUUUUAUGCAGGGGGAAGGAAAGCAAAAUAAAAGUGGGGAGCAGGCUAGUUUCUCACAAAAAAAAAUGAGAAGGGCGUUUAUUGUCUGUACAUGUUGCCUCAAAUCUCAGCUUUUACAAAUGCUAGUAACUUGUUUUUUUAAAAAAGGCUGGGAAUCCGAGGUUUAUGAUUUAGGGGGGGCGGGGGGGGGGCAACUGCCUCCCCCCAGUGGUACUAGGGUUGACUGCUGUUCACACAUGAGCAGGUUCCCUCAUUCACUUGAAUGGAGAAGCCACCUCCAUAUGCACAUCCCUUUAUUUUUUUUCCUAUUUUUUUUACUGAUUUUCCCAAAUUUUAAACAAACAAACAUAGAUCUUAACUGUGCUUAAUCCAAUCUUAAUAACAUUGUUAAAUGACUUCCUCAAAUCCCACAGGCUGAGUUUCAUUGUAUAUCAUUGUAACAGUUUCCCAAAACCAAUUUUCUCAUAAAAUUAACUUAGUCGCUUAACAUCUUUCUUCCUUUCCAUUUUAACUUCAAACAUUUUGUUCUUUAACAUCACAUAUUUAAAUCCUAAGUCUAUCUAGUAUUUGCAAGUUUUUCCAAUUAACAUAUGCACAUCCCUUUCAACAUGAAGUUAGUUUAUUUAUUUUAUCAGAUUUAUAUACUGCCCUCCAUCAAAAGAUCUCUGGGAGUUCACCAGAUGAAAACACCAAUAAGUAGUUAAAACAAAAACAACAAAACAAUAGCUCCCUCCCCCCCAAAAAAACACAUUUAAAAGGCAUAGAAUAUUAAGCAGCCAAAGGCCUGGUUGAAGAGGAACAUUUUUGCAUGGUGCCUAAAAAUAUAUAAUGAAGGCUCAGUCAGUAAAGCAUGAGACUCUUAAUCUCAGGGUUGUGGGUUCGAGUGCCAUGUUGGACGAAGGAUUCCUGCAUUACAGGGGGUUGAACUAAAUGAUCCGUGUGGUCCCUUCCAACUCUAUGAUUCUAAGGUGGCAGACCAACCUCCUUGGGGACAGGAUUCCACAAACAGGGAGCCACUACAGAAAAGGCCCGUUCUCGUGUUGACCCCUCCACUGAAACAAAAUACCUUACAACUUGUAUAUGGAAAGACUUUUCCUUCCCUCUUCCAUACCUACAUUCUUUUAUGGAUUACUGCAGAAACAGUGUCCUUAUUAAGGAGAUUCCUUUGGAUCAAAAAAGUGGGUGGCUUUUGGUCAUGUGUAACAUCUGAAAACAUGAUCAUAAUAAAUCGAGAUGGGAAGGAAUUUCUUCCCAGGUUACAUGUGUGGCUUGGCUUGCUUGAUAUUUGAUGAACUGUUGACUGGCACCCUACUUUCCGAUAGCGGCGCACUGGGGUAUAAAUUUUGUGGCUUCAAACUUCUGCGUAAGCCUUAGCAACAAGCAUGGCUGUUAUUGUGCAAAUGAUGUCGCACAUAAGCUGAGCAUGUAUGUACAGUUCAACAACUGGCCAUCAAAGGACACAAAAAGAGGUCACUGCUCCAAACGAGCUAAAAUUGAAAUGGGGAACACAACAGUAGAAGGAACAGGGGAUGGCGGUGACAACAAUGGAUGAUAAUGAGAAAAUCACAAUGACAUUUGUGUGACUGCAGUCAGGUCAUGGAUGGAGAGUAAAGCCGAAAGCCUUUGAAAGGGGAGAGGAGAGGUGCCACCAUAUAAACAUUCAUAGAAGGAGUUUAUAGGUGUAUAAAAUGGCAGAGAGAGAAUGGGUUUGGUGCCAGGCUUAAUUUCUGAACCAGCCCAUGGACUGAAAUGCGUUUAUAGCCAGAAAUCUGAUAGGAGGCAUUGUAGUAUGAAGAAUGUGUCUUAUGCUGGCAUCCAUGAGGCACAGAAGAUGUGGUUCAAAUGAGACAAGGCUGUUUGAAACAAAAUGGUAUGAAUUAUUACUAACAGUGACUUUUUUAAAAAAAAUCCAAAAUUCAAAAUAUCUGAAUUCUCUUAAAACAGCAGCGACUCAAACAGGCUGCAGAUUCCACCUUGUCACUCAGAAAAAGAGCCAGAUUAUUUUAGUAUCAUCUGACCAAGGCAGGAAAAUAUAAGUGAGAGAUAAAACUACAUCAGGAUCGUUUUUCUUUUACAGUUCCUUGCCCUGAAGUUUCCAGGCCUAUGACAUUAUAGUCUAAAACUAUACUGAUAAGACAGCGGCUGCGAUCCAUAAGCCACUUAUGCUGCCAUUCUUACCCCAUUCUUCAUAUUGGCUCAAUAAUGUCUUCUAGGAAGGAUUCCACUCUUGAGUUUAAAAUGAGCAAGCAGUGGAGGAUUUGCAUUCCUGAAAUGGCUUCAUGUAUGUUAGGUUCUGCAGAAGGUGCAGAAAAAUUUCCGAAGCUUUACAUUUAGAUUAUCUAGUAAAGGUAAAGGGACCCCUGACCAUUAAGUCCAGUCGCGGCCGACUAUGCGGUUGCGGUGCUCAUCUCGCUUUAUUGGCCGAGGGAGCCGGUGUUGGUCUGCAGACAGCUUCCAGGUCAUGUGGCCAGCAUGACUAAGCCGCUUCUGGCGAACCAGAGCAGCGCACAGAAAUGCCGUUUACCUUCCCGCCGGAGCAGUACCUAUUUCUCUACUUGCACUUCGACGUGCUUUUGAACUGCUAGGUUGGCAGGAGCAGGGACCGAGCAACGGGAGCUCACUCCAUCGCGGGGAUUCGAACCGCCAACCUUCUGAUCUGCAAGUCCUAGGCGCUGUGGUUUAACCCACAGCGCCACCCGCGUCCCUUAGAUUAUCUACAACAAUACAUUUUCUGUUUCCAACCCAGCCUGUGGAAAUUUUGGGUGUGAGACUUUUUUCUUUAGGCAGCUGGUCUCUUCAAGCUUUUUCUUAUGCUGGUUUUCUUAUGGUGGUUUUGAGAAGCAGUAUGUUGUGAUAGUGAUAGUGAUAUAGUUGUUGUGAUAGUGAUAUAGUUGUACUCUCAAAGAUGGCAGGAUUCUUUCACUGCUGGAGAAUGAACUGAGGGAUGAACAGGUAAUGGACUGUUAUUUGCUUCUCUUGCACAGAUAGAUAUUUCAACUGUGCAGAACCUACUCCACACUGUGCCUCCACCUUAUAUUCCCCAGUUUUUUACUCUCCUUUCAGAUUCUUGAACUGCAUGCUCAAAAAAAUUAGUAUGUACCCUUAGGCAAAAUGUUUUGGUCUAUUUGGAUAAUACAAUUCUGCCACUAAAAAUUGUUGGAUCAUUUUGUUUUGUUUUCAAGCAUUCCUGUUAUAAAUGAAGCUAUUACGGUUGUCCAAAAAAACAUACAAUUGAUGGUAUGGCGGGGGGGAGGGGGAGAGAGAAAGAGAAAGAAGCACCUUCAUCGAAUGCUGAAAAGAAAUUGGGCCAAAUCCAAGGGAAAAAUCCCAUUAGAAGACAAUUUUAAUUGCCUUGUGCAGUUGCAGUAAAGAUAAAUAUAGUCAGUCGAAGCUAUUUUGAGGCCACGUGAUAUGGUCUAGCUGUCAGUAGAGCAAAAUGUGCCCAGAUGAAGAAUGAAUUCAUACUAGUAGUUUGUGUUUAACAUUUAAAUAAGUGCAAUACAAUUUUGGCUCUGUUGUUUUUCUGUUUAAUCUAUUGUUAAUUGCAUUAUGUCAUGAAUCUGCUUGCCAUUGAUCUGCCUCUUUUGCGACAUUUUGUACUCAGAUUUUUAUACCUGCAUUGCUUUAGCUCCCCCCCCCCCGAACUAAUUCAUGCUAUGGCUGAACUUGAAGUGCCAUCGUGAAUAUCAGGCCAGUAGCAACACAAAGCAUUCUUCUACAGAGUUUUGCACUGGUUCACUGUUAAAACUUGGGCAGCCUCAGUAACCAACACCCUGUUUACAUAUUAGGGAGCCAGAUUUCAGCAGGGACUCUGACAUAAGCCUCCUGUUGCACAUCUCCCGCUGAUCUCUUCCUCUGUUCGCUGAAAGCCCUGCACCAGCAAUUUCAAAACAGAUGGUGGAACCUGAUUUAAGAAGCCCAACUGAGCAAGUUCCAGCACUGAGGGCACCAAUCCUGGCCAUAAUCUUUCCAUGGAGCAAGUCCCGGUGAAAUCGAUAGAACUUAACUUCAAAGCAAACAUGCAAAGGAUUUUGCUUUAAGGCUCCAUUAUUCCCAUGUAGUGGGUUAAAGUUGCAUUCUUCUUUUUAAAAAAUGAAUGAAUGAAUGAAUGAAUAGAAUUUUGACCUGUGAUGAUCCACAUGCCAUAAUUCCCUUCCCCCUGCAGCAGCUUCCAUGCCAAGGUAAAGAAACAAAAAGUGCAAUUGCAUGCACACACCAACGUGGUUGUAUUUCAAACAACAACGCAGCCUUCCUGCUUGUCUCCCUGUGGUUAGAGGAAGGGAUGAAACAAUGGUUUUUAAUGAACCCUGUUCUGUGUGAUGAGUCAAUAGUGCCGCGAAGAGGUAAAAGCGCCACUCGAUGCCAUCUGAUCGCGCAUCUGUUCUUCAACCGGAAAGGAAAUGUCAGUGGGGGGUGGGAGGGGGGAAACUGCUGACAUAGCCACAGAUGACAAUGUCAGCGUGGAGUAGAAGCGGCAGGAGAAUGAAGAUGUUGCUGCAAUUAGCUUACACAAAAAGACUUCAGAGCAUAGAGUUCUCUCUCCUGAAGCCUAUUGCAUGCAACACACAACAGAGUGAGUCAGGGAUUUCUUAUGAGCAUGGGAGUUCUAAUGUUCACACUGUCUCAUGUUCACACUGUCGUCCCUGCACACCGGACAUGCACACCGGAGGGCAUGUGGGGCUGGAUCAGAAAGACGAGACCGAAACCGAACAACUUGCUCACAUGUUAUUUCUUCGCAGGCUUUUAUGGUGCCAUUUGUAAAUCCAUUACAACGCCUAUAAACCCCCACAAGCCGUUGAGCAACAGGCUGCAUGGUGCUCCUAGCUCUGCGAAAUAACAAUAUGUGUCUAUUUUUCUAUUUUCUGUAUACAGGGCUAUUUUUCUAGAAAAAGAGGUGCCGGAACUCACCAUGAACGCCUCCCUUGUUCUCUUAUAAUGGCAAUGGCGCCCACCUGAGAGGUGCUGGAAUGGAGUUCCUGUGCAUUCCGGCUGAAAAAAGCCCUGCUUUAAAAUAAAUAAAUAAACACACUGAGGUGCUUCAUAUUCACCUAGGUGAAAAGCAAGCAAUUUAAUGUGACUACAAACUACAAAAGAGGAUUGAUAGAGAAAGGAGAGUAAGUGGGCUUAUGGUGGGGAGGAAAACAGGCAAGGUACACAAUAUUCUGAGAUGAAGUUUACUCUUUCUCUAUUGAGUUUAUAUCCUCUAAGGAACUCCAGCCAGCAAUGCAUGGUUAUCUUCUUCUCCAAUUUAUUCUCAAAACAACCCUGAGAGGUAGGUAAGGCUGAGAAAUAGUGACUGGCCCAAGAUCACCCAGUGAGCUUUAUGUCUGAGUGGGAAUUUGAAGUUAGGUCUCUGCAGUCCUAGUCCAGUGCUCUCAUCACUACACCAUACUGCCUCAUAUAUAUCAUAUCAGGUGCCAUGUCUUAAAAGAAGUGAUAGACAGGCUACAUCUUGCAUAGUACACCAUAUGCUGCUGCCAUGAGUGCUGGCAGGAAGGCUGCUUCCUGCUGCAAUACCCAUUUCCACCUGGCCUAAGGGGUGGGAUUCAGACUCACCCUGAACAGCUAAAGGAGGCUCCUGGGAGGCCAUUGGGACAGUGCUGGAACAACUCUUGGUUUGCAGCAACUGGCUAAAAUGUUUUAAAAUGUUUUAAAUGGUUCUAAUUUUGGUACCUCUGUUUUUUGUCUGGUUGGUGUUGGUUAAAUGUUUAGUUGGAGUUGGUAGUUAUUUUAAUUUGGGUAUAACAGUUAACUGUUGUUGAUUUCUGUUAGUUUAUUUAUUUGUUUGUUGCUUGUAUAGGAUGUUUUUAAUAUUUGAUGUUUUGUUGUGUUUUUAUAUAUGUUGUAAGCCCAGAGUGGUUGAGGAAACCCAGCCAGAUGGGCGGGAUAUAUAUAUAAUUAUUAUUAUUAUAAGUUGUCGAUCCGUGAUCUCAGAGCCCGGGGUAUGGUUUAAACAGCAUAUGGAGCCACAUACCUGCUGAAGCUAAACAGAUCUGGGUUAUGAUCAGUGCCCAGCUGGCAGACCGGCUGGGGACUCCUGUGACUGCCACCUUGAGCUCCAUGAGAGAAAGGUGGGAUUUAAACAUGACAUAAAUGAGACAGAAUGCAUUCUCUCUCUCUCUCUCUCUCUCUCUCUCUCCUUUCUUUUAGAUUUUGAAACCAUUUUCAAUUUUGAAAUCAUUUUCUUUUAUUAAAUGAAGGAAGUUUACAUUGGGGGUCCUUAUAUGGAGCAUGCUUAGCUUCCACAGGUUGUUGGCACCCAAUAAAAUAUGGGGGGGGGGGCUCAGCCCCUAGGAGUUGGCUCCUACGUUGGCAUCUGUCUGUCCCGUGAGACAAUGGAGUGUGCCUCUGGGAGUGAGGUCAAACUGCUAGAGAACCAUGGUGUCUGCUGUGGCCGCAAAGACCAGCAACUCAUAACUGCUGCCUCCCACAUUGUUUUUGCUGUGUUUGCAGCACCGAAGUGACCUCCCCGGGGUGCAAGCCUGGGCAGUGUGCAGGGAGGUCCUGGGCUGCCCAGACAACAAGACCUUGGCCUCAUUGAUGUGGUCCCAAGGAAAGCAGAGCAAUACGUUUGACACCAGUUUGGCUGCAGGAGUUGCCCGAAUGAGACAUACAUGGCACCACCCAACUGUCUUAGGAACUCCAUUCUGGAUUUCUGUAGGGUUUAUUCCUUAGCCUUUUCUUCUCCCCAAUAUGUCCCGCAAGGCAACAGGUAUGGAAUUUUCCUUGGGGUUUCCUCCUGAAGGCUUUCAAGCAGGGGAGGUUGAGGGUCAGUUUCCUUCUCACGGGCAAACCAUAGUUAAUGGAUUUGCCAGGCCUGAGAAUCACAGCUGCUUUACUGCUCCUUGUUAGUGCUGGGGAGAAAACCACAGUCCCUGACUUGGCAUUAGUCCCGAACCAGGGAUCGUAGUUUAUGCCCCUCCAACCAAAUCACAAUCAGUAAGCCAAAAACAAACCUUAGCUGCAAAUUGUGCUUAGCGUGGGGCUGAAACAAACCCAUAGUCUUUGGUUCAGACAUAAACCAGGAAGCACAAUUUCUUUCUCCCUGGUGAUAGUAUGGAGGAGUGAAACAGGCACAAUUGGUUCCCAACUUUUUUGAUAUGGCGACCCACAAGUUCAAAUUCACUUAGAGUGGUGACCCCACUAUCCUGUUGUCCCUUGAGUUUUGGACCUUAGGUCUUCAGGAGCCAUCAGUUUCAUGCAUUUUAACAGGAAGUUUGCCUAUUUUAUAACCUUCAGGCAUCCAAGCAAGAAUAUACUUAACACCUUUAUUAAUGUGGAAUUAGUUGAAAUGUUAUUGUACUUUUUAAAAAACUUAUUUGUGGUCUUGUUUAUGGGAAUGAAAGCACACCCACCAUCUGAUUGCAGGAUAUUGCAUCCUAAGCUGCAAAAAUUCUUCUGGAGAAAUGCGGAUACGCAAGCAGGGUUAGAAAUAUCAAAGUCUGAAUAUCGGUGGGAUGGCCAAGCUUCCAUUUUACCAGUGACUAAGCCAAUGAGAGGUUUCAAAGUUGCCAGGCAUGGUCUCAGGUCAUUAUUGAUACAUUAUUAUUUAUUUCAACUAAACAAACUUCAGAUCUCUCUUGGAUUAACUACAGUCAUACCUCGGGUUGAAUAUGCUUCAUGUUGAGCGCGUUCAAGUUGCGCUCCGUGGCAACCCGGAAGUAACGGAGCGCGUUGCUUCCGGGUUUCGCCGCUCGCGCAUGCGCAGACACUAAAAAUGACGUCUUGCUCAUGCGCAGAAGUGGCGAAAGGCGACGCAUGCAUGCACAGACGUGCCGUCGCUAGUUACGUUUGCUUCUGGAUGCGAACAGGGCUCCGGAACGGAUCCCGUUCGCAUCCCGAGGUACCACUGUAUUAACUAAUCCUGGCAGUUAACUGAUCCAGUGACAGUUCACCACAAGAUGCUUGUACAAGGAGCUGUUUCAAGCUGUUACAGAUCGCCUCUAUAAGAGGAAUCCAUCAUACCAGUUAAGGAUUAAUAGCAAUAAUUAUUUUGGAUUUACUUACAAAGCCCAUGACCCACUUCCACAGACAUUGCAUCCCACAGGUUGAGGAACUCUGCAUUACAUUCAUUUGUAGCCCUAACUGUUUCGAGUAUAUUGUGUGACAUUUGUCUUUUAAACCAGGGUGGGGGCAGGCUGAUUUACUGAACAAAAAUUCCGGAUUCUGCUUAUUCGGGAUGCUUGAGUUGCCAUUCAACCACUCUGGUUAGCUGUCAUAACUUUGCCUGGAACUAAAACCCCUGCUGUGUGUUUGUGUGUGUGACAUGCCUGAGAUUCAACAAGUCUGACAGUUAGUGCAACUUUUAAGGAUCUGCUGAAUAUGCUCGGAUUUUCCUUUCAAAUCAGCAUGAAAUUUCUGUCGUAGGAUAUGACCUGAAAUUAAAUGGAACCAAGUUUCCUGAGGAUUUUUAUUUUUAAUUUUUAGAAAAAUGCAUUCCCUUGUCAGAUCACUGGAAUACGUUGUCUACGACCAGCUGAGGCAGUUGACCAAAAUGCACCACACAGCUAAUUUAAGCAAAUUAAUUGCAUAGCAAAUAAUUACCACCUUUUGCAUGUCUUCCUUCCAAACCACCCAAAAUACAGAAAUUAAGUCAUCUUCCUUUAUUAUCCCUGCCAGCCAUUAUUUGCAUCCAGAACUUUGCUUGGUGUUUUGAUUUAACUUAACCUGACAUUUGUACUGAGUAUAGUAUAUCCCCUUUAUUAGGUUUAGCUUAUUAAACCCAUCAAAAUAUUGCAGCACUGCAGUGUGUGUGUGUGUGUGUGUGUGUGUGCGCGCGCAUGCGCGCAUCACAGUUAUAUAUACUCAUAGUGUCUUUGUAAUGAAUAUGAAAGCCUAGAAAAAAACAAGUUAUUACUGUACUGAAAAUUCUGCCAGCUAUUCUGAUUUUCUCUCUCUUGUGAUUGAGACAUUUGGAAUUGCCAAGUUAGUUUUGUAAAAAUGAAUGUUAUAAAACAUUUUGUGCAGGGAGAAAGCAUGCUGCUUUGUUACAGUUCAGUUUGAUGCAUACCUGAGUUCAGCAGGGUUUAGUUCUAGGUUAAGUGGAUAUCAGAUUGCAGAAUAAGUGUCAGUAGUGUGUGGUUCAUAUAACAUUGGACUUGGUCUGCAUUUCAACCCCCCUCAGCCAUGGGAAGCCAUGAGCAAAUCACUCCCACACAGCUGUACACUUCCAAAGCUAAAAGUGGGAUACAUCACUUAUCUAAAGCAGUCUCAUUGAAGCUGAUAUUCUCCAGCUGUUUGGGACUACAAACCCCAUCAGCCUCAGCCAGCAUAACCAAUAGUUAGGGACACUGAGAGUUAUAGUCCAGAUCAGCUGGAGGACACCAAGACAGAGAAAGUUGGUCUAGACCAGAUAUGGGGAAGCUUUGGCCACACUUGCUGAGAUGGGAGUUGUGGUUUAGCAACAUCUAGAGGGUUCAAGGACAGUAGCUUUCUCCAGAUCAUCUUAACAGUGUAGCCAGUGUAGACACAGGUAGACCAGUGUAGCCAGGUAGACUGCAAGUGUUGGUUACAACUACAGUUGAGGAAUUGAGAUGGACCUACACAAAAGAUGGCACCCGGUGACUCCAUUGGCUUAAAAAGAAUCAAAAUCGCAGAUUUCUCAGAUCUGCAUCUAGAGGGCUCACAUUUCUGAAUAUGAAAGGUGCUAAGGCCAUGCUUAUCUAGAAAUGUCACACUCUUAGAAUCUUUGCUCCCUCCUCAAAGAGGUAUGGAGGCAACUGUGGUUACUGUGUGACUUAAGGAAAUUACAUUUCGCACAUGCACAGAGCACCCUCUUUCCGCAUACUUCAUACAUUUGAAAUCAAAAUAGUCCCGACCUAAACUCUGCCACUUUGUGGCUCAAAUUGAGCUUUGUAUGCACAUCACUCUAAAGUGACCCAUUCAGACUCUUCAUAGGUGAUGCAUAGAUGGGUCUACAGGAUAAUCAGGAAGCAAUUGGAAUAUCUGGGUCAAAGCCAAGGACACAUGUCCUCCUCUCGCCAUCUGAACUCAAGAGUCUCCCCAAAUAGCUAAGACAAAAUUUUUAAAAGUUGAUAUGUACCUUUAAUGCAAAUAGUUAAAGUAAACUGUGAUUGAGCUGAGGUUCCCAAAAAAGAACAGGGAAAGGACUUCUGAACGUUGACAUAUGUUUUCUCUUCCAGAUUUGUGUUUUAUAACCAACUCGAACAGCAUAUACUUUUUCAGCUUCGAUAAUUAUAAAACUGUGCAACUUGGACCGGGUCACACACGCAUUUCGCUCCCAAGUGCACCCUGCCUCUUCCCUGCACACUGCCCCCCCUCCCCCCAGCUGUAGCUGGGUUUCAAAAAAUUGAUAUGCACGCUGCCAACUUGAAAAACAUGAACUCCUAAUUUGCAUGCACUUGUGGAAAUUAAAGAUGGAUGGUUGGUGGCCUAAUACAAAGGGAAGACGCUACAAUUAUUUCUAAGAUAAAACAGAAAGAAUAAAACUAACCAUUUGGCCAUAGAACGUUAUGUGGCCUUUGAAACAGCGUUCCUGCCUUUUUAGAAUGCUGCCCUUGCCAGCUGGUCUCUUAUAGCAUCUUUGCUUCCCUUUGCCUCAUUGGGUGGGGAGCGUAAAUUGGCUUUUAGCAUGCCAAUCUCCCAUUCAUUUCUCUAAUACCUUCCUGUACAUAUGAAGGUAAUUACAGCUUCCCCCCUUCCCUCCAGACCACAGCGUUUCUCUCCCCACCCUCAACCCACGUUCUCUUUAACUCCCAUGCAAUUCAUUCUCAGCUCCUUACAGCACGGUAGCUGGAACAAAGGGGAAAUAUCAACACUUGCUCUUAACGCCUAUACACUUCUCUGACACAAUGCCACAAAAAUGCCUGCUUGAGAUCUUGAAAUAUUUGGGAACUUCUCUCUCUCUCUCUCUUUAAUUACAGCUGAUAUUGUGGAGGAUUCCAAGGAAAUGAGUACAGGCACUGAACACAUUGCGUGUCUUUUGUGAUGCCACUCAAAACUGGCUGUCAAAAUUCCCCAUCAAGGAAUACUGUUACCUAGCAAUUAUGCGCAUCUAUUAGCUAAGCACCCAUUCUCUCUCCAGAAUGCUUUAUGACUCUUAUCUUUUCAAAGGAAGCUCAUAUCUUAUCUCGGUGACUGGUAGAGAGAGGGCUGCAAACACUCCUCCCCAAGGCAGAUUCCCUCUGAUGACAAAUUAUUUAAAGACAGGGAUAUUGCGGCCGCUUUCAAGCCACUAUCAUCAAGAGCCAGGGUUGUCCUUUUUAAUUUGUAUAGACAAUGACUGAAAUCCCAGAAAACUGCCUUAUUCAGAGCAUUGGUCCUGGAGAUUGAACCCCGGGAUUUUCUGCAUGCUCUGUCACAGAGCUAUAGCCUUUUCCCAAUCCACUGAAGCCAUUUGUUGGGGAAGAGAAAACUACGUACUCAGAGAUUUUAAAGAAAUCACCACCAAUGCCGUUUACACGACUGAGGAGGCAAGCUGCUUUUCAGUUUGAAACGUGGCUUGCCUCUUCAGCAACAGGUGUGGCAAUAGUGGGAACUUCAAGGAAGCCUGUACAUAUAGUGGUCCCUCACACAGUGUUCCUGGACUGCAUCCACCAUUGGCAAGAGCUGCGCAUAUUAAAGUGUUAUAUAGCCAGCUGUGGUUUGGUAGAUAGUCUUGGGUUCAAAUGUUAACUUAGCUAUGGGUGGCCUUGCACAACUGGCUAACUCCCAAGCUAUCUUGUAAGGUUUUUAUGGGGAUAAAAUGGUAAUAAACCCACAUGCACUGCCCAGAAUGUAAAAUUGUGAAGUUGCCUUGGUGGGGAAAUUAUUGUCAGUUGUGCUGUGAAAAAAAACAAAACAAAAACCAUUUCUGCAAUUAACGCCAACACAGUUUCAUUCCCGUAAAUUUAAAUUAGUAUAUUUUAUCAUGGGGGUGGGAAACUAGCAGAGUCAUGAUUAUUAUUUAUUUUUUAAAUGGAGGAAAUAUUAUUAUUUUUGCUUUUAUGCACCCCAGCAUAUCUGCACUUACAGAUGCUUGUGAACAAGGAGAGAACUCAGCGCAGUCAAUGGCAAAGCCCCCGCAAUUGUUUUGUUGUUUGUGGCAUCUAAUAUAAUGUUUAUUGUCCUUGGACCACUAAGGGCAAACAAGAUGAAAGCUGAACCGUAACCCAAAGCUAGAGACAAGAAGAUAAAACAACAGUUUAUUGUUAAUUACUCUGGAAACAUAAAAACAUGCUCCCUGCAAGCUUCAACUUCCAGAUGCUCCAUUGUAAGUGGACCCACACAACAAACCUCACAUUUGCACACUUCGGUGGUUUGGAUGUGAUUUCUUUAAAAUGACAACUGUGUUUCAUCAAGAACCAUCAACAACUUGAUGGUCAAAUUUGCAGUUUUGUUUUAAAAUGAAUUCCAAAGGAAUUGCAUUGGCAGUUCUUUCAUUAGCCAAAGAACACACCACUGAUUUAAGCCUGGUUUAUCCCUAAACCUUGCACUUAACAACUAGACAGAUGCGUGCAUCACUCAGCUGGGGUUGGAAUAGAAUUCAGAGAUGACCAGCUUCUUUUCAUUUACCAACAGCCCUUAUAGUUGAAUAUGUGAAAGGCCAAAUCUCUCAGGCAAAACUGUUUUAUUUUGUUUUGUUUCAAAGAGCGGCUGGGGCAAUCCAGCCAGAUGGACAGGGUAUUAUUAGUCUUAUUAUUCUUAUUAUUAAAACAGACAUACAUUGUUUUGCUAGGCAAGAUAACAAUCUUAGUGUAGCUGCUAGGGUUGGGCAGUGGUGGACUUUGGGCUCUCAAAUUUCAGCGGCACCCUGUGCAACUCUAAAAUUAGACACCCCCAGCCUCUGGCGCUCUGUUUUACACCAUUUGUUUUGGCGCUCCCUGCACCACUGUGCUCAGUGCAACCACACCAGUUGCACCACCCUUAAACCACCUCUGGAGUGGCAAGUCAACUCAAAGCCAAAAGGAAGCAUCAAAAACAGGUGUCUAACUCAGAUCAUAUUUCAUAAAAUAAUUGAGGGAAAAUGGAGGGGCAGAUCUGAAACAUGGCUAAGAACCAUGUUCCUCACAGGCUAAGAACCACCACUGCUUGUCACGAGGUCCACUAGAAAUGGUGGGCCUGUUCUCUGUGGACACCCAUGACUCACUAGCUAAAAAUAGGACGACAUGCGGGUGAGUGGGAGAGGAGUAGACUCUUGCAGCAUUUCCCCUAAAACCCUGCUAAAGCAGCACACUGGAACGUCGUUCUUCUUUUGCAUUCUGGCCACCUCUGCCAAACUUGGAUUUUGCAACGUGGCAAAUGUCCGGACUCUAUGGAAGCUGACAGUGGUGUGCAUCUUGGAACACACACUCGUAGUGAAAUUGGCUCUUACCAGAUGUUGUCAUCUUUGUGGCAAAUGUCAAUAUUUUAAUGUAGUUCACUGAAUCCCGUUUUUCUUGCACAUGAUGUGGUUUACCUUUGCUUGGAAUUUGGGGCAGCAGUAAGGAAGCGCGUAUCUGCAUGUGCACCUGUAUUAUUGCGCAAAUUACACACAGCUGUGAUGCAGAAUUAUUGCUCUCUUCUUUUACAGCUUGCUGAGCAACACUGAUUGUUAUAUGAGUCCCAGUGGUACUGGUAACACUUGAUUUUUUAAAAUUUUCUUUUGUAUGCCUUGAGGGAGCUGACCAGAUUCCCAUUGACUCCUGAUUACGUAUGAUGUGUAUUUAUGCAGUGUGAAUUGAGUUAAUCAACGGCAAGAUUUUAUCAGUUGCAUUUAAUAUUCACUAAACUUUCUCGGGGGACAAGGGUGGCGCUGUGGUCUAAACCACAGAGCCUAGGGCUUGCCGAUCAGAAGGUCAGUGGUUUGAAUCCCCGCGAUGGGGUGAGCUCCCAUUGUUCGGUCCCAGCUCCUGCUCACCUAGCAGUUUGAAAGCACGUCAAAGUGCAAGUAGAUAAAUAGGUACUGCUCCGGCAGGAAGGUAAACGGCGUUUCCGUGCGCUGCUCUGGUUCACCAGAAGCGGCUUAGUCAUGCUGGCCACAUGACCCGGAAGCUGUCUGCGGACAAACGCCGGCUCCCUUGGUCUAUAGAGCGAGAUGAGCGUGCAACCCCAGAGUCGUCCACGACUGGACCUAACGGUCAGGAGUACCUUUACCUUUACCUUACUUUCUCGGUGUGGUUUUAAUGCACAUUAUGCUCUGUUUCUGGUCUAAUAUACAUACGAGCAUUCUGCUGCAUAUCACUCAAAAGUUCCCUGGGUGUACUCCUCCUUCACUCCUGCUGCCACACCAUAGACAAAACAUGCCAGAAUCAGGCUUGUUGUGUCAUCUGAAUUUGGACUCAUGGUUUGUUUUGGGGAAGAAACCAUGAGCCCAGGUUCAGACAUAGGACUAUCCAGACUCUAGCUUGUUUCAUCCAGGGUGCAGCAGCAAUUUGAGCUGAGAAGGAGUAGAGUGAGAACCUUUCAGUGGCACCAACACACUGUGCAUUCACAUUAAACCCUAGUUUGUUAUUAAGUAGGUUUGAUGGGACACACAGACUAGGCCAUCAUCUCUGGGUUCCUCCAGACAACCAGUUUAUGAUUGUACCGUGCUUAACACAGAGGUUAGGCUACGUCCAUUGAGCAUUCACUCAAUUUGUUUGAGAGGAAGUUAGUUACACGACAAUGAGCAUUUAUCUUGAUUCGUUUGCAGGGUGUUUUUAUGUCAUCUUAUUCCUCAUUUGUUCAUCCCAUACUUUUCAGUGCAUGUCCUUGCCACUUUCCUAAUUGUGAAAGGUUGUUUGUUUGUUUUUAAGUAGAUUUGUCGGGCUGGAGCAGUGUUUCCCUAACUUGAAUCUACAGCUGUUUUUGGACUACAACUCCCACCAUCCCUUGCUAGCAAGACCAGUGGUCAGGGAUGAUGAAAAUUGUAGUCCAAAACCAGCUGGAGACCCAAUUUGGGGAAACACUGUGCUAGAAUGAUAAAGUGCUUGGGUCCAUUUCGAUGGUGCAAACCCAAAUUUCUACUUUGAGCUUGAAUCUUUCCUGGAAAAUAAUGACAGUCUGGAGCAUGGGUAGGCAAACUAAGGCCUGGGGCCUUGAUCCAGCCCAAUCGCCUUCUCAAUCCGGCCUGUGGACGGUCUGGUAAUCAGCGUGUUUUUACAUGAGUAGAAUGCGUGCUUUUAUUUAAAAUGCAUCUCUGGGUCAUUUGUGGGGCAUAGGAAUUCGUUCUUUUUUUUCUCUUUCAAAAUAUAGUCCAGCCCCCCACAAAGUCUGAGGGACAGUGGACCAGUUUGCUGACCCCUGGUCUGGAGGCACCCUUUGAAGUCCUUUUCUUGUCUGGUGCAAACAUGUAAAUUACACUGCAAUACUGUUUAUUCAGAAGUACUGUAAGUUGCCUUUUGUUUUAUGGGUCUCAGCUGCACCAGAAAUAGUUUAGUCAUGCUGGCCCCAUGACCCAGAAAGCUGUCUGUGGACAAACACCUGCACGCUCAGCCUGAAAAGCGAAAUGAGGGCCACACCCCAUAGUCACCUUUGAAUGGACUUAGUCACCCAGGGGUCCUUUACCUUUUUUAACCUUAGUCCUACAAUAUAAGGGAGUAUAGGAUUGCAGCCAUGGGUUCUCACAGGGGUCAGCCAGAUGCUUCCAACAGUGGAGAUAAUAUAUAAGCAAGCUGAUGUAGAAUCAGAAUUGUAGAGUUGGAAAGAACCCUGCGGAAUAUGCAGCUGCCCCAUACAGAAAUCGAACCUGCAAUCUUGGCAUCAUCAGCACCAUGCUCUAACCAACUGAGCUACCCAACUUUAAAAGUAGGAUGAAUAAUUUUAUAAGACAUUGCUUUAUUGAAUAUUGUAUUUCAUAAUUACAAUGAAAAGGUUUUUGUUUUUUUUCACUCAAACUAGCUUACUUAUAUUUGUCAAUUUCACAAAAAGCACUUAAAGCUUUAUGGGAGAAGGGCAACACAUCUGAAAGAAAAGCUUUUCUGCAUGCUUUAUUUCCCAUCUCCAACCUGAAAUGUAAAACUCAUUGUUUUUGCUCGGAAGAUUGUGUAAACAGCACACUUUCUCUGAUCUCAGCAGAAGCCCCAUACAAAAGAUGUACAUUUAAGGUGGUUAUUUGUUCAAAUGUCUAUUGGUAAAUCAUCUUGGACUUGCUUUUCUCAGCUCUCAACCCAGGCUUUGUUAAUUGAUCUCUUCAUUUCAUCAUCGCCUUCAGCAUACAUCUUUUUCAGAAGAUUCAUCAACCCUUCACUCGGGUCUGAGGUGUCAUGAACAGCUUUUUCCUUCUCUUUUGUCUCUUUUUCAACUUGUGUUAGGCACUCCCAUUUUUCCUCUUGCUUUUUCCUAUAUAAUAUCAAUAUCAUAUCUGUUUUGAUCUUCCAUGAGCUGCUUUCCACACAGACGGGUUUCAGAAGAUUGUUGAAUGUCAUAGUGUAGUUCAUGUUAAUCACAUUCUUCACCAAUGAAAAGUUUUUAAGGGGGGAAAAGAAACACUGCCUCCCAAAGGCAAUUAUACAUUUUUCCUGGUUUCGUCUGCACAUUUUUUCUCAUUUCUUUGCCUGCAGAUAGGUGACUGUCAUUGAUGGCUGGUAGUUCCAAUUUCCUGGUAUGUUCAAGCUGUUUCCUGUUUCCUGUACACCCCCAGCAUUAAUCAGUCCAUAAAUAGUUUAUGUACAGUGGUACCUCUGUUUCAGAACAGUCCAGUUUAAGAACAAUUCGGUUUACAAACUCCGCAAAACUGGAAAUAGUGUCUUGGUUUGAGAACUUUACCUCAGUCUAAGAACGGAAUCCAAACGGUGGAGGCCUCUUUAGGGAAAGCGUGCCUUGGUUUAAGAAAGGUUUUGGUUUAAGAACGGACUUCCGGAAUGGAUUAAGUUCAUAAACCGAGGUACUUCCGGAAUGGAUUAAGUUCAUAAACCGAGGUACCACUGUACAGUGGUACCUCCAGUUAGGUACUUAAUUCAUUCCAGAGGUCCAUACUUAACCUGAAACUGUUCUUAACCUGAAGCACCACUUUAGCUAAUGGGGCCUCCUGCUGCCACCGCGCCGCCGGAGCCCGAUUUCUGUUUUUAUCCUGAAGCAAAGUUCUUAACCUGAAGCACUAUUUCAGCGGUUAGCGGAGUCUGUAACCUGAAGUGUAUGUAACCUGAAGUGUAUGUAACCCGAGGUACCACUGUAUAGGCAAAAAAUAAAAUAAAUCCCUUCUUCCCCUUUCCCUUUACACAGACAGAAAGCAACUGACAACAGACAGCAAGGAGACUUCUAUAAGAAUGCAGAGAUCAAACUUCAUGAAAUCUGCACAAAGACAUUCCAAAGGUUUUCCCUCCCCUCCUAGUGAUGCCGUAGAAAAAACUAGAUUUAAGGGUAUUUAUUUGCUCAAAGUGACCCAUUUCUCUGUGCCACUGAGGGGACAGAAAGAGCCCUGGAACAGGCAUCUUAAUGAUAUUCUAGAACAGUCUGUCAUUUCAGCUUAUGUGUCUGCGUGAACAGUCCGGCGACAGCACCUCUGUCGUCUGAUUGUACGCAGACACAAGGAGGCUGCUGCACAGGGAACUGAUUAAUAGAUGCAGAAAGAUUCAGACCAGUGGUUUGUCCCUUGAUUUAGUUAGUAAUUUCUCUGAACAAUGAAUAGGCAGAAAGGCCAUUGACUAUUUUUUUUAAAGAUACCAGCCAGACUCGCUAUUAGGGUUCUGCAAGUAUUUUCUCCAACAAAGAUGGCCCAAAUCUAGUUGUCUUUAGCAUAUGCUUUGGAAACAAUGGCAUUUAAAAAAAAAAAAAAUCCAUGCAUUUUCCGAAGGGAACAAGUAUUGCUGCUCAAAGGAUGUUUCCAAUGUUCAUCCAUGUGCAGAUUGUGCAAAAUAAACUGAUAAUGUUUUGUGUGGAUGGCCAUUUUAAAAUCGUCUAGCCUUUCAUUUAAGAAUAAUGGUGAAAAUUCAUGUUCUGAAUAUUUGCAUUUUAUAGCUUAUGCAAGCAUAUAAUGGUUUCGUACUGUUGGGUGAUUGGCUAAUAUUAUUCAGUUAAAAAUCCAUUUUCAUAAAAAUCCUAAGUGUAUGAUAUGCUGAAGUAAGUUGAAUAUAGGCUUGAUCAGUGCUUUUUUUCUGGGGAGAUGCAGGGGUACGCAUACCCCUAAACAUUUUGUGAAUCUUUGUACUUUUAUCCAUUUACUGUAUUUAUUUUUCACAAUUUGAACUAUAAAAUGGUGAUUUUCUUGAGUCAAAAUGAAAGUACCCCUAAACAUUGUUUUAAGGGGGGAAAAAAGCACGGGGCUUGAGUAAAACAACAACUAAAAACUAUAUAUUAACAUUUUAAAGCUGUUAGAAUACAGUAUUACCACCCUCAAUAUAGUAUACUUUACUUUCCCAAAGUAGCAAUCAUGAUCAAAAGAAAACAUAAUUUGUGUUGAAGUAUCUGAUAGGAUGGAAAUAUCUGACUAUAACUUUCUAAUAUAUGAGCACUGUUGAUUUUAAUUCAGGCUAAUGUGUGUUCAGCUGAUUGUGUGAAAGCCAUGAAUUGUUGCCUUUCAUAGUACAUGGCCAGAUGAGCUUUUCAGAAGACACUGCACAGCUCAGUACUGGAGUCACAGUAACAUCCAAAAAUCUAAGGGAAACUCAACAUUCCUAAGACACAUGGAAGAAAGUCUCUAGAGAAAGCCCAUUGUGAGAAUCAGCCCUUUAGCACCAAACAUUAGCACCAGACUUUUAAAAUUCACUGCCAACCCCCCCCCCAAAAAACCCCCUUAGAAAUUUUGGGAUGAGGAGUUACUAUACCAAAUCAAAUUCCAGUGUAUUAUGUUAGUAGUUAAGUGUCCCAAAACAAAAGUCGUGUUAGAAGAAGGGAACUUAAUUCCCUUCCCUGGAUCAGCUUUUGCUUGUAAAAGUUUCCUCAUUGGGGGGUGGGUUUAAAAAAAAAAGUGCCCCAAGUGUGCAGGGAUCUAUAGAAAAAAGCAUUUUGGUUUUUCAGAAAGAAAAUGAUGUUUGGGCACUUACACCUGCUUCUUUGGAUCACUUUUGUUGGAAAAUCUUUGCCCCAACAAAUUGCAAGAGGUAAAUAGAAAAAGAAAAGGAAAAACCGCCCCCCCCAAAUAAAAUAAUUUGGUUGGAAUUUGGGGGGAUGCUUGUUGCCCAAUAUGCUUUUGGUAUACAGAAAGAAAACCUAAAAAUAAUAAGUGGCUGAAAUUUGGGGAGGUUAUUUGCUACCAAGCACAUGAUGAAAUCGAAUAGACUUACAGUGCAGUCUUUUUCUGCGUGAAUUCUGCAGUGAAAAGUGCACUCAAGAGUUGAUUUGUAGGGGAGAGGCUGCAGUUGCAAUCCUGUGCCCAGGGAGUAAGCUCCAUUGAGCUCUAUUGGACUUACUUCUGAGUAGACAUUUAUAGAGUUGCAUUGUGAGGGUCUGAUCUCUCUGUAUUCUGAUGUGUUAAAACAGUUUUGAGUCUUCCUGCCAUUUAAUUCACGGAGGAGGGGAUCACUGAAUUCAUUUCGGCAUUAAGCAUUUAUUGUAACUCUCUUGUGAAUUGAACAGCACAGUGCCAUUUCAAAAGAAGGAUUGUAUAUUCAUAAAUAUAUGCAUAGCCUGAAGCGGCUCAUGAACAGUUGUACAUCCUGUAAUUCUUGAAUACGAUUGUCCAAGUAUUCCCUUCAUGUUUGUAAAAUUCUUCAACUUUACCCUAAUAAUCGACAUCUUGUCCACUUUCUCUACUGCCACCAAGUAUCAUAAGGAAAGAACAUUAACAGAAAGCAAAACAAGCCACAUUUUCUACAAGGUUCCCUUUUCUUUCUCUUAAUUUUCAGGCAUUUCCCCCACAAAUGGCAAAUUUUAAAUAUUUGUACAGCAUAAUAAUCCUUGCACAAAAGUGGGUUUGAUUCCUUACAGAUUUGAAAAGCAAAUGUUUUAUCUACAGGCUCUUCUAUUCGUGGAUGUUUACAGUAAUUCAGAUUAUUUGGUUUGAAACUUAGUAGCACGAGUCAAAAACAAAUCAAGAACUUUCCAGCUCAAAACCCCAUUGCAUGUCAUUUGCAGAGUAUAUUAAGACAAAACCUUUAACCUUUCUGUGAUCAGUUUAUCUCCGUUGGCAUACCUAGAAAUAAUCCCAACUUCCCAUAUGAGAACUAGAAGCUUAUUUUUUUUUAUUAAAUGACAACUCCAGCAAUGAAUCAGCUGACACAAUGGCAUAUUCCUGUUUUGUAUGUCUAUAGUAUAGAUUGCCUACAUGCGUGUUUCAUAUCCAGAUCAGAAGUGAUUAUUAUUCUCACUGCUUAUAUCUUUCCCUCGAUUCCCUUUUUCCUCUCUGAGGCUGCAGACAAAUAUAGCAAGCCAUCGAUCCAGAGAUGUUCUGCCUUUACGAGAUUAAUUACAAACACAGGGAUGCUGUGUCUACCCUACAUAUAUGAUUGAUCUUGCAGGAGGAAAUGCGGGAGGAAACUAAUGCUUCAUUUUAUCCAGUAAGCAAAGUUCAAAGAUGUUUACAUUCUGCUAGGUAAGCACAGCUGUCUAAAGACGCAAAGACGAAUGGACUGUUCUGUCAGCACAAAUUCUCACCAAGGUAGCGUGGCAAACCCUCUCCGUGGACCUCUGCCCAGCCACAAGGCUAUAGGGCGAGAACUGCUAAUUUAGCAAAUAGCUUAAUUAUUCCUCAUUAUAAUUAGCAGAGAGUGCAUGCAAAACCAAUAUGGCUGGCUGGCAGGCAAAUGCAACGUAUUUUAUGACGGCCAUUUAGACGACAAGGAGGAGGAGGACUUGAUCUGACAGCUUGAGGCGGUUGUCACUUUCGGAGCCUCUAAGUAAGUUUCCUUAUAUCAGACUCCCUUGGUGCCCGAAGAACGGUGCAUUGAUCCGCUGUCUGAAACUAGCCGCCUGUGGCUGAGAAGCAGCAGACAAAGGCAGAACUCAUUUUCUCCUUUUACACCAGGCAGUAAUGCCAGUGAUUAAAUGGAUGGGCUUGGUCAGUUCAUGGCAUUGCUCUUUCAGGUAGUGAAAGAGUGCCAGAGAAAAUGCCCGUUUUAACCUUUCUCCAUCCCCUCUGGUAUUUUAUAGUACAGUGGUACCUCUGGUUACGUACUUAAUUCGUUCCGGAGGUCUGUACUUAACCUGAAACUGUUCUUAACCUGAAGCACCACUUUAGCUAAUGGGGCCUCCUGCUGCUGCCGUGCCGCCGGAGCACGAUUUCUGUUCUUAUCCUGAAGCAAAGUUCUUAACCUGAGGUAAUAUUUCUGGGUUAGCGGAGUCUGUAACCUGAAGCGUAUGUAACCUGAAGCGUAUGUAACCCGAGGUACCACUGUACAGAAAUGACAAGUGGGACCUGAAACUCUUGCAGAGUGUGCUUCCUUCUAAACAGAGCACUCAUAUUUUAGCCAACUGUUCCCUUCCCAUUUUGCUUUUCUUUUCCAGCUAUCCCUCUCCAUUCUGGGACUGCUGAACAUGCUCAGUCCUGAUUAGGCUAUUUUGGGAGGAGUCUCCCCAUCCUGGUUAGAUUUGUUGCAUUUCUGCAGCCCUUGGAAUUAUCACAAGCAUUCUGGUAUUUCCCUCUUGUUUCUCAGUGACCCUGUUUGGGUCACAAUCCUUGGGGGUGGGGGACUCAUCCCCUGUGUUUCCUCUUAGGAAAGAAAAUACUGAUAUUUUGAAUGAUUUGGAGCCGGAAUAAUAGCAACAGCUGUUACUAUUAUUCCACUGUAAGUUGCUUUAGCAAGAAUCUCUAUAUAUUUUCAGUAAUUCGUUAGAAAAUCUUGACUCAGACGAUAGAAUGAAGAACACCCAGAUUCCAACAUACUGUAUUUUUCGCUCUAUAGGACACACUUUUUCCCCUCCAAAAAUUAAGGGGAAAUGUUUGUGCAUCCUAUGGAGCGAAUGCAGGCUCCUUGGCUUCAGUGAAAGUAACGCUCCCUCCACGCUCCGGAGGCUAUGCGUUGCUUUCACUGAAGCCUAGAGCGCUCCAAAGGCUUCAGGUUCCUUUUGCUGAAGCCGGGAGAGCAAGACUCUCCUGGCUUCAGCAGAGAGGGAGAGCUGCGCAGCGCCCCUUCAGCGAAGCGGGAGGAGAAAUGGAAGGGGCUCCGUUUCUCUUGCCGCUUCGCUGACGAGGCACUGAGCAGAGAGAGGGAGAUUUUUUCCCCCUUCUUCUCCCCCUCUAAAACAAGGUGCGUCCUAUGGUCGGGUGCAUCCUAUAGAGCGAAAAAUGCUUCAAGGAAGUUGUGUCUACCAAUAGUCAUUAGCCAUUGUGGCUGUGAUCAGAAGAUCUUAAGUUUAGAGGCUACCAGGGGUCAGCAAACUUUUUCAGCAGGGGGCCAGUCCACUGUCCCUCAGACCUUGUGGGGGGCCGGACUAUAUUUUGAAGGGGGGAAAAUGAACAAAUUCCUAUGCCCCACAAAUAACCCAGAGAUGCAUUUUAAAUAAAAAGACACAUUCUACUCAUGUAAAAACAUGCUGAUUCCCGGGCCAUCCACGGGCCAGAUUUAGAAGGCGAUUGGGCCAGAUUUGGCCUCUGGGCCUUAGUUUGCCUACCCAUGGGCUAGACUGUGUCUAACCCAUCCUGUUUACAAGCUUCCUAGAAGCAACUGACUGUGGGAGUCAAGAGUCAAGAGAUCCAUCAGGUCCUUCAAGUCAGUGCUGAAGUUGUUGCAUGAUUCACAUUGCAGUUGGAUGCUAAAUUCUGAGAUGAUUUUUUAAAAAUAAUUCCGCAUCCCAAUUAAGAAUAUGUUGGACAAGAGGUGUUUUCACAGCACUUGGUGUGCAAUUUUUCCCUCACUUGUUCACUUGCGUUUGUUCACUCACUUGUAUGGAACAUCCACAGGUUGCUGUCAUACAAUCAUUGCAAUUCUGCUUCUUCCAUCUUUUCUCAGAGCACGGAAAAAUCUGCAGAAACCACUCACCCCACUCGUGUCCCCAGCAACUGGCAUUCAGAGGCAUGACUGCCUUUGAUGCAGGUAAUCUAGCCAUCUUGAGUAGGAACCAGUGAUCAGAGGGUGUACAAUUUGCAUUAAGCAAACAAAGCAGGGGUGGGUGAUGAGCUUAGAAAUGGCUGAUCCUCACAGAGAGAAUGUGAAGAUUGAUGAGAUAUGGAAAUAGGGCUCUACAUUCUGACUCGUAGGAACUGAGCAGGAUAAUAAUUGGCAAUAAAAGGUAAAGGGACCCCUGACCAUUAGGUCCAGUCGUGACCAACUCUGGGGUUGCGGCACUCAUGUCGCUCUAUGGGCCGAGGGAGCCGGUGUACAGCUUCCGGGUCAUGUGGCCAGCAUGACUAAGCCGCUUCUGGCGAACCAGAGCAGCGCACGGAAACGCCAUUUACCUUCCCGCCGGAGCGGUACCUAUUUAUCUACUUGCACUUUGACGUGCUUUCGAACUGCUAGGUUGGCAGGAGCAAGGACCGAGCAAUGGGAGCUCACCCCGUUGCGGGGAUUCGAACCACCGACCUUCUGAUCGGCAAGUCCUAGGCUCUGUGGUUUGACCCACAGCGCCACCUGCGUCCCUAUAAUUGGCAAUAGGCUGCAUCAAAAACUUUACUGAACAAAGGUCGCCCACUUGCUCUCAGAACUAAAAUUCCUCAAAAUACUAUUAUUAUUAUUAAAAAAUAGGGUAUAGAAAAGAAAAUAGGCAUCAUCAAAGCCCAAAAUAGAUCAGUAUCUUAGUCUGUCAAUAUAAACCUCCACAAAGAAUAUCCAACAGUAUAAAAGUGGGGAAGAGAAUAGUACUUCCGCUGUUAAACAAGUUAAAACCUUUCUAUGCCUCGGUUCUGCCAGUUUAAAUUAUCGGCUGAGUUAAAAAAAAAAUGAGGAUAUUUAAAGGAGGUAUAUUUCUUAACAAGAUGAAAUAAUGUGAAAUUCAUUGCCUGGAUUGAGAGAGAGUGCUAUCAGCUGUAGUAUCCUGUGCCAACAUCCAGCCAUAGGGGAGGUAACAUGCCAUUUACAGUUCACAGUUUCAACUGCAAUUUAUGAACCAUUCAAUCAAUCAAGUUUUUCUGCACUAGUUUACACCCAGGAUAAGGUAACAUUAUGAAAAUAUAGCUUGGUGUGUGUGUGUGUGUGUGUGUGUGUGUGUACACAACACUACUAUUGUGCCUGGAAAACCUGACUUAUUUAUUAUUAUGUAAGUAUAAUUUAAAUAUACAGGCAGUUUAUUAGUCCAUGACAUAAGGUCACACUGGAGAAGAAGGAAGAGGCACUUCCUCUGUUUAGUGUUUCGCACUCAGAAAUGGUUGGUGUGGCAACUAGCAUCCGAACACCAAUGUUUUUAUGUGUUCAUUUGCACCUUUUCUAUACUGCGAAAGGUACUCUGGACGAUUCUCAAAGGGAAGUUAAAUCCAUAAAAAAGGCAUAGACGUAAAAUCUUAAGAACAGUUAAAAGAGCAUCAGAAUAAAGCCAGCAAUAAAAAAAGGAAACAGUAGUGUGAAGAACACUAAAAGCACCAGAAAGCUGAAUAAAGGUAAAGGUAAAGGACCCCUGACAGUUAAGUCCAGUCACGAAUGACUCUGGGGUUGCGGCGCUCAUCUCGCUUUACAGGCCGAGGGAGCCAGCGUUUGUCCGCAGACAGUUUUUCCGGCUCAUGUGGCCAGCAUGACUAAGCCACUUCUGGCGAACCAGAGCAGUGCACGGAAACGCCAUUUACCUUGCCGCUGGAGUGGUACCUAUUUAUCUACUUGCACUUUAAUGUGCUUUCAAACUGCUAGGUUAGCAGGAGCUGGAACAGAGCAAUGGGAACUCACCCCGUCACGGGGAUUUGAACCGCCGACCUUCUGAUCAGCCAGCCCUAGGCUCAGUGGUUUAGACCACAGCGCCACCCGUGUUCCUGAAAGCUGAAUAGACUGGGAAAAUUAAAAUGUCUUAAUCUGGUGGCGAAAAGGUCACAAUGUAGGGGCCAGCUAGCCUUCUUGAAGAGGGCAUUCUGCAAAUGGGGCCCGCUCCCUCAUGGCUGCACCCACUCCUUUGGUGGGGGCACACAGAGAAGGGCCUUUGCCGGUAACUUGACAGUCCAGGCAGAUCAUGGGUGAAGCCAAGAUUUAUUGGGGGUUGGGGAGUAGGAGACCCACCUAUCCUGUUCCAAAACUGAGCUACCUGCGACACGAUUGGUCAGUUUGUGGAAGCCAUGCCUGUUGAUCAGCCGGGUUGCCCAUUGCACUGCUAGAAUGCACCUCAUCCAAGUGACCUCAGUGAGCAUUUCAAUUACAAAUAUUCUGAUUAUUUUUACUUAUAGUUAAAUAUUUUUAUUUAUUUACUUGAUUUAGGGGGGCAGCUUUAUAGUGAAUGGAGACUGUAUACUUCAUUAUGAAUCACCCUGUCCUUUUAGUUGUGGCGGUGGUUGAAGAUUUGUGCAGUUUGUUCAGGAAACUGGAUGGAGAUAUGGCACAGAACCCGGGUAUUCUGUAUCUUUGCUUCUUUCUUUACACAUGUAAAUUUUGCCUGGAAAGAAUAACAUUCCUGUGUUGCUCGUUUCCUCCGCUAAUAAUUAAUGGUAAUGAGUCCACUAAAUGGUAAACAAGACAACAAAAGCACUGUUAAUGAGACCAUCUUUACAUGUUUGUUUUUAAUCUGUUUCUAAGAUAAUGGGCCAUGAAUGUGCCGCAACUUGACCGUUUGUGUUGUGUGGAGAAUGCACUGAAAAAGAUUGAACUGAUAUAUAUAUAUAUAUAAACACACUUCUACUUAGUAUGUUGGAGCUGACUGGAUAAGGUGGGGUGUCUGAAAGAGUUUGGAGGCCUAUUUAAUUAAGUAUCUUGACAUUCUGUGUCUGAAGGACAUUGGCAGAUGUUCAAGUACAAUGUUUGGCUCUUAAACCACUUAAUUCAAGCUACGUAGGAAAAAGAGAUCUUGCCAAAAACCUUCCAUGAGAUUUUUAACGACUAUUGGAUUGACCAGACAGGGCCACAAAGCUCAUAAAACAGGAUUAGCAAAAUUGCAUUGUUGGAUAUUAUACACUGUGUGACAUACACUGUAGCUAAGAAACUUGGCAGGAUUAACCUGUGGAGGAUAAAGAUAUCACAGACAAGAGGGGCCAGAAUUAUUAGGCCACUGUUACCAAAGAAAUAAAGUAUUUGUGUGCAUACGAAUAGGGCUGAUAACUUUUCUGCUCUGUUUUGGUAAAUGGCUGUUCCUUAUAAAAUAGUAAGGAUAUAUUUGUACCAGCAGUACGCUGUAUUUUGGGUCAAGUGGGGGUACUCUGAGUAUGCCUCUUAUACACACGUAUUAUCAGGCAGGAAAAUUAAAAGGAGCUGCAGCAAAAAUGACUAGGAUGAGAGAUACUUGACCAAACAAAUGUGACAGACAUUGCUCAAAGGGUAGUACAUAUUUCAUGAGGCACUAAGUUUUUUUGGGGGGGGGAAUAAAAGGGUAGGUUAAUUGUGACAUUUGGCUUGGGGAGGAAUUACUUGUUUACUUAGGCUAAAAAAAAAAUGCUGCUCAAAUUGUAAGGCUAACGGGGACCGAUGCAAAUCACUCUUCACUCACUGUACGGACUGUCAUGAUGAAUUUUUGGUGAAAAGCCUCAUCUAUUGCAAAGACUGGCCACAGUUAGGUUGCUUGGAUACAGCAUACUACCUAGGGUGGUGAAUAUAUUUAUGUUUUAGACGAGGCAGGGAGAAAUUAAUUUUAAUUUUCAAGGAAUUUUGCCUUUGGCACCUUUUUCUACCUCUCGAAAUCCAGAGUGAACUAUUAGUGCAGAACUGAGCCUUAUUUGGGUAAUGAAGUUGCUGGUUAUGAUUAUCUAUCUAUACAAAUUCAAGAUAAAUUUAUCAUAUACCUAGCUGCCUGUUAUGCUGCCUUCCUCUGGUUUCAGUUAGACUCUUUGUUUGCUUUGGAAGAAAGAGAGAGAGAAUUGCAAUUGAAUCAAGUCCAGACAAUUGUGUCCAAACCACCCAUUUGUCUCAAACCAAUCUAGGUAGCCAGUACCAAGCUUGUACCUCGGUUUUCAAAUGUCUCGGAAGUCGAACGUUUCGGUUUUCGAACGCCAAAAACUCGGAGGUAACUGCUUCAGUUUCCGAACGUUUCAAAAGUCGAGCGGUCUUCCAGAGUGGAUUGUGUUCGAAAACUGAAGUGCCACUGUACAUGCUUUAGCGUCCCUUACACUUCCCAUCUGACAGCAGCAAAUCUGGAAUGUGUCACUAACCGCGUUUAGAUGUCUUGCUAAAAAUCAUUUAGUAUGAUGUGAAGGAGCCUAGGUAAACUCACACACUGCAACCCUCCAUCUGUGCACUUUCAAUUUUACUUGUUUCACAACUAAUGUUGGCGUUAACCUCAGUCCUUGGGGCUGCGUUGAAGAGGCCAAGAAUUGCCUGGGUCAUUUGUGUCACACACAACCAAUGUUGAUGAACUUGUGGCCUUCCAGUUGUUGCUGGAUAACAGCUAGAAUCAACCCCUGACCUGGUUGGAGUCCAGCAACAUCUGGAGACCACAGGUUCUCCAAUCCACAUGCUAAACUAUGGUCACCAACAUGGCAAGUGCCAGGGUGCCUGGCAGUACCCUCUGGCACUUCUGAUAGAUCUCAAUAAAUAUCCCCUCAAACAUCAACAGUGCACGAGAGGCUGCUUGCUCUUCCUGCUCAGCUCCUGUUUGCACUGGCUUAAUCUCUGCUACACCAAAAACAUCCCCUUAAAACAUGCCCACAUUUCACUGGAUGACUCCCAGCCUCCCUUCCAUUCAGAAAAGAAUGGAGUAAGCACAGCCAUGGAUAAUGUAGGCAACCUUUUUCCAUUGAUUGUGGAGUGGGGAUGGGGAAGCCUGCCCACACCAUCCUAUAGUCCUGUAUUUUUUUUCUACUCUUGUUUGUGGCAGCCAUUUUGAGUUAUGGCACACACAUACCCCAUAGCAGCUAUUUUAUGACUUGUGCCCACUGUACUUCCGCAGAUGUGCCCAUAUUCCAAAAAGCUUGGCGACCUAUGAUUUAGCUUGACGUCUCAACAAGGCGGCUUAGUGGACAGGAAAUUGAAGCCAGCACCAACUCCUUGAAAAAUGGAUCUGUUUGAUUUGGAAGUUUGCAAAUCCAUGUCUUUUGUCUUCACAUUCCACAUACCCCCCCCCCCUUAAUUCUUCCAUCACAAGGAAGGAGGAGCAGGUAAAUUUGAGCGAUAUUUUAACCACAGGAUCUCCCAUUCAGAAGUUUACCUUUUUCCACCAUGAAGAGGAUGGGAAGACCUGCACAAGCUCACUCUCUUCUGAAGCAGAAUCCCUUUAGGUGGGAGAAAUGUCCAAACAGCCCCAGCCAAUUCAUAAGCUUGCAACUCUCAAACCAUCUAACAAUUUAAUUGUAAUUUGUCGUGGUGAACGAUACCCUGUCACCUAUUCUCUAGUUUUCAUUUUCUGGAGCGAUCGUGGCUACAAAUGCCAUCCAUAUGCUCUGGAAUUCAUCUGCCAGAAGUUUAUUAGUGCUAUUAAUAUUUCAUGCAAAUAGAGUCGCCUUCUUUGGUAAUAGCCUAUUAAUUCAGUCGUCUUUCUAUCUUCUGCAGAUUAAUCCUGCCAAACUUCUUUGGUGCAGUCAAUCUUGUGCAGCAUAGAAAAGCCAACAAAAAAAUAGCCGGUACCACACAAGCAACUCAGAAGCAGCCAUUUCCCUUCAAUGACUAUUCUAGCCAAUGCACAUGUAAAUUUGUUUUCCAAAUCAUUUAUUUUUCUGGGUGAGAGCAAAAUAGUAGUAAAAUAAAAUGCACUAUUUUUUUCAGGGUUGCUUGAUUUUCUAGGAAGCAUUUUCUUAACAAAUGGCUUUUCUCUCAAGAAAAAGGCAUCGCAAAUAAAACUGCAGACAAAACACGUACAGUUAAAUUCAGGCUACAAUCCUUUGUCCACUUACCUGGGAGUAAGCUAGUGGGACUUACUUCCUAUCAUACUUAUACAGUGGUACCUCAGGUUAAGUACUUAAUUCGUUCCGGAGGUCCGUUCUUAACCUGAAACUGUUCUUAACCUGAAGCACCACUUUAGCUAAUGGGGCCUCCUGCUGCUGCUGCGCCGCCGGAGCCCGAUUUCUGUUCUUAUCCUGAAGCAAAGUACUUAACCUGAAGCACUAUUUCUAGGUUAGCGGAGUGUGUAACCUGAAGCGUAUGUAACCUGAAGCGUUUGUAACCCGAGGUACCACUGUACAGGAUUGCAUUAUCCUUUUGCUUCCCCAGUUGCAGCCAUUUCAUUUUACAGUAUAUAAAGUCAGCAGGCCAGACAUAAGAAAUAUAUACAUUUGUCCUUUCAACCAAAACCCACAGAUUUGCAUUUUUUUAAAAAGUAUGGACAUAAGAUUGGAGGUGGGGUGGAGUCAGAGAAAGUGGGAAUUGAUUUUCUGUGGUUUAUAUACUCCUCAGCUUUGGAAAUGUGGCUUUGCUCCACCAGUGUAAAAAUAAGCUCAAGAGCUCCCUUGCAGUGUCAGCUAACUCAGUGCAGCCAAAUUUCUGAUUACUUUUUUUAUAUGAGCAAUAAUGUGCAUGCCAAUGGGGGUGUUUGCUAUUCAUUCCUUAGCAGGGUUGGGUUUUAUCAUUCAGCGGCAUUUAGGCAACAGGUGGACAGCUCUGUUAGCGCUGUCCGUAUCUCAGCCUCAAAAACCUGGCCAGCGUAAUUGUCAAUUAUAAAUAUGCAAAUUUGGCAUGCUCAAUUUGCAUGUUUCAUUGGUGAGCUUUCCAAGAGGAAGUUGAAGUAGCCCAAGUCUUGUCCUCAUUACAGCACUAGCACACUCUGCAAGGCCUCUGGUCCCUCCCAGCUCUCCCCACCCCAGCUCACUCAUAUAAAAAGAAACAAAGCCUUCCCCACACUCACUUUAUUACGCUCCUUCACAUUCCCUCUCCCCCAUCUCAGCAUGAGCUUCUUUAAAUGUCCCAUCAUGCCUCCCACCUUCUCCAGCUGACUAGUGUGGUGUAUUAAGGCCUUGGAUUGUCCAUGUGGGUGCUAGAGGGAAUGGCGCGGUUUUCCCACUUUAGAUUAACACUCGUUAGUGAGUUGGAAUGCUGAAAACCCCAGGGUUUUUACAGUGUUUCUGCACUGAACAGACCCGCCCCCCCAAAAAAGAUAUUUGCCUUAUAGCAUCAGCAAUCCUCAGAAUACCCAAGAGACUUUAACACAGAUUAGUGACGCGGGUGGCGCUGUGGGUUAAACCACAGAGCCUAGGACUUGCUGAUCAGAAGGUUGGCGGUUCGCGGCCAAUUGGUGCCAAAGAAGGACAGAACUUUUUUUAUGUAUGCUACUACAGCAGCAAGAAUUCUCAUUGCAAAGUAUUGGAAGACACAAGAUCUACCCACCUUGGAAGAAUGGCAGAUGAAGGUGAUGGACUAUAUGGAAUUGGCGGAAAUGACUGGCAGAAUCCGAGACCAGGAAGAAGAGUCGAUGGAAGAAGAUUGGAAAAAGUUUAAAGACUAUUUACAGAAAUAUUGCAAAAUUAAUGAAUGUUAGAAUGAUGUCGGAUAGAAACUAAGUGGUCUUUAGCCGAAAUGUUAUAAGGGAAUAUGAAAAAAAAAAGGUUUAUUAAUAGUAAAAAUCUAAAAUUACAAAUACUUUAUGAUUAAUGAUUAGGAUACAUAAAGAGGGGAGGGAUUUGUUGAACUAAUAACUGAAUUGGAAUACAAAAAAGGGAGGUGUGAGGAGGUCCUGGAAAUAAGCAAAUGAAGGCUAAGUAAUGGAAGGAAGGAAUUGUUUUUAACUGUUUUUAUUUUGUAUUUUUCUCUUUUUUUUUUCUUUUUUUGUCUUGUAAUAUUCUGAAAAUCUUAAUAAAUAUCUUAUUAAAAAAAAACAGAAGGUUGGCGGUUCGAAUCCCCGCGACGGGGUGAGCUCCCGUUGCUUGGUCCCUGCUCCUGCCAACCUAGCAGUUCGAAAGCACGUCAAAGUGCUAGUAGAUAAAUAGGAACCGCUCCGGCGGGAAGGUAAACGGCCUUUCCGUGCACUGCUCUGGUUCACCAGAAGCGGCUUAGUCAUGCUGGCCACAUGACCCGGAAGCUGUCUGCGGACAAACACCGGCUCCCUCGGCCCAUAGAGCGAGAUGAGCGCCGCAACCCCAGAGUCGGUCACGACUGGACCUAAUGGUCAGGGGUACCUUUACCUUUACUAGUGUUGAUAAAUUCCUGUUAACCAGCUUGUUACACUCAAAAUCAGAGUGGUUAAAUUUAGCAAAAGGAGUGGAUCUUCCCCAACACUUCGCUGCACUCAUAUGAAGUGAGGAUGUCAAUCUGUGCAGGUGAUUGUGAAUGCCAAAAUAGAGGGUGGUACACACUUAUUCUGGAACAAUUGUUUAUACUGAUGCGACACUGGUAAUCUUAUGCAUAUAAUAUAUUUAUUAUGCGUUCCUUACAUGCAUUUCAGCAUUUCACACGUGUUAUCUUUGGAAUAGCCUUCAAACUACUUGGUAUGGUAGGCCAGAAACUCAGACACCAAAUAAACAAUGCAAAGUCAGCCUCAUAUACGGUAAUUAGUUUGGCUUCACUAAAUUUGUUUAAGGGGAAGAUUAUUAACGCUGCAUCAAGCGAGUGGUCUUAUUUGGGGAAAUUUUCUAUAGUUUAUAAUACUUUAAAGGAGAAAGUGGGAAAGCUAGCUGGCUCUUGAUAACAUCUGACAUAUCUUUGAUUUCUGCUUUGUAGGUGUGGGCAGGAAGGAAGAUAA